UCUUACUUCAACACAGCUGUCUGGCACAGGAACCCAAGCCGGAGCAAUGCCAGCCUAAUUAAGACACACACACAAAGUGUUAAUAACCUUCCCCUCAAGGACAAUGACUAAACCAGCAACAGGCAGCCUGGAUCUCAGCUUCCUAGACGAGGAGGAAGCCAACAAAAUCCUGCAUGUGCUGGAGAGGGACGAGGAGCUGUGUAGGACUGAGAAGGAAAGAGUCAGGUAAGGUUACUGAGUGACAUGGGGGAGUCUGGGGCAUCAUAAAACCAGGAUUUGUCAUUCUAACUGCUAUAUGAUCCAACUCACAGUAUACUCAGCCACCAACAGGACUGUCCGUGACAUAAUAUAGCCAGUAUCAGUCCUUCUAACUGCUGUAUGAUCCAACUCACAGUAUACUCAGCCACCAACAGGACUGCCCGUGAUAUAAUAUAGCCAGUAUGUGUCAUUCUAACUGCUGUAUAACUCACAGUAUACUCAGCCACCAACAGGACUGUCUGUGACAUAAUAUAGCCAGUAUGUGUCAUUCUAACUGCUGUAUAACUCACAGUAUACUCAGCCACCAACAGGACUGUCUGUGACAUAAUAUAGCCAGUAUGUGUCAUUCUAACUGCUGUAUAACUCACAGUAUACUCAGCCACCAACAGGACUGUCUGUGACAUAAUAUAACUAGUCUGUGUCGCCCUAGCUGCAGUGGGGUUUAACUCACAAUAUGCUCAGCCAUCAACCCUUCCCUUGCCCCAAUAAAAUAUCCAAAUGAUAAUCCUCAAGUAUCGUUCCUCUUGUCAUGGACUACAUAUCUCAUAACAUCUCUCAUUGAGUUCCAGGUCCAGUCAGCUAGUGCUUGGAACUGUAAUACAGUGUUUACCACAAUGUUACUAGGUGCCAAACUGGGGAAUUAUUGGUUAAAGGAGACAUACUGGGCUUACAUUAUGGCUGGCUGAGUAUAAUGAGCAUUGUAUUUCACAGUCAUAGCAGGUGGAAUGGCAGCAAUCUAUUACACGGAGAGCUGGUUUACAGCAGCGCUAGUGGGGGAGUGGGCUACAGCAACCCAAGUCAGGGCUAUUGCUGGAGCUUUGAGUAUGAUUCAGGGGCAGCUGACUGAGGUUGCUCUUUCAAAUUAAAUGGACAAAACAAGAACUUUAUCCAUUGCAGAAACACAACUCCCAUGAUGCUUCUGCAGCCUAAAUCAGUGCGUGGGAGGGGAUGUACUAUUUAUUUGCAGUAUAUAUGUAUAUGGUUUACACCAACAUUGAUUGCAAUAAACAUAUAUAUUCUGCAGGUAUUUUUUAUUUAACGUUGUAUCUUUAACCCCUUAAAGACACAUGACAUGUGUGACAAAUCAUGAUUCCCUUUUAUUCCAGAAGUUUGGUCCUUAAGGGGUAAACAAAACAUGAUCACGGUCAGUGAUUUUAGAAUAAUCAGUUAUUCUCUGGUAUUAAAGUUGAUAGAUUUGUCAAUUUGUGAUUAUUUUUCGUGAAACGUUGCUUUAGCUGGGAUUUGAGCCAUGCACUUUAUGAGCCACUGUUUUGGUUUAAAGCCAACUGGGUCACGGUGUUAGGCAUUCAGGAUUUAUUUUACAGAAACACAAUAGGGAUGAUUUGUAGUAGAGCUGACAAUAGAAAAGUGAGGUAACUUUCUAAAACUGGAGUGACAUUAAAACGUGUGAAAUCUCCAGGGAUGUUUUGUUAGUGAUGAUUUCUCCACUUUGUCACAUUUUGACAGUUUUGUAAAUUUUCUCUGUGCUUGUUCACGCUAAAUUUUUUAACACCUUGAUAUUGGGUGCUAGAAUUUUAGAAUUCAUUUAGAAGCAGCAGGAAUUCUGUGUGUCUCAUCAUACUUGUUUGGAGGUCUAAACAGUAAGACAGGCCAAUCCGCCUGAGAUAUGCCAUUGGUUAUGGAAGGUCCUGUUAAUAUGUUUUCAUGAAAUUAAUACAAACCUGUGCUGUACAGGUGUUCUUCAAACACAAAACAGAUUUGUAAGAUUUGGAUCCCAGUUUGAAUCAAACCUUGAAUGCUCGUUGAGGUCAAAUUUUCAUUAUUAUUAUUAUUAUUAUAUUAUCUAUAUAUAGCACUAGCAAAUUCUGUAGCGCUGUACAAUGGGUUCAAUAUUAAAAGAACACUAUAGUCACCUAAAUUACUUUAGCUAAAUAAAGCAGUUUUAGUGUAUAGAUCAUUCCCACUCACAUUUUGACAGUUUUGUAAAUUUUCUCUGUGCUUGUUCACGCUAAAUUUUUUAACACCUUGAUAUUGGGUGCUAGAAUUUUAGAAUUCAUUUAGAAGCAGCAGGAAUUCUGUGUGUCUCAUCAUACUUGUUUGGAGGUCUAAACAGUAAGACAGGCCAAUCCGCCUGAGAUAUGCCAUUGGUUAUGGAAGGUCCUGUUAAUAUGUUUUCAUGAAAUUAAUACAAACCUGUGCUGUACAGGUGUUCUUCAAACACAAAACAGAUUUGUAAGAUUUGGAUCCCAGUUUGAAUCAGACAUUGAAUGCUCGUUGAGGUCAAAUUUCCAUUAUUAUUAUUAUAAUAUUAUUUAUAUAUAGCACCAGCACAUUCUGUAGCGCUGUACAAUGGGUUCAAUAUUAAAUCUUUCAUGAGAGCUAUUGCAACAUACCUCAAUACAGAAUGCACCUGUAAUAUUGUACCCUAUUAUAAUGAUGCAAUGUACCCAAGACAUACUUGAAAAUGAGAGCAAUCUCAAUGUAUCCUUGCUGGUAAAAUAUUUUAUAAAUAAAUAAAUACAUUUACUAAACUGAGAAAUGAAGAGAUUAGCCAAAGCAAGUUCCAAUUCUAGGCCGGGAUAGCUGAACUGGACGAUAUUACCCUGUCAAUUCCCAGCAAAUUGCUAGUUUCAUGAAUAACCCCUUUAUUAUUAUUGCGUAGAUUCGUAGCACCGCAGACCUUAACAAUAACAUGCUGAGGUUAUGGUGCUUGUAGUAUCCAUGUAAAAGAACACAUUACAGAUUUCAUAUAUUUUUUUCCCAUUUUUGCUUGCUUGUGGUUCUAUUUGUUGGAUGCAUCUUUGGUAGAAAUAUGAUGUGUGAUCAAAUAAGUUGCAUUAAAUUGCUGUGCGAACAUUCACAAAUAUCAUAUAUAGUUAUUUUGUGUUGACAUGUUUAUUCUGGGGGCAAUCCAAGAACUUUUACUGCCCUGGCAAAAAUCCCGUUUGCCCUCCCUUUAUUUAUGUUAUAUUUCCCUCGAGUCUUUCUUCUCCAUCACUUGUGCCUCUCUAAAUUCUCCCUCUGUCAAUUACCUUCUUUCCUUUCUUCUUUCCUUCCUUCCUUCCUCCCUUCCUUCCUCCCUUCCUCCCUUCUUUGCUUCCUUCUUUACGCAUCGUUUAUUCGAUUUACACUUAAAUCUAUUUAGGAUUUUAAAAAUACAGAGGCAGACAGAAGCAGAAUCUGGCCACCUGAGCUUGCACUUUAUUACUUUUUUUAAUAUGGUAAAUGGCCGACACCUAUUUAGUGGGUGUAGAAUAGGUUUCUCUCUGUAUGAUAAUUAUGUAGAAAUUAUAAAUAUUGACAGUAAACUAGUUUGUUGGUGACUGUGGCCUACGUGUUCUGUUGAGUAAUCGUUUGCGAUUUCCCUACCUGCAAACCCACAUUUGUAUACACAAAUAUUGAACAAGUAGUCCACACCCUGUUGGAUUUAAUUCCCUAUACCUCCAGCAAGGCAGCUGUUGUGUUCAAUAGGUCACAUUGAUCUCUAGACCGGAGCAGCGACUUUGCUGGCUUUUCCAACACAUUAGUACUAAUUGCUAACAAUCCCACUUCUGAAAUACCCUUAAUCUCAACUGAGUCAGACGUAAUCUUAAAUACCCCUGUAUCCUGGCACAUUGGCUCUUCCAUGAUGGUAAUUGAUAAAGUUAAUCCAUAAAUUGUGUAAUUUCCAUCCCAUUAGUCAGGGUUCAGUCAUAAUUAAUAUACCAAUAGUGUGUACAUCUUUUCGCCUUUACAAGUAACACCAGGCGUUACUGCAUCAUGAAUUUUAGCGCUGUUUAUAUUUGGUCUUUUAUUAGGCUAAGGAUUAGGGGUUUGAUGUCACCAGUGUUGUAGGGAGCCAUGGGAGCUGACAUGCUCUGCUAAUAGACAUGGUGUCAUGAACCAGAGUAACAAGGGAUGCAUACCCUGUCGCUUGUCUGAAAUCACGUAUUUGUGCAUGGAAUGACCCUUGUGAACAUGUGUGUGUGUAUAGAAUAUAGAUUGUCCUGAAAUUGUUACAAUAUUUUGGAUAUUGUGAUAAUAAAUUUAGGAAUUAGGAGAAGACGCUAAACUAUGACAGUGAUGUCGUAACCACGGUGUUGACAUGGACAAGGAACAGAGUCUUCGAUGGUAAAUGAUAUGACCCUCAGUCAGCGGUGUGUGUACCGUGUAUCUGUAGUAUAUCUGCAUAUAUUCAUUAGAAGCACUCACCGCUGACAAAAUAAACCUUUCACUUGAGUUGUCGAAAGAUGUGCAGAACUAUACAAACAAAAAGGAGUCACCAGGAUGUUGUUAUCUUUAUACUUUGAUGCAAAGGUGGCGUUUAGAAUCCAGACACCUACAUUCGUGGCAGAGUUCCGUAGUCAGAAUAUGCAAUUUUUUUGUGCAGUUGAACGAGGUCAUUGACUAAAGUGUAAAUUGUCAGGAAUCCAAAGUUAAUUUCAAAUGUUAGGGCCCAAAUAGUUGAUUUUAAAGACAGUUGACUUAUAAUGAACGAAAAUAUAUUUUUUGUUAUGUUUGAAAUUGGAAACAUUAACAUAUGGUGAUAUAGUUUUUGUAUGUUGUUUAACUUAAGAAGCGUAGUUUACUAUAGUGCAGGAUUGGCACACUGACCUUCUGCAUGUUUCUCCUCCAGAACCCACACAAAAAGACAAAGAAAAGCAUCAGAUUUUGAUUUUGCUACCCCGAAAGAUAAACAAUAUUAAUUAGUUUACUCACUCCUUGUCAGCUGUUCGAGAAUCAGGUGAAGAAGCAAAGUUAGUGAACGCGUGGCACCGACACAUCCAACUAAUUUUUAGUUGUUUAUUUAUUUAUUUAUUUAUUGCUGCCCCCCACCCCCCUUUCAUUUUUCCAGAAGUAGCCAUUUUUCUAAUUUUCUUUGCACUUUGAAAUCUGCCAUACAUGGAUAUAUAUCUUGAGAAAUGAUCACUUUCAAUGGCGUUUCUUCCUGGGACUUUAUUGAAUACCAGAUAAAGGCGAUGAAUAUAUCUAUUACUGUAGGAGUCCAUAAGCAUUUCUGAACAGAUGUGUUUUGAGGGACUUCUUAAACAGUUGAAGACUAGGGGAGAGUCUGAUGGCGGAAGGCAGACUGUUCCAAAGGAAGGGAGGCGAGAAGUCCUGCAAGCAGGAGUUAGCAGUAAGAGUGCAAGCAGCGGACAGGAGAAGGUCACCGAAGGAGCAGAGAGACCGAGAAAGGGCAUAUCUAUGAAUUAGGGAAGAAAUGGUUAGAGCUUUAGAGGGAAGGGUUAGUAUUUUGAAUUGACACCUAUAGGAUACAGGAAGCCAGUGUAAGGAUCGACACAGUGGUGAGGUAUGGGAGGAGUGACGGGUGAGACAAAUCAGCCUGGUGGCAGCAUGCAUUACUGAUUGUAGUGGGGCAGUUCGGCUUCUGGGGUGACCAACUAGAAGAGAAUUACAGUAAUCCAUGCAAGAGAUUACCAGAGCAUGAACAAGCUCCUUGGCAGUAUCUUGCGUGAGAAAGGGGCGGUGUGGGCGAUAUUUUUAAGGUAGAAUAAAUCAGGUAUUAGCAACACUGGAUAUGAGGUGCAAAGGUGAGGCCAGGAUCAAAGAUAACACCAAGACAACAAGCUUGCAAGGACGGACUGAUGCAAGUACCAUCAACUUGCAGGGAAAGCGAAGGAGGGGGAAAAUAUUAAGCUCACUUCAGCUUGUCAGGAGCAUCUCUUCUCUUCUUAAUUGCAGUGUAUAAAAGUGGUGAUUUUAUAUUUGAAAUGUGCACUUUUAUAACUCAUUUCAGACACACUAACAGAAUCUGGAAGAAAGCCUCUCUGGCUGUUCUUUGAGAUUCCGCUAGUUCUACUGAGUCCACUGUCUCCCUGUCUGCGGAAUCCCUGGCUUUCAGCUUGGAGAACUUGGCAUGACAACAGUGCCAGAGCUUGUGUGUGCUAGAGGCUCAAAAGCAGAGGCUUCUCAACAUGUAUGUUUUCAUUGGAGGUAUGCCUAAUAAAUUGUUAAAAAAAAUACACAUUUUUUAUUGGAGUAUUUCUUUAAGAUAUGACUAGUUACUAGAUCUUUAUUAUUUUACGGACAUGGUGUGAGAUCCAGUAGCACGACACUUGGAUUUAAGAAAAAAUGCUAGCAGAAUAAAAUGAGAUUCUGUUGUGGUAUGCAUGGAAGAGUCCCUUUAACAUAUGUAAAAUGCUAAAAACAGAAAAAGAAAAAAUGCAGUCGUAAAAGUUAAAAUACCUUGCAUUUAAACACCUAAAAGGCAAGUUUAAAUGUUUUUAAAAUAUCUUAAAUGUUUCUGAAUCCUUUUAGAAAAAUGCAAUCAUGUCAUUGAUCUUUCUUGAACUUGAGAAACAAGGAACAUACACAUAAUACUAUGAAAUAACAUACAAAUGUAUAACAUAUGUUCAAGGAAAUAAAUGGAUAGGGAGAGUUAAAAUAAUAAAGAUGGGAAACAGAAGGAAAUAUUCCUACAAUUAAGACAGGCAUAUUAAAAAUAGUAAAUUUAAAAUAGUCUUGUGUUAGUGUAGUCUUGGAUUAUUUCAAAUCGGUUUAUAUAAAAUGUAGCCUUAAAGGAACACUUCAAACACUUAACCACUACAGAGUUCUAAGCUCUCUGUCGUGGUUAUGGUGCCUGGAAUUCCCUGCCAAUCAGCUUUCCCUGCACAGUAAGUAACCUUGCUGUGCAGGGAAAGCUGAUUGGCACGGAAUUCCAGGCACCAUAAUCACUACAGAGAGUUUAGAUUUAUGGUGCUUUAAAAAUGUUUUUAUUAUAUAUGUGGAUUGUAUAGGACAUGACGAAUUUCCUUCUUAUUCCCCUAGAAAGUCUGUAUGUUAUGCAGAUAUAAGUUUGCCAUUAUUUUGUUUCUAUUAACAUCCGGGCAUUUUCUAUUCUAUGGCUAUGAUUUGAAUGCUUGCCAUAAUUUGAUUGGCUUAGAACAUCAAAUAACAAAUUAAAAUCCAGUUUUGAUUUCCUCGUAGUCAUUUCUUUUCUCCUGGGAGGUCUUCCCCUAUUUCCCAUCACCUGCUCUGUCUAAAAUCAAGGGAUUCAUGCACUAUUUUGUUGAAUUGACAAGUCUAUAAGUUUAAUCUACAUAACUGAAUUUGCCUUAGUUUGCUAUUUCAUAUACAAGCUGUUUAUAUUAAAGCUCUGGCCAUCUUUUAGGUUGAUAUUCCAUAGCUGAAAACCAAGUGUAUUCUCCUUUAACCCUUUAAGGACACAACUUCUGGAAUAAAAGGGAAUCAUGAUUGCAUAUUUCCAUCAUGUGUCCUUAAGGGGUUAAACAAUCAUCAUCAGAUCAUUAUUUCUUUGUAGGUGGGUCUCCCAUUUGUUUCAUACAUCAUUGCCCUGUGGGUGUAAAUGGCAUGCAUUGGUUUGUAUGUGUUUUGGCAGGUAGGGUUCUUUUUUUGCACAUAUGAUAUAUCUUCGUCAGAGAAAUAGUAAAGAUUACUUUAGAUCAAUGGUUCCCAACCCAGUCCUCAUGGAACCCCUACCAGUCCAGGAUUUAGUGUUUACCCAGUUGUAUCUAAGGUGUUUUUAGAAAAAAAAGAAAGAAAAAAACCACCUUGGACACAACAGAGUAAUUGGGAUUUAGGGAAUUGGUAACCACUGCUUUAGAUAAUUCUCUGGUAGAAAAGACAACUAGCAAUUAGCAACCUUGAUCAUCAAUGGUUUACUCCUCACUUUCUCUUUUGAGAAGUAUGAUUACAUGCUAUACUGUUCCUGUGCAUUACUGGGCUUUAGUUAAAUUUGCUCUUAUUCCUGUGGACGGACAAAUGGGUAUCUUCUACAAAGUGAAAUGACAAAGACAGAGCGAAAUGAGAUGGAGAAUUAUUAUACAUAACGUGGAACUGUCACGAUUCGGGGAACCAAACACGCCAACACACACACACAAAGUGCAGUACCGGACCUUAGAGUGGCCGGGCUAAGCGCACAAAGAAUAGUCAGGAAACAAGCCGAGUAAAGGGGAACCAGAAGACAGAAUAACGAUAGACAAGCCGAGGUCAAAGGGUAGGAGAAAGUCAAAAAGUCGGAUAAACAAGCCAGAGAGUACGUAACCAGAAACACAAGUUCAGUAGCAAUACUAGCAAGUAAAGACCACAACAGGGCGGAGAGGAACAGGAAAGGUAAGUAUUUAAAUCCAUAGGUUAAUUCUGAUUGGAUAAUUUCCAAUCAGAAUUAACAAUCACACGUGGGAGAUAUCUAAACCUCCCUCUGUGAUUGAGGCACUGUGCCUUUAACGCCGGGUCAGGUGACUGACCCCGGCGUCUGUUAAAAUGGGCGGUCUCCCAGCGUGCAGCGUCAUGCAUGCUGCCGCUGGGGGACACAGAGGAAGACGCGGGCGGCAUCCGUGGCUGGGAGGAUGCCGCCCACCGAGCGCACGCCAGGAAGGGGACCGCGGACGGCUGGAGGGUGAGUUCCACGAGCGGACUGCAACCUCCCCUCGCAGCCGCCCACGGGACCCUGACAGGAACAUGAUAAGCAGCCAACAACGCAUACGGCAAUCAUCUGCGGUCCACACUUCUCAAAUCUCCGGACGUUAUCUGAAGACACAAGGAAUAGAGGAUUUAUCUCUAUAACCUUCUGGGGCUAUAGGUUGUGUUUGGGGCUUAAGACAGUUAUGUAUAAAAACAUUUUUAUAAGAUUCUUUAUUAAACAUUUUUAGUUUAGGCAACGAUUGUUUUCCAUAGUUGUUGUGGAGCGUUAUUCUCUGUAUGACCAGACCUGGUGGUAGUGAUGAUGCUCAGUCUCCCACCCACCAACCCUCCCACUACACAAACAGCUAUUCCUAUAACUGCGGUAUCAAGGAGAUGAGCUAGGCUUUCUUUGUCUGCCUAAUAUUGCAUGUAUGUAUGUAUGUAUUUAUAACUUAUCUGGGUACUUUUUUUGUUGGCAAUGUCUAGUGUUGGUGAGCUCAGUUUCUCCAUUCAAUCCAAGUUCGAAUCCCGGUCAGACCACCUUACAAUAAGUGUACUUGAGCAAGACAACGAACAAUGUAUCUACUAUGUGCCUACCUCAAAUCCUUACAGAUUAUAAACUAGAUUGAGCAGGGUAUUCUUUACCACUAAAAACCCACUUUCUAUAACGGUAAAGCGCAGUGGAAUAUGUUGUUGCUAUACAAAUUCUAAUAAUAAUAAUUCUGCAGUGCUUUUUGAUUUUGUCUACGUCUGUUAGAAACUUAUGUUAUUAGGUUAAUGUCAUUUUUUUGAGGAUUAACCACUGUUCGAAAACUUAUAUUGAUGUACUUCAAUAAGCUACCUGAUACAUCACCACAGGGGUUAUGCAUAUCUACCAACAUUUCAAAUGGACAAAGAGGGACACUUUAGUUUUAGGAGUAUGAGUGUUUGUGUAUGUGAGUGGGAGCAGGCUGUUCUGAGAAAUUGUAGGUGACUUACUAAUAGCAAUGUAUAACUUAAGUGUAACCAUGAACAAGAACAAUGGAACUUAUUUACACAUACAGACUGGUUUCUAAACAUAUCUAUUGUAGUUCAAAUACACAUUACUGUAUGUAUUACUGUAAAGCUCUGUUAUACACUGAGAAAUACCAACAAAAUGGAGUUCCUAGAAAAAAGGGACAUUAGGAUAGAAAAGAGGUACAGAUGGAUUUGUUCCCUAAAUUCUGAUGUCAUCCGGUGUGGUCGGCACUCUCCUAGUGAUGCCAGUGUUGACAAUGUCCAUAAUAUACUAAUGAUAUUGUGCAAUUAAGCAUGGGCCAUCAUGGGCAGGUGCUCCAAACAUUACAGUGCCUCAUACACGCUCCUGUUUAAUCCAUCACAGAGGAUAAAUGUUACCAGGGCUGCCAUCAGAAAUGUUGGGGCCCCGGACACAGCUCAAGGUCUGGGCCCCCCGGUGCCUGCACCCGAGUCUGCCCAAAGUGCUCACCAAAUCCACCCACAGGGAUGCAGUGUCUGCAGGGCCGAUGCAAGGAUUUUUGCCGCCCUAGGCAAAAGUAAAGAUUGCCGCCCCCCCAUGUGACAUCACAAUGCCCCACCCAUAUGAUCUGCCAUGUUAACUAACACCAGUGCCGCCGUAUUUACAUUAAAAGGCCUGCAGGGACAGGCUAGACACCAGAACCACUACAUUAAGCUGUGCCUCCUCCAUAGCACUUUCUAUUCCUAUGCAGAGCCCUGUGUGUUGUCAACCCUUCCUGCUCAAGUUUCAGAGCCUUGUGCUACUACAUACAUUCCAAGUGUCCCUAUUUGAGAGGGCAGUCCAUAUUUUAAGUUCAAAUCCCUUUUUUCGAUCCUAAUGUUCCAAUUUUCUCGGAGCUCAGUAUUGUUGGUGUGACUGAGUGUAUAACUGAGCAAUAAUACUCACAGAAAUGUGUCUCUAAACAAGAGGAAAUGUCUUCAUACACAGCGUUAGGAUGUCCAGCGUAGUUUAGAUGACCAAAAGUCGUCUAAGUACCCGGAAGUCCCUGUUGUGGCUGUAUGGUAGGCAGCCACCAGAGGAGGACUUUACCCUGCAAGGUAAUUAUUGCAGUUUAUAAAAAACUGCAAUAAUUACACUUGCCAGUUUAAGGGUUAUGGAAGUUGCCACCCAGACCACUUUAAUGGGCUGAAGUGAUCUGGGUGGCUUCAGUGUCCCUUUAACACAUGCUCACAUGAAAACCUUUUAAUAAUGUAUAUGUUUUACCCUUUUAGUUUGCCUCUUUAUUCUGUUAUUCCACCUAGACUUAGAUGACCUACACGCUUUCCUGCAGAGCAGAAAUAAAUAUAAUGUGGCCAUAGGCAGCAUAGACCAUGAAUUUGCUUGGCUGCAUUCACCAAACUGGUAAACCCCCAAAGGACCCCGUGGGUUCUGACAGAUUCUUGACUAGAGAUACUUUGUAUUAUGUUACCUUUACGAAGUCUCGUGGCUGGUAGAUUAUGUUUUCCCGAGUUAUGCCUAUAUGCAGAACCCAAAUUUCUGCUUCCAUUCACUUGGAACAUCAAAUCUUUCUUUAUAGGCAGACUUUCAGCCACUGAACUUGCAUCAUUAAAAUUACUGACAUUUGUUUCUGAUCCCAUAGCAUUUCAGCUAUGGAGCCUGGUGGUUUGGCAGUGCAUAAGUAAGUGCGGGAGGACUUGUCUGCAAAUGAGGUCCUACUACCCCAUUUUGCCUUUUCACAGUCAUCACAUGCAUACAAACUAACAACUUAAAAUAGUUCAAAUACAACAGGAAUGCAGGAAUUUGUCCUAUACACUGUUAGGCACUAUUUUCAGAAAAUAUGUAGAACAUGUUAUAUUGUAAGUAGUAUUUUAGCCUUUGGGAUAGAGGUGUAAACUAUUAUUGAUGUGUGUGUGUGUUGGCAUAGGAUUGCAUUGUGAGAUACAUGGCCACCAUGUUUAAAGCGGCCCCCCUCCGAAAUAAAAAUAAAUUAAUAUUUCGUAAGGAUAACGUCUUUAUGAAAUAAAAAAAACUUACAUUGACUGUGUUGAAAUGUCAUUGCAGUUCCAAAGCAAUCAAAAGAUAUCAUAAGUCAAAUUAGAUAUAACUUUUUUUUUAUGUACUUAUGUAUUUUCCCUAAGCUUGACUAGUUGACAAAAGUCAGAUCUCCACCAUGAAGUUUUGUCAAUUCCUUCAGCCAUCACUAGUGACGGCUGUAGGAAAAAGGCAUUGUCUCACUAAUUGCAACACAAUAUCUAUGGAAAUAUCCUGCGGGAUCCUCCAUAGACAUCAGUGUUGUACUCUCAUGCAUGCACAAGAGUACAUACUUAAUUCCCCUGUGAGUGAGCCUAUUCCAUGCACAAUGGCCUGGAGCUUCCGCUCCUUUAGCCCCUAAAUUAAUCCAGCCCUGCCUAUGUUACUGGUCAUGGCAAAGAGUAGUAAAUAGACAACAAAUACAGUGAUUAGCCACAAAAUAAAAAAACAUGAGUCAUGCUAUGAUUGUCUAAGGGGAUUUGGGCAGGUUUUGAUGGUUUUGGGCGACUAGACAGUUCUCAUGGUUUUGUCAGGGUCUUAGGGUGUAAGAUUAUCAAGGUAUUAGGGUGUUUGGGUAGAUCCUUAGAGAGGUUUAUAUGAGCAGAUUCUUUUGUUUUUGGAUGUAUAAGGAAUUCUGAUGAUGUGUACGUGCAUGGACAGAUUUUGUUGUUGUUUGGGGUCUAUAGCAGAUUCUGUUGUGUUUCUGGGAGUAAUAAUCUUAAUAGGCACCAUUUAAGUCACUGGAAAUUUUGGAAGGGGCAGGCACUUGCCCUAUGCCAUGAAUGCCCAUGGUGUUGUCCCUACCUAACCCAAUCCAGUUGUUCAUGUGUAGAUACUUUUUCUGAUGUGCGAUGAUUGUAACCAUCAUCCAAGGCAAGAAAUUGUGACAUUGGUUGUGACAGGUGACUGGACAUUAACCCUAAUCCUCUGUUGUCCUGGCAUCGUAGGAACACAGUGUGGGAAUUGUAGUCUAACACUGGCAGAAAGCACACCAAGGGUAUGUGGGAGUUCUUCAAUUCAGGAAAUAUUUGCAUCAUGUUCUAAAAACAAAUUCUUUGCAUACCUUGGGGAAAUACUAGCAAACAAAGAAUUUACCGAACGGUAUAUUUUAACAUGUGCAUGUCAUACUGUUUUAAGGACAGGUGUGCAAAGCUAAAAAAAAUAAAUAAAAAAUGGCAAAAACAGCUGCAGCAGACAGUAAUUGUUUUUCAUAUCAGAGAUGAGGUUAAAGCGGUUCAGUCGUGUGUUUUAGUAUUUUUGCACUUUUAGGUGGGGGGGGGGGGUUAAUUAGUGUAAUACCCUAAAACUGAGGUAACAGAGCUGUUCUGACUAGAGUUGGAAACAUUUUCCUCACCCUUUUUCGUUUAAGAGCUUUCAUUAAUGAGUAAGUGGGAUACACUAACACAAAUAAAUAGUAGUAAACAGAUAACAAAUACACUAAUCAGCCACAAAAUAAAAUAAAAACACUGACAGGGGGUGAAAUAUUUCAAGCAGCAAAUGAACCGUGAGUUUUUGAAUUUCAUGUGUUGGAAGCAGAAAAAUGGUCAAGCGAAAAGAUCUGAGUGAGUUUAGCAAGGACCAAAUAGUAAUGGCUAGAUGACUGGGAUGGAGCAUCUUCCCACUAUGCAGUGGUUAAUACUGCCCAAAUAUGGUGCAAGGAAGGACAACUAGUAUCAGGAUCAUGGGUGCCCAAGGCUCAAUAAUUCACGUGGGGAGCGAGGGAUAUCCAAAAUCGUAGUCAAUGAUGGAACCAAAGGUCAGGACAGGCAGCAGACUGCCUGUCUGCUGCCUGUCCUGACCUUUGGUUCCAUACGAAGGACGAGCAGAGGAUCAAAAACCAGGAGUCAGAAUAACAGGAACAAACAGGAACAAACAAUCUGACAAUGAGUAUCCAAAAGGACAGGGUUUGUAUAGGUGAAUAUCAGCACAAUCAGGAACAGGCGUGCAAGUCCAGACAUAGAAACUCAGACAGCAAGAACCCAGGAACCACAUGAAAAGGACCAGAGAUGUGUGGAGUGGGAUGCAGGAAACCCAGGUUCAAACCCAGCCAGACCCAAAUACUCAUAAUUAGUGCAUAGCACGCUGAUGACCCUGACAAUUACUUACUUAAGAGGACAAAUGGGUCUUAUGUACCAACAUGGACACACUAGGUGCUUAGAGUGGCAACUGUUCUACAAUAUAUAUAAUAUGCGAGACAGUUGAAUUUUUCAAUAUUUACUAUUGCCACCCAACAAAAUAGUUUAUCUGUUAGUUUCUUUUUGCACUAUAGGUAGCACCUUUCACUGUAUAUAGUUUUGUUCUAGUAAUAGAUUGGAGAGAUUAUGCUGAUCUGGUGGGUAUAUGUUGAGUUUGCCCUCCUGUGCCGAGAUAUAGGGUUUGUAAGCAGUUUUAGCUGUAGGAUAUAGAUUAGACUUUGAUCUAGGUAUUUAUGUAGGCACCUGUUCAGUGCCGAGGUAUAUAUUUAUUGGUUUAUAGGUUAUAUAGAUUUACACACUGAGGCUAGUGUUUCACAGUGGGGAAGCCUGUUUAUAUUGGAAGUUAAAUACAAUAAAACUUUAUAUUGCAAUGUCUCUUUUUCCUUUUUUAGUAAAACAGGCAAGGCUCCCUUAUUACUGGCUACACUGGCUACACGCCUACACCUUAUACCUAGGUAAUCAGAUCACUAGUGGGUUUGUUGACUCUUGCUAUAGUAAUAUAACCCUCUGUUUUUUUAGCUAUCGAUAAAAGUUAUACAUAUAAUAUAUCCUUUUCUGUAUUGUUUUUGCCAGAUCAGAUAUUAGUGCUUCAAUUUCUCCACUCAGAUUUUCAUUUGUGAAAAUGUGGAGUUUAGUAUAUAGCCAAGCAUGUGUCUGGCAUAGCAGAGUCUUAUUAUUAUUUAAAAUGUCCUAUACUUAUCAAAUCAAUAACAAAAAAAGUAGGAAUAAUGCUUUGGUUACUCACAGUGAGAAAAACAUAAAAGGCUGCCGUCCUCAGUUGUUCCUGUACACAAUGUUUUUCCAUUUAAUAUAAAAGCAUUACUAUAGUGGUUAUGGUGCCAGACUUACCCUGGCCCUAUUCCCUGGUAAUGGGGCAAACUAUUUGGCUUCUUACCCUGUACCAAAGAGCUGUAGAAGCCGAAUGCAGAUCCUGUCGUCAUUCAUUGACUAAAAGCAUCAAUUGAACACUCUCUUCCAAUGAAUGAACAUUCUGUGCAUAGGAAUAUGCACAGAAUUGAUAUUAGUCACCCCAGAAGUCUUGUUCUGUGCUGGCUAAUGACGCCCCGGUGAUGAUGCUGGAGGUGGAGUUACACCUCCAGCGGCCAAGGGCUUAAACUCUGUAUGUGCAGUGCUUCAUAGCAAUAUGCUACACACAGAGAAUCCAGAUCACUGCAGUAACCCUAAACAAAUAAGAGAGAGAGAAUUUGCCAAUGUGAAUGCCUUGAGUUUUUUUGGAGCACAAUUAAUAGCUAUUUUAUGUAGUAGAUCAGGGGUUCCCAAGUUAGUCCUCAAGUACCCCCUACCAGUCCAGGAUUUAGGGAUUACCUUGUUGUGUCUUAAGUGUUUUUUUUUUCUUUUCUUUCUAAAAACACCUUAGACACAACUGUGUAAUCCCUAAGUCCUGGACUGGUAGGGGGUACUCGAGGACUGGGUUGGGAACCCCUGUACUAGAACAUAAAAUACAUGCAUGCGAUAAUGAGCAAAAAUUGUCAGCCAAAAUAACCAAAUCUACUCGGCUUUGUACGGCUAAAAUGUGAAAUUCACAGAGGUUUGGCCUGCGGUGGUUGUGGUGUCGGCUCAAGUUCUUGGGGGCCUCAAUAAGCGCUAGGAACAUCCCUUAACUGAGGUACCCAGGUUGAUUCCUGACCAUUUACAUUUUGAUGAAUCUUAAAUAUGAUAAGUUUGUAACCUGAUAUUGCUUUUGCUAUAAAAUGUUUUGAUUUUGUUUAUAUAUAUAUAUUUGUGUUAAGGGCUCAUGAUAGUACAGAAGAUACAAACACUGAUAAGUAUGGGAUAGUGUGAAAGAGCAAGUCGGUUGUGGUGUGCCGGAACCGACGAUGAGGUAGGCCUGUAAAUAAAGAGGGCCCACCAAUAAGAAAUGUAUGAGAAAAAGGAGUUAAUAAAAGAGGAGUGGGUGGGAGGGUGAUGCAGCGCUGACCUCGAACGGUAUGGAGCCAGGUAAGGGGUGUCCCUUAAGUAGGGAGAAGGUGAGUCAUACGCCCCUCCCACAAUUACAGGCCAAAGGCCUUAAUACUUGUGUUAAGGGCUCAUGAUAGUACAGAAGAUACAAACACUGAUAAGUAUGGGAUAGUGUGAAAGAGCAAGUCGGUUGUGGUGUGCCGGAACCGACGAUGAGGUAGGCCUGUAAAUAAAGAGGGCAAAAAGUAGAAAAUAUACUUUAUUACGAAACGAGCAGUAUACAUACUUCAACCAGACAUAUCUUGAAAGGCAUUUCUAACUUCUUGUACCGGGUUAGGUAUGUAUCUAGAGUAUGCAGAAGACUUCCAGCGCCCUAGUGACUUGAUAACAUGUACUGGAAUGUUUGCACUGGACGCUGUGGAGGCCGCCCCUAUGCGGAAGGAGUGGCCCGAAUAGUUAGCUGAUUUUAGGCCUAGUUGUGUAAGUAGGGACCUGACGUGGGUCAUGAAGGUGGUGGUAGUGAGUACCGAACCUUGUAGACAGAAAAGUGGUUGAGAUGGUGAUGCUUUGAAAUGCUGAGUAUAGGUGUCCAGUAAUGUGACGGGGCACCACACGUUGUGGGUAGGAUAGUAUCUAACCUCUACCGGGGGUGCGUGUUGAUUGGUUUUGGAGUGAUGCAGAGCUAAAAUAUAGUAAUCCAUGUGUUUCGUUAAGUGUGAAUGAAGCAGAAUGUGAGUGGACUGGGAUGUGUUGAUGGCGGUAAAUUCUCUUGGUCUCAAGAAACCAUAAAAAGCUACGUAUAUGGCGGUUUUAUAACAAGGUUUGUGUUGUUCGCAAAGGGUUUUGAAUCUAGUAGGCUGGAUAAAUCCUUGAAGAUAUUGAAGUCUAUAGGUAGCCUUUGCGCGGUACGUGGGGGUUCGGAUCUCUGGAUACCUCUAAGGAUGUUUUUAUCUGGUAGGAGGACAUGAAACUUGUGUUGUUUGGUUGUAAUGUUAGCAUGUGAUGUUGUAUGCCUGUCAGAUAUAGCUUGAUUGUGUUGUAAGAUAAUUUAAGUUUGAGGUGGCAAAAAGAAGCAAAACCUAACAAAGAUGUCAUGAUGAAAGGUUGUGUGACGUUGUGCAGUGACAGGAAUCUUUUAAAUAGAAGGAAAGCCCUGUCAUAUGUUCUCCGGGUAUUGGUGGACAGUGCUAAUUGUGCCAAUGUCCUGCUAUGUUGCAUAAUAGCUUCUAGUCCAUGACUAGCUGGUGGAAAGGUGGAGUGGUCGUGGCUGUACGUGCGGCUGACGGAAGUAUUUGCCGAAAAGCCUGAAAAUUGAAACGAGACAAAUUGUCAGCAGCCGUGUUACAAACACCUGGGACAUGGACACAAAACAAGAAGAAGUUAUGGCAUGCAGCCAGCCAGGUGAGUUUCCUCAAGAACCUCAUAAUGGUCAGUGACUUGGAUCGGCCUUUGUUUAUGAUGUGGCAGGUAGCUUGGUUGUCUGAGUGGCAACGUACUGACGAACCUGCCCAUAGAUGCCCCCAUGUCACGGCAGCUGCUACAAUGGGAUACAUCUCAAAUAGAGCUGAGGUAGUGGAAAACCCUUCCAGGUCCUGUACCUCUGGAGGCCAGCUACCCCAAAGCCAUUCAUUCCCGUAAAUUGCUGCAAAACCUGUGGUAGCCGCCGCGUCUGACCAGAUGGUAGGUGAGGAGUGAGACAAUUUAGGGAGAAACAUGCUUUUCCCAUUCCAGGUGGUCAAAAAGUUUCUCCACAUAAGUAGGUCUGCCGUGGCUUGGGUAUCCAGUGGUAACCUGUGUGCAUCAUGUCUAAACAGUGGGAACAUGGUUAGAAGCCGUGAGAUGAAAGCCCGGCCUUGAGGUAUAAUGCGCAUGGCAAAGUUCAGUGACCCAAGUAGAGACUGCAAUUCUUUGCGAUUGCAAGUACCGAGGUGUAUGUAGAGGUUAAUGUUGGUAAGAAUGUUCUCUAUCUUGGUGCGUGGCAGGCUGGCUUGCAUGGUGGCUGAGUCUAGUAUGAUUCCCAGAAAGGUGAUGACUGUAUCUGGUCCUUCAGUUUUGGUGGGGGAGACUGGAACACCCACCUGUUUAACAAGACUGAUGGUUGCUAUGAGGCUACUGGGAGGGGAAGUGUUCUCUUCGAUCAGUAAGAAAUCAUCCAGGUAGUGUAUAACUGUAGGGCAUCUGGCUACAUUUAAUAAUAACCAGCAUAAUGUUUCGGCGAAUACGUCAAAAAUGGCCGGACUACUUUUUGAACCAAACGUUAGGCGUGAGAAAAAGUAGUAGUGCCCGGCCCACUUAAUGCCAUGCAGGUGCCAUAGUGUAGGGUGGAUAGGCAAUAAUUUGAAGGCAUUUGUAAUGUCAGUCUUGCUGAGCCAUGCUCCGACCCCUGCCUGCAUGAUAGCUGUAAUGGCGUGAUCUAUGGUGGAGUAUUGAAGUGAAAAUUCCUCAGAGGGGAUAAGGGAGUUCAGACUAGGUGAGGCAGAGGUGUGAGGUGCAGACAGAUCGAUGAUAAGUCUUUGUUUGUGGGAAGAUUUCCCUGUGACAAUACCGAUGGGGUUUGUCCGCCAUGUGGAAAAAGGAGAGGACUGAAAGGGUCCCAAUAGGAAGCCCUCUGCCACUUCUUUGGCUAUGAGUGUGCUAACCGCUGUAGGGUUUUGUUGUGCAGAUUGUAAAUUAGGACAUUCAAGGAUUCCUGAAGGCAUGUGUAUGAGACCAGUAUGGGAUCCUUGUGAUAGACCAGUGAUGAUGAAGUCUACCAAAUGUCUAGAUGGAUGUCGUGACAGUAAUGCUGUGAGUACAGAAAUAUUUAUCUCAGUUAAGUAUUGCUUAGGGUACAUUUUAUUUGAACAUUUGGAACAUAUAUGCAAUAACCGACAACCGCUGUAAUUACAUGCACCGGCAUUGAAAUUAUUACAUAUUUGGGACUUCCCCAAAAACUUGAUAGGUCGACCCAGUUUGUCUUUGGGUGUUCUCUCUGCUGACACAGCGGAGCUAGUGCCCUGCGAGGUGGUAGGUUCGUUCGCAGUGGUCGGACAAAAAUUGGCAGUAUGAGCCAUGGAGGAGCAGUGUGCACAGGCCGGUGCUCUUAGACCUGCAAAGUGCCUGCAAAAAAUGAUCGUAUCAAUCUUACUCCAGUUGGACCUUGUCCCGUACUGUGAGAAGGCGCCAGACACUUUGGCAGAAAAAGAUCUAUGGUAGUCAUAGAAAGCUGACCCACCAUAUUUGUUGCCCAGAUCAACCAGCCUGUGCAUAUAUAAGUCAAACUCCUCACGUCUGUGGGGAUAUACCGUACAGACCACAUCCCGAUAAAUGCCAAAAGCUAAUACAAAUUCAGGAAUGGUUAGCUUCCUAUUUAAUCGUGCAUCCCUGGAUUUGACCACCACAGAAAUAUCGUCAUAAGCGUAGGUCUUAUGUUCCACUAUAUCCUGGGAGGCAAUUAGUAGUGAGGCCAGAUUGACAUCUUUACCUUCCAGGAUAUCUCUCCUGAGGUGCUCAGGAAUCAUGUGGGCAGGGUAAACUUCUUGGUCAUCCGAGGUGAUAGCUGGAGAAACUGAUUGCGACUCCACCACUGAUGGGGGAAUUGCCGUGGCCGGUCCAGCCAUAGUGAGGGCUGUAGUGACCGAUUCAAGUUUCUCCAGCCUAGAAUUGACCUUGCUCAUGGAUGUCAUGAGGGACGUGAGCAUGUCAUGUAUGUUCCCUGGGUGGGACUGGCUCGACCCUUCCCCAGCGUCCAUGUUAUCAGUUGAGGUGUGUAAUAAUUUGUAAAGUUCCGCUUUCCUUGCUGUUGCUGGAAAAGGGAUUUGUCGUCUCCUGAGUUCGCUAGUGAUACGAGGGAUAGUCCAUAAUCUGAAAGAUGCUGGACUAGCCGUAUCUUCCUCCUGUGAUGGGGUGUUGGUUCUAGCCGGAGUCCUUGGGAUGGAGAAAUCCUCUACCCCUUCUUGAGACAUACUAGAUAAAGUAUAUGGUUAGCAUAAAAACCCCCCGAGGGGAUGUACUGGCAGGCUAAUUAUGCCGGAUGAGGCGAAAAAUUAAACUUGUUCUUUGGUGACAGGUGAGGCCCUGCUAGUUGCCAAGUGGCUAUGAGAGGCUCUAUCUAUGCGUUGGCGCGAGGGGUUAUUGAGGCCACCCGACGUAGUGGCAGGACUUCGUAGGCCUCUCGGUGACAAUACCAGAAAACAGGGGAAGGGAGUGACAGGUGGCACCCUCUCUAUAAUGCGAGGCGGCUAACUCACGUGUGGCCCGGGGGGCAUUACCUCCGAAACGUUGAGGCGGGGUGUUGGCCUCGCGGACCACUAAACGAUAGGCAGAAUGCCGGAGGGGGGAUACCUAUUUGGGCCUAUAACCCCUAAAAUUGCCAGUACUCUAUGUCCUAAGUAGAGGAGGAACCAUAUGUGAUGUAUGGCGUGAGCAGGCUUAACGUACCUGGUAGUAUGUAUGCGUUUGAUAAGCGAUAGGUAGAGAAAAACUGGAAAAACCUAAAGGGAUAGAAAAACCAAAUAUGAUAGUGUGAGAAUUGGAUCCUAUGAUACCAAUUUAGACUAGUUAUUUGUGAUGAGUUCUAGUAGUACAUAUGGAAAGGGAAUACAUGAAUGAUAUUGGCCCGACUGGCCCUGUAUGUGGUAUGGUAAUCAUGCUUGGGGGUGUGUAUGAUAUCUCUCUGGUGACCAGAUUAAUGCGUAUGAUAUAGUAAUGCUAGUGUUUGUGGUAUAAUAAGGUGCAGGAUUUAAAAUAAUACCGUAUAUGUUAGGCCGUAAACGUAAGCCAUGAAAAAGAGGUAAGUACGAGGUACAGAAAUAUUUGAGAAGUUAUCCCAAAAUUAGGAAACAACGUGACGUAUGAGUGGUUGAAUCAAGACGUGUGAUUCAACCCGAGAGUUUGUGAGAUUUGUGAGACCGUGUUCUUGUGUACUUGGUAAGUCGUUUGAGUACACAAAGAAAAAGUCAGAAUAUAUAAGUGCCAUGUAAGAAACGUGAGUACAUGGUAUGAUAGAAACGUAAUUUCUAAAGAUAAUUUAUAACGUAAAUCCUACAAGCGAUAAGCCUGUAAAAUGUAAAAGCUUGUCUAAGCUUAACUCCAUAAAUAUAUGUAUAUAACAUGAAGAAUUUCAAUAAAACUUUAAUAGUGCCAUGUCUGCUAAGAUUAAAACAUAACCUAAAUAAAUACUUAUUCCUAAGUAGUUAACAGGGGUAUUGCCCCAGUCAUAUGCAAGGAUUUCGUAAUUUGCAUAAAAUAAAUAACAGUAAUAACAUGAAACCAAUUAUAGCUGAUGAUAUGCAGAACAAAUUUGCUUAAUACAAAGAAAAACCGAAACCGAUAUGCCUGCCGGCAGCAAAGGGGUUAAUAUGCCUGUGACUUGGCCGUAAAGCGUGUGGCCGUAAAGUAAGGCCGUUUUAAAUCGCGACGCCGUGGGAAAUGAUCCGGGCGACGGACUUACGAUUUUGAAGUCCUGUGGACUUAAUCUGCGACGAAAACACCGGGUAUGUGCGUGGCUGAACGGGCGGAAAACCUGUAAGGAUUCCUGGACACAGCUACACCAAACGAAAACCGCGGGUUUUUGAAAAGCAAGAUGGCGCCGUACGUGAACCGGAAGUGGAUUCUCGAUGCAGCGCUGACCUCGAACGGUAUGGAGCCAGGUAAGGGGUGUCCCUUAAGUAGGGAGAAGGUGAGUCAUACGCCCCUCCCACAAUUACAGGCCAAAGGCCUUAAUACAUAUAUAUAUAUAUAUAUAUAUAUAUAUAUAUAUAUAUCUUUCUUUAUUAGACACAUGUAAUGAUUUUUUCACACUUUUUUUUCUUCUUCAAAAAGCUGCAUUACCAGAUAUUGGAAAGAUUAUGAAUGAGUUGUUUUUCCUUCAGUGAUCGAGAGCAGAAAUUUGCCUUAAAGGUAUUCUAUAGUGCCAGGAAAACAAACCCGUUUUCCUGGCACUAUAGGGUCCUGCAUUGCCCCCCUUCUUCGCCCCCUCCCCUCACACAGUGCUAAAGGGGUAAAACCCCCCUUCAGUGACUUACCUAAAACCAGCACCGAUGUCCUUCCUCCCCCUCAGCCGGCGGGAGAGACCUAAUGCGCAUGCACGGCAAUUAUUCAAUGCUUUCCUAUGGGGAUAAAUCUGACUCUGGAGGUCCUCAUGCAGAGCGUGAGGACGUCCAGCGUCAGAUAAUGGACCAAAGGUUCCUCUUCAGUUACGGAAGUCCCUCAAGAGCCUGUCUGGUGAACAGCCACUAGAGGUGGAGUUAACAAUCAGAGGUAAUUACCACUGUAGGUUUAAGGGACAUGGGACAUUGCACCCAGACCACUUCAAUGAGCUGUAUCUAGGUAUAUAUACCUGUGUGAUUCAUUGUGUCUGUGUAUGUGAAUUGGCAUGUGUUUGCCAAAUGACCUAUGUAGAACCCUGGAUAAAAAUAGCACAAUUUUGCGUGGCUAUUUCAUUUGAAGACCACUAAAGGCAUAUAACCAUGCACUGUAAACAUUGCUGUUCUGCAGAAGAUGAAGUGGUCUGGGUGCCUAUAGAGUCUCUUUAAUAAUUUAUCACCAGUAGUGGAUGCAGAAAUUGGUGAAAUAUUUUAAUGAACAUUUUCAAAUAUAUCAUUUCAGUAUUUUUUUUUUUAUUGCCUAAAGUCUGAUAAGUUGAUAGAUAUUCAGAGAUGUUUUUAUUCUGCCAUAUAUUACAUGCCUGGGAGACUGGACACGCAGUCUUUCAGUGCAGGUACCUCCUCUGUGCUGAAUUAGAAUUCCAGGUAGCAUUUUUAGACCAUCUUUUAAGUUACAGAAGGAUAAUCUCCAAGGAUGUUAAACAGGUUAAACUGCAGUAAACCAGUAUAUAUUAUCUUGCUGCUUGUGUCACUCUCCCUUUGCAUGUGUUCCAGUAUACGUUAGAAGAAUAAAAACACGUUUUAAGUAUCAUAUAUCACCCAUGCCUGGGAGCUUUCCACAUGAAACUUAGUUUGACACCCUUAAAAAUAUUAACCCUUUAAGGCUGGAGAAGAACCCAGAUUUGUUUAUUCAAUAAGCACAUAUUGUACCACCCACCUGUCACUACUUGGGAAGGACAGUCGCUACUUUGGGAGCAAAUUGUUAUGAGAAACCAGUGAAAAUAGAAUGGUAAGAAGCACACCAUUGUGUGAAAUAGCAAUAUAUUACUGAAAUUCACAGCUCCCAAUGAUGAUGGUUAAUGUGAAAAUGGACCUUUCGAGUCUGCGAUUUACGUUCUUUAAAUUUAUCUUAAAGUAACUUCUGUCUAUAUACUGAAUUUUUCAAAAGCAAAGAAAGGGAGGGUCUAGCAAGGAUGAAAACUGAGCAGUACAAUCAAAUUGUCAAUGUAAAUCAACCAUUUCUAGUAAACAAUAAUAACAUUAUAUCACAUUUUAGAGUGAUUUUAACGCAGCUCUGUCACCAUCUGGAGUCUUUACAUAAUUAUCUGUGACCUGAUAGGAUUUGUGAAUUAUACUUACCUUAACCUGUCCCUCGCAACAGCCGCCAUCUUCUUGACGGUCCUCUUCAUGUCUUGGCUCUUCAGCAUGUCAGUGCAAGAGUACAACUUAUGAUCUAUGGAGGAUCCAGUAAGACCACAGGAUCCAUAGAUGGAACCUUUUUCAUCGACAAAAGGUCGCUCAGUCUUUUAACAAGAUUUGCUAAGCUUGACAAAAUAUGUUAUCUUUAUAAAAGACUUUAUCUUUCUGAAAAAAUAAUUUAGGAUAGGUGGAGAGGGCGGCAGGGCUGCCAUCAGAAAUGUUGUGGCCCCUGACAAAGCACAAGAUCUGGGCCCCCCCUCAUUCCAUUAUUAGUAUAUGCAGUGUGUGUUGGUUGUAUUAGUGUAUGCAGAGUGUGUGUUAUAUUAGUGUACGCAGUGUGUGUGUUGUAUUAGUGUAUGCAGAGUGUGUGUUGUAUUAGUGAAUGCAGAGUUUGUUUUGGUUGUAUUAGUGUAUGCAGUGUGUGUUUGUUGUAUUAGUGUAUGCAGAGUGUGUGUUGUAUUAGUGUAUGCAAUGUGUGUGUUGUAUUAGUGUAUGCAGUGUGUGUGUGUGUGUGUGUGUUGUAUUAGUUUAUGCAGAGUGUGUGUUGUAUAUGUGUAUGCAGUGUGUGUGUUGUAUUAGUGUAUGCAGAGUGUCUGUAAAUGUGCAAACUAGGGCCUGCAAUCUACGGGGGCAUUUUCACAUUAAUUUUAUAUUAAAUUUAAUGAAAUGUUAUUCCCCCAAAUGUUAUUGUGUCCAGGGAGGGGGGAGGUUCCAUUCCCUGGUGGUAACCCGUGGCAAUGCUCAGAAGGCUGCGGGUCUCGCGAGAGUUAUUGGAAGAGAGGACCGGAAUGUGUAGAAGCAGUGUGCUGGGCCCCCUCUGCAGUAACAGGGAGCCAGGGGCCCACAGCUGCACAUAUAGAUAGCGAUAUUCGCUCUCUAUGUGUGCAGAGAGGGAGUGUAGGGCCCGGGACUGCCAGAGCAGUCCAGGCCCCCCAGGACCGCCGGGCCCGUGACAACCAUCAUGGUUGUCACCCCCUGAUGGUGGCCCUGGAGGGCGGUGACAGUGUUGCUUAAAAACACAGAUAGAAAACAAAAGCUGAUACAUUUCUCUUUGUUUUGGCAUACAUCCUGCCUUUAAAUCUAAUGUCAUUGUCAUGUUUACGGUUUCCCCUAGUAGCUGUAUUCUGUGCUAGGGUCACCACUCAACAUGUCAUGUCCACAGCCAGCCCGCCAAGCAGCCCAUUAGCCCGCCCUGCAGUCACUGGACCCCCAGGGAAAGGAAGAACCCCACCCCCUCCCCCCACCCCCAGCAUUCCCAAAGUUAAGGAGGCUGGGGGGGUUGAAUAAAAAAAAAGUGAGUGUUAAUGUGAGUGAGUUUGUGUGUGUUUCUGACUGUGUCUGUGUGUGUCUGACUGUGUGUGUGUGUCUGUUAGUGUGUGUUUGUCUGUUAGUGAGUGUGUGUGUGUCUGACUGUGUGUGUGUGUCUGUUAGUGUGUGUGUCUGAUAGUGUGUGUUUGUCUAUUAGUGAGUGACUGGUUUUACUCACUUUUUUCCAGCGCAGAGAUGAAGUCCCUGCAGCCGUUCGAUCUGUUCCCCGCGGCGCCACACAGGUGCCUCUCGAGAAACAUUGGCGAUGAAAAGCACAUGCGGCAGCGCUGCGUUCCUAUUGGGUGUUGGCUUUCAGAACUGAGUUUGACUAAGGAAGACCACCAGCAAGACAGCCACUAGAAGCGUAUUUAACUCUCCAGUGUUAGCAUUGCUGUACCUACAAAUGGCAAUACAUUGCAGAAUUCAAACUAAAGGAUCACUGCACCCAGACCGCUCCUUGCGAGGGUUAUCAUAGAGAAAGUCCAAGAUUGAUGGCAGUAUCAAUCCUGUGAAAAAAAAGAAAUGUUUUAUAAAGUUCAAACACAUGCAGAAUCAUUAUUUACACAGCAGUCUUACAGUUAGAGUUUCCCAUGGCAGUAUGAGAACUUGCAGACAUUGAAGGAACCCGGUCCUACUGUAUGCUGAGUAAUACUAGAUUGGGACCGGGACCUGUCACAUAAAUAUGAACAAACCGAGAUAAGCCUGGUGAUGGGGUUUACUGCUGCAUAUAAUGCAAAGAGUGGAUUAAUGGUAGGGACACUGCUGCCCUCUGCUGGCAAUGUUUGAUACACUGGGUUUACUGAGAAUGUGGUUAUAAACAAUGCACAAUGUAUGCCUUAAAUUAGUUUAGAAUAGUAUAACAUCUACUGAUAAAGGAUUUUUUGUUUCCCCAGCUCAUCCAUAUCUGUAUACCUCUUGUCGUUCUUUUCUUUUCUAUAAUGCUCUUGCAAAUAUGUAUAUAAUUGCAUGCGCAUGUGUAAUAUUUUUCACGUGUGCAACAAGCGUAAUGUAUAUUAAUCAACAAACACCUAUUAUAAACAUUAUCAGCCACACAUUCUCACUCACAUACUAACACACUGUAACACACACAAUACUAACUUAUUAGCUUCACACGCAUUGUAAAUUAACCAGUCUCAUGAACACUCUAUCCCAACUGCCUGUUACAAGGUAUCAUCUCAUUGUCAGUCAUCUUCACCCUCCACCAUCCAUUCUAAUGUCCGACUCUGAGAACCGGGUUAUGUACUAAACCAGUAUGGUAGCGUUCAAACUUUCUAUUAUUCCGAAGUCUUGUUUGCACACAAGUUCCUUUACAUCUCGUUGAAUCGCCAAUAUCAUGCAAAUGACUGAUGCUUUUAUAAACCUACUUCUUGGGGUAGUAGGUUCCCUUUUGUGGUUUUGUCAACCUGUUGCCUAAUUGUUUAAUCUAGGUUUUUGUUAACCAGAUUGUCUCAUAUUUAUCUAGUUAUCUGGUAUACCUAGACGUAGCUAGCUUUUCAGUUCCAGUAUUUCCAGAAUCCUGACAAUGGCAUGUUAUUGGCUUUUUGCCUCCUUGGGGGUAUUUUGUUAAGCUACAAAUUGGUAAUAUUUUUCUCUAACCUGCCCAACACUUCUUAUUUAAAUACUGACUUGUACUUUGCAAGUAGAGGACUAGCAAGGUCAUACAAAGUGUUCACCUUAUUAGCUACAGUCUCGCAACACACUCACACAUAAAUAAGUGUAACACAAACUCUAAAUUAAGUUAAACUUAAAAUAUUGUAUGGCCCUCAACACGACAUUGGUGUGUUAGCACACAGACUGAUGGCAUAGUGUGUUUGCCAAAUUUGAUUGACAGAUGAAGAGCAGGAGACCCCUACUCCAUUAAGUUCUCCUUCUACACUUGCCAUCAUGUACAUCACAUGUGUGCCUUGCGCUUUACUGGAGUAUUAUAGGAAUGUAGUAACCUCAUUUAUACAUUGAUAUGCUGGCAUGGAAGUAAUUUGUUGGCAUCAUAAGGUAAUUGUGUCCUGCUUUGAGAAGCCUGCUGUAUUAUCCUAAGCACGGCCAAUGAGAUUUAAAGAGGUAGGAGGUAAUUGGGAGAAUUGUUAUAUUUGUUUUAACACCCACAAAAAUAUGGCAGCCAUGUGAGGGAGUAAGCAUCUAAUUAUUAAAGGGACACUAUAGUCACUAGAACAACUACAGAUUAUUGUAUUUGUUCUGGUGAGUAAAAUCAUUCCCUUUGGGCUUUUUGCUGUAAACACUGUCUUUUCAGAUAAAAUGCAGUGUUUACAUUACAGCCUAGUAAUAACUUCACUGACCACUCCUCAGAUGGCUGCUAGAGGUGCUUCCUGGGGCAGUGCUGCACAGUGUCUUCACCCCUUGCACGCAGACACUGAACUUUCCUCAUAGAUUCAAUUAAUCUCUAUGAAGAGAUGCUGAUUGGCCAGGGCUGUGUUUGAAUCAUGCUGGCUCUGCCCCUGAUCUGCCUCAACGACAGUCUCAGCCAAUCCUAUGGGGAAGCAUUGUGAUUGGCUCAGACCACCACUUCUGAGCAGACAGCAGGCAGGUCAGGGGCAGACCCAGCAGCUGUAGACUUUACUAUAUUUAGGGAGGCAAGAGGGGGACAGGAGGGCUAGAUGGUGGUUUUAACACUAUAUGGUCAGGAAUACAUGUUUUUGUUCCUGCCCUAUAGUGUUCAUUUAACUCCUAAGCAUUGUUCAUCUUUAAGAAGACACACUUUAAAGCCAAACAAUUGGUUCACUUCCACCAGGCUUGUCCACUGCCGUCCAAAAUAACGUUACAAGUGGCAUCCUCGUUAGAUGUGCCACAGCCACCCGUCAUGCACGAUUUAUAAAGCAUAAUUGUGGUUUAUGGGAGCUUCACGUACUGUUAUCACAGUGUGCCUGUCGUAUAUUCAAAGAUAUUUCAUGAAUUGCUUAACUCUCCUGUCUUGUUGUUGUAAGCAAACUAUGCUAAUGUUUUAUUUAAUGAGAAAUAUUGAAAAUGACAGGUCCAAUCAUAAACUAAAGAUUGCAACACCGCCCUUAUUAAAACAACCCAUUAGUUGAUACCUGGUGAAAUUUCCUGCAUAACUGGAGACAUAUGUUGUAUCAUGGCAAUUCAAAUAUUUAUGAAAACAAAAAAUUAUUAUGCCCCACCUAUUCCACAGGGCUCAACUUUCACCCAAUCGAUUUAAUUAAGAAAUGCUACAGCCUACAAUUUAUGUUGUCAAAUUUGUAUGUUGGGUGUAUACUGUAAAAAACUAAUACUACAGCACAAAUCAAGGAGGGAUGUCAAGUUAUUUAGAGGUUACGGAAAGUAAAAAUGGGCACUCAAUAUUCAAAAAUACCAGAAGAAUAAGAACUCUGAGUAUCUAAUUUUUUCUUCUGCGUCUAAAGAGGGUAUUGUAGAACUAUAGGCACACUGAAAAUGGUUAUACCGUUUACAUUAUACAAUUUAGUAGAAUGCCAAUUUAAAUGGUACACAAACAUGCACAAGGAUAGUCCAUAAGGAUGGGCAAAAAAGAAAAGAAUGAGAAAGAUACAGAUGGCAAGAUAAAACUUAAGGGACCACUAUAGGCACCCAGACCACUUCAGCUUAAUGAAGUGGUCUGGGUGCCAGGUCCAGCUAAGUUUAACCCUUUUUGCUGGAAACAGCAGUUUCAGAGAAACUGCUAUGUUUACCUAUGGGUUAAUCCAGCCUCUAGUGGCUGUCUCAUUGAAUUUCACAGCAUGCACAUUCAGCCAGGACGUCAGAAGAGGGAGGAGAGUCCCAGCGCCGAGGGAGCCCGGCGCUGGGAAAAAGGUAAGGGAUUAACUCCUUCCUACCCCUUCAGCGCCACAGGAGUGGGACCCUGAGGAUGGGGGCACCCUCAGGGCACUACAGUGCCAGGAAAACGAGUAUGUUUUCCUGGCACUAUAGUGGUCCUUUAAGAGGGGAAAGGGAUCAAUGGGAAGCACUGUACUGUGCAGCAGGUGGAGAAUCAGAUAAUAUUGGAAUAGAAUGAAGUUAUCCAAACGCAUGGUCUGAUGUCUCACCAAUAAUUGCUUGAUAUUUUACAAAUAUCCCCCCUGUUUAUGGGGGUCUAGUAGGAUCAGAUUAACAUUGUGAGUUUAGUUCAUUUUUGCAGUUUCAAUCUGGCUCUGUCUAACACUGAUUAAAACAUUCAUAACACAAAAGGAUCCUCAAUAAAUAAUAUAUUAAAGAACUGGCCGACUUGCCCAAUGGUAUCUCAAUAACAUGAAAGGUCCAUGACCACAUCUAAAGCUGGUACCAAUGAUAUAUCCUUAUGUAUCUUUGUGGAUUAGCUACUGUUUUAAAACCAGCCGGACAGAACUAAUAACAUGUAAGAACUGUCAAAAUAACAAGAGAUUUGCAUAACCCUGACCCUGGAGGAAUUGAACCGUUGUUUUUUGUUCAUUUGACAUUAACAAUAUUUACAGAUGUGUCCUGUCUGACGAUGCCAUCAGAUUCAACAAGAUGUUAAUUAGCCUCUCUAUACGUUGCUUUGCUGUACAUUCCUCCAUAAACCGUCUGUGACUCGGGGCAGAUAAACUGAGUCAUAAAAAGCCACAGAUAUUACUCACCAGAGCGUGAGUAAUAUCAGCUUAUUUUUCCAUUCAAUAUCCAUUUACCAUUCAUCUGAAUUAAAUAUUUCUGUAAUUCAUAUUUCAACAUGUUAGGCCCAUAUAACCGAAUUGUAAAAGCUUUUAUAAUUUGAAUAUUUUAUCCUAGAAAUUGCAAUUCAGUCGGCAGUUGCCUACAUAUCCUGGUUUUGUAAAAUAAAAAAAAACAACAAACCCACAAAACUGUAUAUUUCACCACCACUCCGCUAACGUGCAAUUCUAACAGGCAAUGGUCAUGAUCCAGCAGAUUUCUAAUGUUCACCAGCUGCUUCCAUAUCUCUUAUCUCAAGGUGUGAGAUAAACAUUAAGGCUGUGCCAUGUAUUCUUCAUGCAUUGUAAAUUGACAAUUACUCAGUUCUGGAGGAGGGAGCGCCUCUAGUGGCUGUCAGUAAGACUAGCACUAUCGUGUAUUUACCCCUGGAAUGUUUCUACAAAAUUGCAAUGUUUUACUUUGCAAUGUCAAAAUGACAGGACUGUUCAAAGAUCACUUGAUUGAGACUAAUUUAUUUAUAUGUGUCUCACCUUAUGAACAGGAAGUACUUGGAAAUAGGGAGGGAGUAUUGCGAGAUUUUACCAAAACCGGUAUCUCCCAUGAUUUGGUUAAUUAUUUAAAGAUUAGUGGCACUUUAAAUCUCCAGCUAUUAAGAGCAGAAUGGACUUUCUGUGCUUGGCAUUGCAAAUUCCCAUUACAAGUGCAGACACCAGAGAUUUCCAUUUAGGUAGAAACAUUCAUCUUUGUGUAGCAGAUAAAUGAUUCAGUAGUUUUUGUAAUUGGUUAAUUUAAGACUUGUGACCUUUAUGUGAAAAAAAAGACACAGCAGGAUUAAUCUGAGCAAUACCCAACGUGUCCUGCGUGGGGAGACAGCGUUUAAUAGUUCCAGUGAUAUUUGGUUAGACACGCUCAAUUUAUUUGCUCUUUCCUCUUAUAUAGGUAGUGACAUUGUUCUGGCCAGACAAUGAUUCGGGAAGAUCUAUACAAAUGAAUGGAAAUUACUCCCGUAUUAUUUACGGAACAUUAAGCUACUGAAUGUUCCUUUAAUCUCGGCAAGAGAAUCCACACCUGCGUGAACUACGUUGUUUACUGCAGUCAAAUAAAUGCCACUGCCUUAUUCCUGUCUGAAUACACCCCUUAUAUACACAACAAAUAAGGCCGGCUUCAGGCCUUCUAAAACUAUUCUAGUUAAACUGGAAGUUAAAAUAUUACCCAGUUUCCUUGCAAUAAGUAGAUGGUCAGUGCUAUUUUGAACAAAACAAAAAAUAUACAUGUAUGUACAAUGAUGGGUCAUAUUUUUAUAUUGGAAUAAGUUUUCUUCUAGAAUAUUGGCUAGGUCACUUGCAGUCUUUAUAGAAUCAUGACUGAGAUGUCAGCUUUGCUUUAAUAUACGUUAGUUCAUCAGCCAACUCACGUGCUGACAGUGGUAAGGGUGUGAAUAGCACUAUGAAUUGUGCAAUACAUUUUCAAUAUAUUCAAAUAUCAAAAAUAUAUCCUAUAUAAACAAUGAUAUCAAUACAUCAAACAAUAUCAUAUGAAUAACAAAAUUUAAAUAUUUUUCAUCAUAUUAAAUCAUUUUAGAAUUUUAUCCCAAAAAUAUUAAAUCAUUUGGAAAUCUUAUCCAACGAUAUUAAAUCGAGGCCGUAUUCGGGCCAGAACACCUUUUUUCGGACAUGCUAAUGUAAACGUCUGUCUUUGUUUAGAAGGCACUGUACCCUGGAUAGAAUGUAUUUCUUCUCUUGUUUAAAAAGGCUUGAAGUAAGCCUUUAAUAUUAAUGACCAUCCAUGUCGUUGUUAAUUUUAUUUAAUGCUAGCAAAGAAUGACUCGUGUUUUUAGGAAUACAAGAUGAAGAGGUGUAGAGGGCUUAGGAAGUCCAAUGAUGCUGACCAUGAGGACCAGAAGGAACACUCUGUUUUUAUGAAUGAGGAGCCUCUGAUUGGCUGAGAGCAUCAGCUGACCACUCUCAGCAACCCAGCAGUGCCCCUGCCCGCGACAGCCCUAUGCUUCCAUUUUCCAGCAUUUCAGCAAGUGGAAGGACGGAGAGACAGUGAGAUCCAGUGCCAGAACACAGCUUUGGGUUUAAACCAAGGGUUUCCCAAAGCUAUGAACAUAGUUACUAGAUUAAGCACCAGUUAUAUAAGCAUCACUGCUACUGAAUGCAUCCCGUGUAGCCACUAAUUUUGGAAGUAGUAAGUUGUUUUAGAUAGUGCAUAGAUAGUUCUAACAGGGUAUUCACUAAAAUUAACAUUGAAAGAGUAUGCUAUUUUUGGAAAGCUGGACCAUUCUUUUGUUGUUUUGGAUUUAUUGCUGGUGUGGUGAUACUGGAGGUCUGUAAAGCACCCCACUUUAGUACGUGCAUUCUUUGUUAUAUGGGGAGAAGUGAGCUGGUUUAUCACCUAUUCUCUGCAUGAUUAGUCAUUUAUUUAUGGGACAACUUUUUAGUUGGAAUUUAAUAUGUAAUCGUUUCACAGAAGUUAAACUUCUGGUUGGGAAUCCAGAGAAAAUAGCAUUAUCGCGGAAGAGCUAGAUAGCAUUAAUGCAAACCCACUUCAUUCAUACUCAAAUAUGUAAAUCUUGCUGUAGUUUGAUCACUUAUUCCCUGCUAGGAGUCUGGAAAUACAGAGGGAGUAGUUACUAGUUGUACAUGCUGUUCUGACAAACUCGAAAAAAGUAAUAAUAUAAUAUCGCCUUCUCCAUGCUUCGUUGAUCUUUUCCCCUGUUUGUUACUCACAUACUCUACUCUUUAGUUAUUAAAAUACCAAAUGUAACAUGCGAGGAUUUCAGGACACCCCAUAGAAUGACACUGUGAAGAAUCACCCUCAAUUCGUUUUGACUAUUUCCCUCCCUGCUGUUGUAUUCGUGAGAUUUUUUACCUGUAUUACUGGUGCAUUAAUUAUUUUCUGUACGUUCAAAUCCCUUGUUUGGUAAAAUAGCUAUUUUUCCGAACAAGGACCACCCUGGAUAGCAAUUAGAACAUAGAAUCGUGUGUAACCGCAAGUUAAUUGAGAGUUCCCGGGUGGCCGCCAUUUCGGGAGCCGAACACGUGGCGAAGAACAAUGGAUGGCGGCCAUCUUAAACUCCCGAACGGCCAGUCAGCGGGACUUAGGCGUCGACUGCCUGGAACUAUUUUCGGCAUAGCCCUCCAGCAUGACCCGGUCCCCCAUGGAAGUCCCGCCUGGCUUAUUUCCACGAACUUGACACGAACGGCGUUCGGGAAAUUCAAGCUACCGAAUGAGGGGAACACUUUCCACGAACUCUCUAUAUCUUAACCCUGGUAGUUUUCGUGUAAAUUGACGCGAACGGAGACCGGCUCUUAGCCCCAAUUUCAUGCAACUCCAAAUCGGAAAUCAGCAUGCAGGGAGCCGGUCAAACUUCCACACGACGCGACACGAAAACUACUGAACGGAUUUUCGUGAAAUUUAAGUAUGUUGCUUCCCAGACCAUCAGCUACCCAGGGAUGUUUGUAUGUAAUAUAAAAAGUACUUUUCUGAAAUUGUUAAAAACUGUAAUGUUUCUGGCCAGCAGAUAAUUGAGCUUUGUGUAUUGUAGAAACUCAAUUAUCUAGCCUGGCCCAGAGGAGGAGUUUUGUAUUGCAUAAAUUGUGAGUUCUGUGUGCCAGUAAAGCAGUCUUGUUCCAGCAUUAAGCCUUGGCUCACGUGUGGAUUAUUUGGCGAUUACAGCGAUAUUUCUUCUCGUGGAUUAUUGGGAUUACUCUGCUAUUGGGAAAAGGAAAACUAGACGGUGAUAUUGACUACUACCGUCACAGACACUUACACUAAGUGCUUCUCACUUAGUCAUUGUCGACCAUUGUGUCAUAUGGUUGUAAUUGUAUUUAUAAUUUUUCAGGUCCUUCUCGGCCCUAAUUCCAAGGGCACAAUGUUGUAAAAUCAACAAUUCUGUCUUUAAAAUAUUUUAAAAUGUAAAAAAACUGGACUACGUGUUUAGUAAAUUGAAUAAUAUAAACUUCACAUAAUGAGUUCUGCUAAUGCCUGGUUGGCUAAGAGUAUUUCUUUAUGCCAUUGUACUUACAAGACGAGGCUCUGAGGAAAGUCUAUGGUGUUGAAAUUCCUUUGCAGGACAGAGCACUAGUCACCUUUAAUUUAGCCCAUGACAAAAUAUGUAUUCCCCUCUUACAUCUUCAGUCAAUAUGAAUUUGUGCCAUGUUCUCUGGAUUGACAGUUAACUCCAAUUGUGAAAUAAUCUAAAACUGCCAUAUUGUUUGCACACUUUUAAAUAUUUUUAGUAGCCACAACUGUGACAACAUCAAUAAAUAUUCAUCAUUCCUUUCAGAUAGCCACCAGGUACAGUGUCUGGGGUUAUAUGCUUAAUAUUUGUGUUCAGGGCCGCCAUCAGGGGGUGACAACCAGAACGGGCCUCACAUGGAGCAACUGCCGCAAACGCAUCUGCACCGGGGCCCAUCAGGUGGCCCAAGCAUUAAGGGCCACCCGAUGGGCCCUAUAAUCUUCAGGGGCCCGGUCAGCGCUGCGGCCGGGUAAUUGCACGACCGGGCCCCUUUUAAAAAAAAAAUUGCACCGCAAAUGCUGCUGGGAGGAAGUGAUGGCCGGUCACUUCCUCCCAGCUUACUCCGCGCGGGGGAGAGCAGCGGGAGAGCGGAGGAGAGGGAGAGUGGAGGCCAGGAGAGGACACCAGAUGCAUCCCCAGCCACCCUCCUGCAACUUAAAGGUAAGAGGAGGGUGGCUGAUAAAUGAAGUGUGUGUGUGUAUAUGUAUGUAUGUCAGUAUAUAUGUCUGUGUGUGUGUGUCAGUAUGUAUAUGUGGCGGAAUCAGCCUCGCCACUGGGCAUUGGAGAAGACUGAUUGCCAGCCUCCUGCCAUGUGACUAUGGCCCCUGGGAUGUAUUGCCUGCUCUACUCUACUGCUGAGGAUUGCUACCAACUAGGUGGAUUUGGCUAUGGAGCUUGUGUAGUGCCCUCUGUUGGUAGCAACAGUAAUAUGGACUACCUGAAUAGCAAGACUAGUAAUUUGCAUAUUCGGGUAGAUUUGCAUAUCGCUAAUUCUGCAUGCAGGAGAGACAUUUUGUGUUAAUUAUGGCCUUCCCCACCCAUUUAUAAAUAUGUAAUUAUGUUAUAAUAAGUCACUGUAUGUUGCCUGCUAUGAUUUGAUGGUUUGUAAUUUUAUUGAGUUUUCACAGCAAUGUUAAUGUAAUGACCAUAUGGGCUAGUUUCAAGGAUAAUAAAGUUUUAGAUAGUUCUUCUUCACUCUCAAUUUGGAGUCCUGUCUCUUAUUGGGGGAAUUUGCUACAAGGGAUUGCUAUGCUUUGUAUAUUCUCUUGCUAUAAUCACUCCUAAGCUCUUUUAAGAGCUUGUUCGUGCUUCGCUCUGAAGGAAGAAAGGUUUGGACUGCGGUGGUUGUGAUGUCGGCUAGAGUGCUUGGAGCAUCCAUGAACUGAGGUUGGGGUGCCAGUAUAUAUGUCUGUAUGUAUGUCUGUAUGCAUGUAUGUCUGUGUGUGUAUGUCUGUAUGUGUCUACCUGUAUACGUGUGUGUGUAUGUCAGUAUGUAUAUAUAUAUGUGUGUGUGUGUGUGUGUUUGUGUGUCAGUAUGUAUGUGUGUAUGUAUAUAUCUAUCAGUAUGUAUGCAUGUAUAUCUCUGUGUAUGUCAGUAUGUAUAUAUGUCUGUGUUUAUGUCAGUAUGUAUAUAUGUAUGUCUGUGUGUAUGUCAGUAUGUAUAUAUGUCUGUGUGUGUGUGUCUGUGUGUAUGUCAGUAUGUAUGUCUGUGUGUAUAUAUGUCUGUGUGUGUAUGUCAGUAUGUAUGUCUGUGUGUAUGUUGAUAUGUAUAUAUGUCUGUGUGUGUGUCUGUGUAUAUGUCUGUGUGUGUGUCAGUAUAUAUGUCUGUGUGUAUGUCAGUAUGUAUAUAUGUCUGUAUGUGUAUGUCAGUAUGUAUAUAUGUCUGUGUGUGUGUGUGUAUGUCAGUAUGUAUGUAUGUCUGUGUAUGUAUAUAUCUAUAUGUGUGUGUAUGUCUGUAUAUUAGUAUGUAUGCCAUUAUGUAUGUAUGUCAGUAUGUAUUUAUGUGUAUGUAUGUCAGUUUGUAUGUAUGUGUGUGUGUGUUUGAUGUCAGUAUAUGUGUGUAUCUGUGUAUGUGUCUAUAUGUGUGUAUGUCUGUUUCAGUAUUUGUGUCUGUUAAUAUGUGUGUAUCUUUCUGUGUGUGUGUGUCUGUGUCCUUUUGUGUCUGUGUGUGUGUAUUCCUGUGGGCGGGAUUUGGAGGCAGGCACCCUGGGGCCCAGACCUUGAGCUGUGUUAGGGGCCCCACAAUUUCUGAUGGCAGCCCUGUUUGUGUUCUAGACCAUUUAUUGACUUUGGUAUGAGAUUGAACAAAAACUGGAUGGACUUGCUUUUAGCACUAUAAUUAUUGUUAAUAUAUUAAAUUCCAGAAAAAUUGGGUGUGUUGCUCACGCCUUCAACCUUCAGGCAAAAGAAUUGAUCUAAAGCAAAAUAAUUUUAGACAGAGAGGCUUGCACUGUAAUGAAUUAAAACCUGACAAUGUACAUUCCAAACACAGAUCUAUUCUAUAUACACAAAAUUAGUUUGCAUACAUGCAAAUAAUAAACUACUUGUAAACUUAUUUACCCCAGAAUUAACUUAUUAGGCUCCCUCUCAACAAUAAACUAACAAGGUGAAUGCAAUAACAUAAAAAUGGCUCAAUAGGUUAAUAUGUAUACAGAGAUUACACAGAAAUAUGCCCUAAGCCGAAACAUUUACUAUUAUGACUAUAGUAUUCAACAGCCCAAAUACAUAAAACAAAACAAAAAAUGUUAUCUGUGCACUAUCCAUAUGAAUAUUUACAAAACAGGAGGGAUUUUAGAAACAUAGAAUGUGACGGCAGAUAAGAACCAUUCAGCCCAUCUAGUCUGCCCAAUUUUUUAAAUACUUUCAUUAGUCCCUGGCCUUUUCUUAUAGUUAGGAUAGCCUUAUGCCUAUCCCACGCAUGCUUAAACUCCUUUACUGUGUUAACUUCUACCACUUCAGCUGAAAGGCUAUUCCAUGCAUCCACUACCCUCUCAGUAAAGCAAUACUUCCGGAUAUUAUUUUUAAACCUUUGUAUCACUCCAGUGGCCAUUUAAGUGUAAGCUCAUCUGCUCCAUCAUGGGAAGACCUCUUAAGUGAGCCCUAUGCUACCAAUUAACCUUGUUGCUUUCAGCUGUAAUGCAAUAUAAAUAAAUAUAUAUAUAUAUAUAGUUUGGUUUUUAAUCCUUAUUUUUGCAGUGCAGUACAUAAAUACCUGAAGCAGUUGUCAAUGUUUUUUGGCAUAUAAAAAAAAAGGUGAAAAGCCAAAACACGACAGAGACAUUGCACCAAUUUUGGUAUAGCAUGAGGAGUUCUUUUAUAGAACCAUGGGAAGAAAGUCAGGCCGGGUCUCGCCAGGGCACCAACAGCAAGUUUGGGAUCCAAAAGGGGAUAAUUGUAAUAUACUGAGUUAUGCAUCGCUAAGCCCCGGAGGGUGUAACAUAGUUGCUGAGGAAUAUGGUAAGUAAGAGCAGUGACAGCACGGCCUAUAGCAUACAGGAAUAUAUGUGCCCUAGAGCAUGUAGGGUAGUCGGUACAGAAGUUAAAGGCACCUGCAUAUCGAGUAGCCAAAAUGUCUAGUGCGUAAAGAAACCUACUAACCAUAUAUAAAUAUAAAUAUUAUAUUUAUAUUAAAUAUAUAUAUAUUAUAUUAAAUAUUAUAAAUAUUUUAAGUACCACUGUAACAGCCAUUAAUGUGUAAGUUCACCUGCCACAUCAUGAGUAGGACUUGACGAUGCAGGUAAACUUACACUUUAAUGCAGAUAUAGAUGGUUGAGCACUUACUAUUUAGAGGAAAGAGGAAGUGCAGGUGGAAUAUGAUAUUGUGGGCCAGAUACUUGUGUGACAUUGAAAGUACUGUAGGCGUCAGGAGUUAAUUCCAGGCUGCCAACUGGUGUUUAUAAAGUGCGUGAUAUUUGCAAAACAAAAAGAAAGAGUGCUACGUACCUCUUAAAACAUGCCUAACUGAUCACACAAUGAAUAGCACAGCUCAAAUCUAUCUUCUCCAAUAUAGGUCUCAAUUUAAUCAGCUUUCCAAAUGAUUCAAUACAUUUAGUAAAACCUUUAAAAUGAUUUAUCUACAGAAGUCAGACUUAAAUGAGCACUAUAGGGUCAGGAACACAAACCUGUAUUCCUGACCCUGUAGGGUUAAAACCACCAUCUAGCCACCCUGGUCCCCCUUGCCUCCCUAAAUAAAGUCAUAUCUUACUAGUAUUCAAGUCUGGAGCUGCUUGUUUUGUCACUGUUUCAUUUUACCUGCCCACUGCCUGCAGAAGUGGUAGCCUGAUCCAAUCACAGUGCUUCCCCAUAGGAUUGGCUGAGACUUACAAAGAGGCAGAUCAGGGCCAGAGCCAGCACAAUUCAAACACAGCCCUGGCCAAUCAGCAUCUCAUUAUAGAGAUGAAUUGAAUCAAUGCAUCUCUAUGAGGAAAGUUCAGUGUCUUUAUGCAGAGGGAGAAGAUACUGAAUGUUUGGAUGCAUUUUAGGCAGCCAUGACCCAGGAAGGAUCUCGAACAGCUAUCUGAGGAGUGGCCAGUGAAGUUAUUAAUAGGCUGUAAUAUAAACACUGCAUUUUCUCUGAAAAGACAGUGUUAACAGCAAAAAGCCUGAAGGUAAUGAUUCUACUCACCAGAACAAAUUCAAUAAGCUGUAGUUGUUCUGGUGACUAUAGUGUUCCUAUUCACGAUCUCAGAGAUUUUCGGACCUCAGAUGUGUGCUUCAGCAACAUUCUACACAUUGACACCGCCAAGAGAUCUGCUGGUCAGCCUGGCGAGUUAUGAUAACAUGUCCUCUUUUUAGGAGUAUGGCAUGUACUUCCAGUGCAUCACCAGUGACAAUCAUCGUAUUUAUGGUAUGCUCCCUCUCUCUGUCCUGCUGGCAGAUUACCCAGUUUUGGAAAUAUGUAAUUAUAUUUUGCUCCAUGUAUCUCUAAGUUAUACUCAGUCUACCUCCUUUACUGCAGUUGUACUGAAAAUACUUAUAAUGAAUAACCCUUUGAUGAAGGGGAUGGGUUGAUCCCUUUGCCACUCAAAGGGCAAAUACCAUUUGUUUAUCUUCACUAGAAUGCCUGUGACUGUGCUGGUUUCAUUUACAAUCUUGAUAAAGGUAUGGUUCCAUACUUUAUCUGCAUACUAACUUUCUGUUUAUGCCUGUGCAGCAGACUAGAAAAUAAACUUAUCUUUAUCUUAACUUAAGUAAAUCUUCAAGUGCUAAUAUUUUGUUAAGAAUAGUAUUUUUUUUUAUCUUUAUCUAUUACUUAUCUUAAGGGACAAUGUAGUCACCAGAACUGGUGAGUAUAGUCAGUCUCUACAGGCCUUUUGAAGUAAACACUGUCUUUUCAGAGAAAAUGCGGUGUUUGCAUCACAGCCUAGGAACACCUCUAGUGGUCUCUACUAUGACAGCCAAUAGAGGUUCUUCCUGGGCAAGUGCCGCACAGUGUCACUGACGUUCAGUGUCUCCACACACUGCAUGCAGACACUGAACUUUCCUCUUAGAGAUGCAUUCAAAACUAAAAGGACUUAUGAUGCAGGGACAUCCAUUGACCCUCUGUCAACUUAGUUCUUCUGCCUGGACAAAAAAUGACACACACUCACACACUUGUACUGUGUAAUAUAUGUGUGAUAAAGACUGCAAGUGUAAUGUGUGUAUAUAUAUUUAUGUGUGUAAUAUAUGUGGGUCUGCAUUUUUGUAUGCGUGUCUUACAGAGAUGACCAUUCACAUACACAAAGUAUGUUCAGUCACACACACACACACAAUGUAUACAUCCUCAUACUCUACAUAUAGUCACAUACCUAGUCACACAUUACAAGAGUAGCCAUAUACAGUACUAAAUUACUGCUACAGCAACAUACCCAGUCACACACACACACACACAAACACACACACAAACAUACACAUAUACAGUCACACACACUUUACCAGUCACACAAACAUAUCUAGUCACAUGGUGUUUGUGCAGUCAUACACACAAAUACAUUUACAUACCCACAAUGUAUGCAAAUUAUAUAUAAUUGUAACUGCAGACAUGAUAUUCAGCUUUCACCAGUGGAGCUGAUUGUGUCUUAGCAGAGAGUUGUGGUGUGAGAUUAGCUCAUAUGUUGACUGUGCCUGGGUCAGGAUAAAUAUUAAAUAUAUCACUGGAAACACUCUUAGCACCGUUAUCUGAAGAAGGGGGUGCAGCAUAUUUUGCCAGAGAAAACAUAUUUUUACUUUAACCCCUUAGGGACACAUGACGGAAAUAUUCCGUCAUCAUUCUCUUUUAUUCCAGACGUUGUGUCCAUAAGGGGUUAAUCUCUAUUCUGAGCUAGAGAAUUGCUGCUCUAGUUCUAGCUAAUGUCAUAAUGGCACUUUUGUAUCAUAGAUGCCCAAUAGAAGUGUGUAGCUCAUGUAAAAAUAAUAUCGGUGGUGUUUAUAAAUCCCAUACAAAGUGAGCGCAAUGAAGCCGAGAGAGGUUUCAAUAAUGGUUGUGUGCGGUUUGUUCACACGGUCUCCCUCCCACAAUAGAAAGAUAAGAUUUCACAUGGUGUGAAAAGAUUAAACAAGACAAACUGAUGUGAGGUCGGAGAAGGCGAUUAAAGAAACUAUUCAUAUUUUAACUACUCCACCCUUCACCUUCCAGAUCCCAGCACAAAUACAGAGAUAUUUUCACUCGUCGCAAACACAAGCUAAGGCGAGAAUUGUUGACAAUUCAAAUAGAUUUUUACAAUUUAAGGUCAAAAAAAGCCAAAAUGAAAAUUUAGCUGACUUAAAAAUGUUUCUCUAUUCAGCUACUUUAGACAAAAAUUUGAAAUUCACUAUAAAUUCCUUUCAAUUAACACUUUUUAGUGAAUGAACUUGCUAAUGUUUUAAAAACUGAAAUGGCACAAAUUCCGAGAAAAAUAACAUUUUGCAGAGGUUUUCAUUGUUCGUAAAAACUUGGUAGAACGCUGUUGUCAGAUGUUAUAUUAUAGUGUCUGCUCAUAUAUUUAGAUUUAGAAAACCCCCCACUUUAGCCACAUCAUAAAGACCAGAAGCACAGCCGUUUCAGCCCUUCACACAGAUGUGUGAACUAUAUAACAUCUAUAGUGGGCUGUUGUAGUUAUGGUGCUUACAAUGUGCCUUUAAUACCAAUACCCAAUGCAUUUUGUCUAUAUGUUACAUUUAAGAGUAGCAUAACACAGGUGUUGUCAUGUGACCUCUGCUAUUUAAUUCUUCACAUACAUUUCUCACAUUGCAAUGGACAAAAUGUUUUAUCCCUACCCAUAAAUACCUAGUGAUCAGUUAUGCUGUAAAUGUGUUGCACCAUCCCCUUCUCUCCAAAGGCGCAGUUUAUCUGGACAAUUGAUGUCUCCAUGUGCUUGGGCAAGAUGUGUUAAAUUUUUUGACUCUGAGUUUGAUAAAAGCCUCUGCCUAGGCAGUGGCGGAUCCAGAGCCUGAUCUCGGGAGGGGCACUUGUAGAUUAUUUAAAGAAAUAAUCCAGACACAAUAACCACUACAGCUCAGUGUAAUGGUUAUGGUGUCAAUAGUGCCGGGACCCCCUCCCAGAGUAAGUAGACAAACCGUUUAAGAACAGUUUGACAACUUACCUGAGGUCUGCUGGGAAAUGGGGCUGUAGUAGGGCAUAGGAGCAGUGGUGUGUGUGAGUGGUGCAAUGUGUAAGGGGUGCAGUUUGUGUGUGUGUGUGUGUGUGUGUGUGAGGGGGACAGUGUGUGAGCAGUGUGUGUGAAGGUUGUAGUGUGUGAGUGAGGGUGGCAGUGUAUGUCAGGGAUGCAGUGUAUUUGUGGGACAGUAUGUGUGUGACAGUAUGUGUGUGUAACAGUUGCAGUGUGUGUGUGAGUAUUGCAGUGUAUGUGUGAGUGUGGGCAAUGUGUGUAUGGGGAGGCAGUGUAUGGGGGUAGUGUAUGUGUGUAGAGUGUGUGUGUAUGGGGGGCAGUAUGUGUGUAUGGGGGGCAGUGUGUGUGUAUGGGGGCAGUUUUGUGUGUAUGGGGCAGUGUGUGUAUGGGGGCAGUGUGUGUGUGUAGCAGUGUGCAGGUGUAUGUGUGUAUGGUGGGGCAGUAUGUGUGUAUGGUGGGGGGUAUGCUGUAUGGGGUGCAGCAUGCUGUAUGGGGACAGUAUGUGUGUAUUGGGGACAGUAUGUGUGUGUGCAUGGGGGCAGUAUGUGUGUAUUGGGGGCAGUAUGUGUGUAUGGGGGCAGUGUAUAGGGCAGUAUGUGUGUGUAUGGGGGCAGUAUGUGUGUAUGGGGGCAGCAUGUGUGUAUGGGGCAGUGUGUGUGUAUGGGGCAGUGUGUGUGUGUGUGUGUGUGUAUGUGGGGCAGCUGUGUGUAGUAUGGGGCAGUGUAUGGGUAUGUGUGUAAAAGGGAGUGUGUGUGUGAUAAGUGGUAGGGGGGGCUUUUUUUUUAAUAAUAUUUUUAUUUAUUUAAUUAAAAUAAAUAAAUAUUCUAUGUCCCCCCUCCCUUCUUACCUUUACUGGGAGGAGGGGGGACAUUUCGCUGGUGGUCCAGUGGUGAUUCCCUGGUGGUCCCAGUGGGGAGAGUGAACUCUAGCCUGCAGCUCCAGGGCUAGAGUUCACUCUCGCGAGAUUUGGAGCGUUGCCGUGGUAACCACGGCAACGCUCCGUGCUCGCGAGAGUAGGACCCGGGGAGCUGCAGGCUGAGCUCCCGGGUCCUCUCUCCCUCCCCUGCCGGCUGUCAGUACAGUGCCUGCGGACCGGGGAGGGAGAUCUGUGAUCUCUGAUCUCCCCUCCGAUCCACAGGCACAUUGCAGGGCUAGCACCUGCGUGUGCUGGCAGGGGAGAGGGAGACAGUUGGAUUUCUCUGGGGGGGGGGGAGGGCAAUUGCCUGGAUCCGCCACUGUGCCUAGGCUGAAAUGUUGUUUCUUUUUUUGUUCCAAUAAAACUGCUUCAUCAUCAGACCUGGAGUGCCUAGAACAUAUUUAUUUCUGAACUGAUUUCACUAGUCCUUAGGCCUGGAGCACCUUGGUCUACACCAGUGUUUCCCAAUUGGUGUUCCGCGAAACCCUAAGGCAUUUUGCCACAUCCAUGAUGGCCGCCGCUACCUGCUGUUCGGUCGGAAACAGCAGAGAUUGUGGGAGUGUGAUUUUUAAACCCUUUCUAAAGCCUUGCCGCCUGCCCAGCCAUCAGCCAGCCACUUAGACUUAGCUCAUCCGUGAGAGAGCACGCCCAGCCGUCAGCCAGCCCGCUCAGCAGUCAGCCAGCCAGCCAGCCCGCCCUGCCGUCAGUCAUUUUCUAUCUCUCGUGGUAGAGGAGUGAUAGAGAGUGAAGCUGUUAGUUAAAGCUCCGUUAUUGCCUGAUAGAAAUCUCUGUUAGGUAGGGACAUAUAAAUCUGUUAGGUAGGGACAUUGAAAGGCUCUAUCAGGGGCAUUGAAAGGCUCUAUCAGGGGCAUUGAAAGGCUCUGUCAGGGGCAUUGAAAGGCUCCAUAAGGGGCAUUGAAAUUCUCUGCUAGGGACAUUAAAAGGCUCUGUCAGGGGCAUUGAAAGACUCCAUAAGGGGCAUUGAAAUUCUCUGCUAGGGACAUUAAAAGGCUCUGUCAGGGGCAUUGAAAGACUCUGUCAGGGGCAUUAAAAGACUCCGUAAGGGGCAUUGAAAUUCUCUGCUAGGGGCAUAAAAAGGCUCUGUAACGGACAUUAAAAGACUCUGUCAGAGCCAGUGGUGUAUCCUGGUUUUGUGCUGCCCUAGGCAGGACAAAACUCAGGUGCCUCCCCUCACGUCAUAUUCCGGCUCCCAGCAUCACUCUGCGGCGCGCGAGGGAGCUGUGCAGAGCGCUCAGGGGAAAGUGCUCCCUCGCCAGCGCUGCCCGACCGCCCACCUGGCUUGUCAGUUAAAUGCAAGGCUAACAAGACAUUUGCCCUGGGCAUUUAUGGGCGGCUUUUUUGGAAAAUGCCGCCCAAGGCAAAUGCCUUGUUUGCCUCGCGGCUAAAACGUCCCUGGUCAGGGCAUUGAAAGACUCUGUCGGGGCAUUGAAAGACUCUGCUAGGUACAUUAAAAGGCUCUGUAAGGGACAUUAAAAGGCUCUGUCAGUGGCAUUAAAAGGCUCUGUCAGUGACAUUGAAAUGCUCUGCUAGGGACAUUAAAAGGCUCUGUCAGGGGCAUUGAAAGGCUCUGUCAGGGGCAUUAAAAGACUCUUUGAGGGGCAUUGAAAUUCUCUGCUAGGGACAUUAAAAGUAUCUGUAAGGGACAUUAAAAGGCUCUGUAAGGGACAUUAAAAGGCUCUGUCAGGGGCAUUAUAAAAGCUGUCAGGGGCAUUGAAAGACUCUGCUAGGUACAUUAAAAGGUUCUGUAAGGGACAUUAAAAGGCUCUGGCAAGGGCAAAAAAACUGUUAAUAAUAAUUAAUUGAAGUGUUUUUUUGCUCCACGUCUAAUUCAAAAAGCCUGCUUUAGUUCAGUUGUUUCUAUGAGCGUUUUCAAAAUCAGCCUCCUUUUCAGUCAGGUUGUGAGAUCUGUAUUUUUCUAUUUUUGCCAAUUAACAACCAUGAAUUUGGAAAGCUGGUUAAAGCAGGGAACUCUUCAGAGAAAAGUUAUUACUACUUCUGCCUGUUCGGCACUUAUAGAAACUGAGAUAUAAGAUACAAAUAAAAACCCAGAAAACAUGCCCAAAAUAGUUGUAUCUACUAUUCCUUAAAAUAGCAGAGACAAGUCGGCACAGCGAGUACCCCCGCCAGCGACCAUUAACUUUGCCACCAAACACAGCUCACUUACAGCGUAGCCGACCUUACACGUACAUUCUGCAGUGCGGCGGCCCCAAAGAGGAAAUAAAGGAGACACCCAGCAACAAGCCAUAAAGAGCGACGUCCAACUACCUCUCACCGACCUCUAGAGGCACAGAUGGGGCAGGCCAACCCUGACGGGGCUGCAGCCCAAGUGUCACCAACAAGAGGCUCACAAAGCCACCUUGGGGGACACUAUCAUACCAGCAGCUGGCGUGGGCUAAGUGUAUCUCAUAUUCUUUCAGCUAACUGUCCUCUUCGUGCUGAUCUAUUUAUUAUGGGACAGCCUAGCACAGUUAAUGAUACCAGAGUUUUAAUGUUUUUGGUUCUGCCUAAUGGGUACCGUUAGUAUGCCUUUACGCUGUAAUGUACACAGGACUUGACUGGCUGAGCGCCAAGAGAAAACACUACACCCUCUCAUUCGAUUGAAUAAGUUCUUUUAACUCGCCUUACAAGUUGCAGUGCCGGCUCCCACCAUACAUUAUGAUUAUAAUACUACAUUUUAUUAGCAUGUCUUACUACACAUCCCUAUCAAGAUUAAUCCUUACAAGACAUAGCCCAGCACCACAACGACCGACACAGCCGGCACAUCUAGCUAGCAUAAGGUACACGGGUCUCAUUGGCCGUGAUAGCCUAACCGUUCAAACACUAGGUAUCACAGACCAGUUAAACAUCACCCUGUUUAUAAUAUAACUCUGAGCAUCGUUAUUUCAUGUUCAUGUUUAUUUUGCUAUGCCUACCUUUGCUCUUGAAUCUUUUAUCGAAAGAAAAAAAACAAAGUGCAUCUCGUACCUGUCACUAAAAUGUUAGCAAUUGCUUACGACUGCAAUAUCUUUGGGAAAUAUUGACAUAUGUACCAAUGCUAUCUUCCAUAUAAUGUCUCCUAGCUCAUACAAGCACAGUACAACUUUUAUGUGUAUUACUUUAACUGGCAAAUGCUGCACUGCAAAACGUGUUUAUUCAUUUACACAUUAGGACUAUGACAGCAUAGCAAACUUGGUACUGACAAAAUAGCCGUUACUCUUCUCCAAUGUACUUUAGUUUAUCUUACUUCAUUAACCUAGCUGUUUAGUUAAGCAUGUGUUCACUCUUAUUAAAUUUAAAAAUGUGCACUGUUUAUCCGUGCCAUACAACUGUCUCCCUAUGAUUAUGGAAACUUGUGGCAUUGCUGGCGUAACUGUAAUUUGUCUAAUCUAUGCAAGACAAAAUAAAGAUUUAAAAAAAAAAAAAUACUUCCCAAACAAAAAAAAAAUAGCAGAGACAAGUGACAAGUCAAAAAAAGCACACAAUGCUAGCCAAUCUUCAUCUUAAACAAAGAAAAUAAAAUAUGAUGACAGCUACUCAUUUGGAUUCACAAGUGCCAGAAUAAAAGAUUGACCUGAAGCACAAUGCUUACUUUGCAAGAAAAUAUUGCCAAACAGUUCAUUAACACCUGCUAAAUUACAUUGUCAUUUUGAGCAAAACCACGCAGAGUACAAAGAUACAGACAUUGACUUUUUUAAGCUAAAGCUAAAGGAGUAUCAGAAGACUAAACAAUUUAUGAGCAAACAAUUUCAAAAUGCUAAUGAAAACGCCACAGAGGAUUCUUACAGAGUGAGUUACUGCUUAGCACUUGCAGGAGAAGCACACACAAUAGGGGAUUCACUGAUAAAGCCACGUGCAAAAGAAAUAGUGUCAUGUAUUUUAAGUUGUUGAGUAAAAAAAUUGAAGCUGUGCCACUUUCCAACAACACAGUUUUGCGCCGUAUUCAUGAUUUUGCUGAUGACAUCCAUACUGAACUAAUUUCUCAAAUGCAUGAAUGUGAUGGGUACUCACUGCAAUUAGACGAGUCCACAGAUGUUGCAGGACUUUCAGUUUUGUUGGGUUUUGUUAGAUAUAAUUUUUACAAACAGAUUGAAGAAGACUUGCUUCUGUGUGAAACUUUGAAAACUCAUACCACUGUGAGAACAUCUUUAACUGUAUUCAGAAAUUCAUGAACACACACAGUAUAAAUUGGGACAAAUGUGUAGGUGUGUGUGUGACCCGAUACGAUACCCGCGGUGACCACAGGCGCAGGCAAUGGGACCUCCUAACCCAUCACACCCUCCCAUACCCACCCCUCCCUCCACAUCCCUCUUUAUCCCCCUUCUCUACUUUACCUAGUUCUCUAUUAUCUUUCAUUAUCCAACGAGGAUACAUAAACUGACUGAAUAACUGAUGCAAUACAACUCAUUCUGAGGUUACCAACAGAUUCAUUACAUAUUUACACACAAUAGUUUGUCUAGGGGCAACUACUCCAACCACAAUAUCUGGGAAAAUGAACUGGGUAGAUAUUUAUACAAACGGUUACUGACCUUCAAAAUGGGCUCAACGACCGACAUCUUACUGGGGCUGUGGCUUGCAGGAGAUAAAGAGAUAGCUAAGAUAACCAUAUAGCCGACUCAUUACAGAUGUCGACUUACCUAGGGAACGGUAUAGGGACGGCCGCACUACUGACAUAAGAUGAUCUCCCCGGACAAACAGACCUCAAUACUAAACCGCCCCGAAGAAAUCAGACAUGCACUUAUUACCUAAUUAGCUAAAAAGGAGAUAACCUCUAAUAGCCCUGCUGGACACAAUAGGACACACUCGACUAACAAGACAGCAUAUCCGAGCAUAACCUAUUACAUGCUCAUGGACGCUCUUUAAACACCCUUGUACCUCCCACGAAGCACAAUCCAAUGCCUCAGACAGUUGAUAUGAAAAACCUCCAAUAAGCCGAACUCAGUCCACGACCUAUCAUUAUCCCAAUUCAUGAUAGCAAUCUUAGCAACAUAUUGACUAAACCAGCUCGAAGUACACAGUUACCCUAAGCUUCUGAUUACUAAUAUAACAUUGUUUAAUUGUUGAUCACUGGAAUUUCGCAAGGACCUGCGUGUCCGUUAUAUUUUGUUUGAAUGCCGCAGUUAUGUGUUGAUAACUCAUAUCUUAUAUGGACCUGCGUGCCCAGUACAUGGUAUCUUAUUGCUGCAACUAAUAAACAGCUGAAAAAAAAAAAAAAAAAUUAUGCAAUAUUGCAUUAUGUGUCAAGUUGUGAUGCAUACUAAAUGUACCAAAACAAUGUUUUAAAUUCAAGCAAAAAAAAAUGUGUAGGUGUGUGCAGUGAUGGUGCCAAAGCAAUGAUUGGGAAAGUGGCAGGCGCUGUGACACGAAUAAGAAAUGUAGCAAAAAACACCACCAGUUCUCACUGUGUUCUUCACAGACAUGCACUGGUAGCUAAAAAUAUUUCAAUCUCACUUAAAACUGCGCUAGAUGAAUCGGUACAGAUUAUUAAUUUUAUAAAAAGUCAUUACAGUCACGACUAUUUAAAAUACUAUGUGAAGAUAUGGGUGGUCACCACUUUGCUCUCCUUUUGCAUUCAGAAGUCUGUUGGCUAUCACGAGGUAAAGUUAGAAUGUUUGAAUUGCGUCAAGAGUAGUUUGUAAAAAAAAAAAAAAAAAGUAGCGUAUCUUGCAGACAUAUUCACAAAAUUAAAUGACGGAUGUUUAUCACUCCAGGGAAAAAACACUAAAAAUUUUAAUGCAAGAGAUAAAAUAUUUUCACUGUGUCAUAAGAUGCAGGUUUGGACCUCAUCUGUUGAGUAAAAUAAUUUGAACUCUUUGCCAACACUUAAGGAUUUUCUUGAAGAAUCAGAAAUUGAACUUGAAGAUGAAAUUCAAAUGAAAUUGUAGAUCAUCUCUGCCAUUUAAUCACAUCUAUUAAUCAGUAUUUUCCAUUAUUGAAUGAAAACAAUGAGUGGAUUCAAAAUCCAUUCAUAAAAGACAAGCCAGACAAUUUUUCUGAUGUAGAUUUUGAGAAUCUGAUCGAUAUAACUUCUGACAGUCAACUAAGCCAAAAAUUUUAAGAAGUUUCUCUUAUUGCUUUUUGGGAUGAUUUACGCAAGGAAUACCCAGAAUAUUCCAAGCGGGCAAUCAAAGUUCUGUUGCCAUUCGCCAGCACAUACUUAUGUGAAAUUGAAUUCUCGCUCUACUCUGCUACAAAAACAAAGUUUCGAAAUCGACUUGACGCAACUGCAGACAUGCAAAUACAAUUGUCUACAAUUAAACCAGAUAUAAAAAGAAUCUUCCAGCAAAAGAGAUCAUUGCACUCUACUCAUUGAAAGGUUUCCGCUGCACUGCGCUACGGCACACAUUUUUUGUUUUGGUUCUUACGUUUUGCUAUACCAUGUCAAAGGAUUCCAAGGGAAAAAUUAAUUGGGAAACUCUGGUCUACACAUACGAGUGCAGUAUCCUUUUGUAGAGUGGAUUACCGUAGGCUUUCUACUCUGACACUGAUGUGGGGAAUAAGUAAUUCCUAGUGUCUAGAGCUUGCGAUACAUUAUCUACAUUAUCUUAAGCCACAGGCCUGAUUCCUGGUUAGCCCAUCCUUCCAUCCUCCCAUAAUCAAUAAAAUGAGUACCAUUGAGGUAGAAUAUAAAAUCACCUCAUUACAUUGUUGGAAACUAGUGACAGCUUAAAUAUAGCUUUCCUGUUACAUUACUUUGGUAUUAUUAAAGUUCCGGUUUGCAGAUUUUUUUUCUUACUGAGAAAUGUAAUAUAUUAUGUCUUGGCUUGCCCUCAAUCUGUUACGAACAUGUUGUGAUUUUAAUGAUUACCGUGUUUUAUAAGGAAAAAAAAAGGCAAGGGUAUAACACACCAAAUUGGUUUACUGCUAGCAUUAUUCAAAUAAAAAUGUUCUCCCAGAAUUCACCUGUUUUUUAGUUUCUGCACUGACUGGGCAGAAACUGAAAUGAGACAAACUAACUCUAUGUUUGAGAGUAAAGGUAGCAUACCCCCGGCCGACAUCAGGACAACAAGUAGCGUGAGAAUGUAUUACAUCACAAAAUAAACCAAACAGGGCUGUUUUUUGGGGGGGUAAAACACUUAAACCAGCAUUUCAAAUGGAAACGGAUUCUAGCCACCAUUCGCAGAUCUUCCAGUUUAGUGAAUAAGCCCCAAUGUUAGUUUAGCGGUAAUGCAUCAUAGCUAUGUUUUGCAAGUUUAUCUAACUUUUGUCAAAUCAGUACCUGCAGUCUUCCUUCAUGUUUGUUCUAAUGCAUGUAAAUUCUACUAUUCCAGUCUUGGUUUUUUGUUUUUUUUAAUGAUAUCUGGGUCAGAUAUUUUUACCUUGUAGCCAAAAAAGUUGUUUGGCUGUCCCUGAAUAAUGAAAUAGUUUUUUUUCUCUCUUAAAUUAGAGGGACAAAGGUUUAAAAAUGAUAUCAGGAAGUAUUUCUUUACUGAGAGGGUAGUGGAUGCAUGGAAUAGCCUUCCAGUUAAAGUGGUAGAGGUUAACACAGUAAAGGAGUUUAAAGAACCACUCUAGGCACCCAGACCACUUCAGCUUAAUGAAGUGGUCUGGGUGCCAGGUCCAGCUAAGGUUAACCCAUUCUUUUAUAAACAUAGCAGUUUAAAACUGCUAUGUUUAUGAAUGGGUUAAGCCUUCCACCAAAUCCUCUAGUGGCUGUCUCAUUGACAGCCGCUAGAGGCGCUUACAUGCUUCUCACUGUGAUUUUCACAGUGAGAGCACGCCAGCGUCCAUAGGAAAGCAUUGUAAAUGCCGCGCGUGCGCAUUCAGCCGACGGGGAGAAACAGAGGAGGAGAGGAGGAGGAGAGCUCCCCACCCAGCGCUGGAAAAAGGUAAGUUUUAACCCUUUUCCCCUUUCCAGAGCCGGGCGGGAGGGGGACCCUGAGGGUGGGGGCACCCUAAGGGCACUAUAGUGCCAGGAAAACGAGUAUUUUUUCCUGGCACUAUAGUGGUCCUUUAAGCAUGCGUGGGAUAGGCAUAAGGCUAUCCUAACUAUAAGAUAAGGCCAGGGACUAAUGAAAGUAUUUAGAAAAUUGGGCUGACUAGAUGGGCCCAAUGGUUCUUAUCUGCCGUCACAUUCUAUGUUUCUAUAAGAAUGUUCAAUUUGAAACAUUAAUAGUGCAUAUACAUUAUGCCUGUGAUCACUAACAGACUACCCAUAUCACUGCUUUCUGGGUUUGUUGGCAGGUUUCUGGAAUGUGUACAAACAGGCGAUUUGCUAUUCAUCCUUCUCUAUCAUUUUUCACUAUGCAUCAAUGGUUUUAGACACAUGAUCCGGCGAUCUCUGGUGCCCAAAUCUGUUUGCACAGCUUUCAUAAACACAGGGGCUCUGAUAGUUAGUGAAUAUGCAGACCAAAUGGGAUUACAAAAAGAUAGAAAGCGGUCUCUUAAAGAGAUUGUGGCGGAACCAACCUCGCCACUGUCCACUGGAGAGGCCUGGUUGCUCGCCUGCUCCCUUUAGACUAUGGUCCUGCAUUUUAAACUUGUAUUUUACCUGCAGAAAGAUUUAUUCGUGCCUUUCUGCGGACUGUUAAAGCCAUGCUACCCCAGAUAGCUAUGCCAUGGAGCCCAGCCGUAUACUGAAAGACUGUAUGAAAGACUUUGGCUCCAUGGCGAUUGAACUGUAUGUACGUGAUCUGAGCACCAUCCGGUAAUAAUGUGCGCUCAGAUAUAAGCUAUCUGGGUAUAGGUAGAAUAUGUAUGUUCUAUGUGAUAAAUGUAACCGUAUGUAUUUUUAUGUCUUUUAUUGUCCUUUGUCUGUCAUGUGUUCAUUGGAGUUUUGCCUCUGCCCUGGAGAUAAUUGGAUUACUUCCCAAUUAUCUCCAGGAUAAAAGACUCUGUGGAAAUGGUUUUGGGCAGAAAAGCCAUGCUGCAUUUGGUCAAAUAGGACUUUUCCUUAACUUUUUAACCCCUGGAUGGAAUUGGCUGAAUUUUGGUUAUGUUUAUAUUUAAAGUAUGCUGAUUCUGAAUAUGUAUGUUUUAUGUGUUUUAAAGUUACAGUGUAUGUAUAAAAAGUGUAUUUUUCCUGCCUGUGAUAAAUUACAUUAACCCAUUGUGUUCAGUAAUUAUAUCACAGGCAGAGGGGAGGGAUGUAUGUUUGUGCUGGGUGUGUUUUACGGUUCUCCUGUAAAUGAUUGGUUGUACUGUGUCCCACCCUGUGGGAUGUCCCCUUGCAUGGGGACUUGCAUAAAAGCCAGUGUGUGGCCAUUACAGAGAGUUCCUGCUUAACCCUCAAAGUGAAGUGUCAUCUCAUUAUUGGGGGAGGAUUUAUUGUAUGCUGUUCCAGUUUGACUGCUAGGAGUGUAAACCUAUUCGCAUGGUUUUUCCUAUUCGGCUGUAUACAACAUUCAUAUGCUUAGAAGUACUCAUAUGCUUCUCCGGUUCGGUGAUUGUGGUGUCUGCCAGAGUGCUUGGAGUCCUCAGGAAACGCUAGGAGCAUCCUUUAACGGAGGUACCCAGUCGGGGUGCCAGGUGAUCCGUUACAGAGAUACUGUAGUGCCAGGUUUACAAAGCUGUAUUCCUGGCACUACCGAUCCUUCUGACUCCCCCCUCCCUCGCACCCCCCUUCUAACCGGUAAAUAAAGGGUUAAAAACCCUUUAUUUACUUACCUGAUCCCAGCACCGAUGUCCCUCGGUGCUGGGUCAAAACUCCGCCUCCUCCUCUGUCCCACAACAAGCAUGCUCUAAUGUGCAUGCGAGGCAAAUGCCGCGCGCGCAUUAGACCUCUCUAUAGGAAAGCAUUGAAUCAAUGCUUUUCUGUAGGGAAAAAUCUGACGCUGGAGGUCCUCCAGUUGUACCUUUGUUGUACCUGUCACACUGCUGCAAAGUCCCUGAGGAAGUCCCUGUAGUGGGAGGAAACGCAUUGGACAGAUUGUGGACAGUUUUAAUUUAUUUUUAUGCUGAUUGAUCCUUACCUAUGUGUAAGUAAUAAAUGCUUUUUAUAUUUUGUGCACAUCUUUCUAUAUUUCAUUCUGGAUGCAUUUUAUUUUCCCAUGUAAUUGAAAUCUAGAAGAUCAGACAUUGGAAGCAGAGAACUGCCUGAGAGCUACAUAGAUUUUUGAUUUUUUUUAACAGUCAAAAUGUGAGUGACCCAUUGGCCCAUACCAUUAUUAUAAUAGUAUCAUACAGAGUUGCACUAUGUUAUUUUUUAUUCCCCUAUAGUUGGAUUGACCCAAUAUUUGUAUCUAUGUAUUUGUGGAAGAUUUGAGGAGAUAUUCGGGUUUAAAUCUACAACUUAGAGGGAAGUUUCUUGACAUAUAUUUUUUUAUCUACUAGAACACUUGGUGUUAUAAAAUAGUAUUAUUGGUGGAAAUUAUAAUACCACAAAGUGGUAUAGUGAAAGAGUUUGCACUUUUCUCUAUGACUGGAAUAAAGGAAAGAUUUUACUAUAUUUAGGGGCGCAAGGGGGGAUUAGAUAGUGUUUGUAACAUGUUUCUGCUCCUAGCCCUAUAGUGUUCCUUUAAUGGUCAUUUAUAUGUUGGUGGUAUUAAAGAAAAUAACCUUUUCUGGCUAAUCAUGGGAGCAUCACUUUUUUUUUUUUUUUUUUUUUGGCGCAAUUGCUUAAAUAUUGCCCAUUAGAGAUACAGCCAUGAUUAUCCAGGAAUAAGUAAAAUCUAUGUCAUACUUAUUUCCUUUUCCUGGUUAUUUUUUAUUUUCUUUUCCUGGUUAUUAUUUGUGGCAGCAUCAGUCUCCCUCCCAUUGUUCUGUUCAUGAUGCUUUAUAACUGACUACAAUAUGGAAGGAGAAACCUUUUAUACAUGCAGCCUCUUUAUUUCCUGUCCUGUUCUGGCAGGGGGUAGAGUUACGUAUAAGUGUUGCUGCCAUGAAUAAUAGCCAGGAAAAGAAAAUUACAGGAAGUAUGAUAUAAAUUUUCCUUAAAAUUCACAAGCUGACCUGCAAAGCAUUUAAAGCAUUUUACAUGGAAGAUAAGAUAGGUUGAAAGCAUUUUUUCAAUAGAUACCAACAGAAGUAAAGUUUAUUUCUGGUAAUAGAAUGCAGUCUUAGGAGAGAAGCAAAGCUUUAUUUUGGUAAAACAUUAGCUGAUCACGAGUACUUCAAUAAUGUGAAUCCUGCUUAGGAUCUACACUCACCAAUCUGCAGAAAUCUGCUACUUAUUGUUCAUUACAAUCUUUAUAUCAUGUAUACGUUUUGUGGACUGAAUUAAACUUUUCAGAAAGUUGACUUUUGACUGAUGGUAAGAAAUUUUAGAAGAGCAAAGCAGUUUAUUGAUAGAGAGACAUUUCACAUUCUAUUUCUCUAUAUCUGUAGUCAAUACAGAUAUCCUAAAUCAAUAUCACUCUACUGUACCCAUCUCUUAUACAGAAACACAGGCCGCACCAUUAGUUGCGGUGAGAUGAUGCACUAAAUACAGAAUUUAGAACAGGAUAAUUAAUGGAGACAUUGUUUCUAACUCCACUAUAACUUGAAGAGCUAGUCUAAAUACUCCUGACCACAUGAAUAGGGCUUUAUUAAUUAAUAUUGUACUUAAAUCUCCUUAUCGGUGUUACACUAUAUUUCUGUAUCUCCCUUUUGAGAGCAACUCAGAGGGAGAAACAGCUACAAGUUUACAUUUAUAUUGUCGCAAUAUUUUUACAGCUACUAUUUUGUAAUUUUUAUUUAAAUAUGUUUUUUUUCUUCUCGUUAUUCUCAUCACUGUAAAAAUAUUACAGUGAGCGAAGGUCAAUGCUUCCCUAUGCAGUGCGUGUCUGGCUUCUGUGACUGUUCUAGACAAACCGAAUCAUGUCUGUAGUAUACUCCCAGAAUCACACUGGAGAGACGAUAAUUAGCCAGUGGAAGAGAUCCAAAUAUCUUCUCUUCUAAAUAGUUAUCAUUAUGAGGCAUAAUUCCCCUUUAAGCUACUUGAAUCUUCCUAUUGUAUCAAUAAAUUCCAGGCUACGACCAUCUUAUUCACAAAUUUGAUUUUUCACGUUUCUGCUUCCUUAGUUUGGCAAAUUCUCACAUCUGCAGGUACAAAGCUUUUUUUAAAGUGUCAUCAAAAAGAGCUUGGGUUCUGACGUGACAAAACAUCUGGUCCAACAGGUUUUGCACCUUCGCCUGAUUCAGUGUCUCAUUAUUUGUUGCAAACCUCCGCAUUAGAAACAAACUGUGUCUGUCUGUGACGGCUAAGGAGAAAAAAAAACGUUUUCUUGAUUCUUUGUUUCAGCAAACUUCAGACUUCGAAAAGGGAUGUAAGAUGGAUACAUGCCGCAUCCGGAGAGUGGUUCGAAGAUAUCCAGAAAAAGAAAUACAAGAAUGAUCCAGACGUAAGAAGCCUGGUUAAGCCAUUUCUCACCCAUCGCCUGAGGAAAAAGCCCCCGAAAGGAGGUGAGUCAUUAAGUAGUCUGGUGUGGGUUUGUUGAAUUUGUGCAUGAAUUCCUAACUUUCACUAGUUUACAUGGGUUUGAGACAGACAUACAUUGACACCACUGAAUUACCGUCUUAGAAUUACUUGCAUAUUAUUUUGUGUUUUGUAUGUGGCAUGGGCUGGUAUUACAUAGGAUUUGGAAGAGACGGUACAUAUGUUUAUCCAGGGUUUGCUAUAUUGGUGCCAGACUUAAAAAAAAAAAAAAAAUAUCACACUGUUGUUAUAUCAAUAAUUUAAUCAAGGAUGCUCUAAUUGCCAAGGCUCUAGUGGAAUGUAUCAAAAAGAUCUAAAGGGGGCACAGUUACAUUUCUAAAAGAAUGAUCAUGCAAUAGCGUGAUAUUAUUAUAACAAAUGUGUCUUUGUCAAGCUUGAAUGCACUCACAAGAUUUAGCGAUUUAGAUAUAUUGUGGAGGCACUUUGGAGCUCAUUUAACCCCGAAAUCUCAUGUCGGCUAUGAAGCUGCCACAUUUGUUAGAACAAUACUACGCUAUUGUAUGUUUGUUUUUGUUUUUUUAAAUAGCAUUCAUUAGGGAGGCUACCACCGUGUUCUCGGACCCAUCACAAAAUUAUUAAGUUAAUUGUUUUUUAAUACUAUUAUUAUAAGCAAUAAUCAUAUUUUCUUUGAUUUCUGGGAGCUGGUUCAGUGGGUAUAAUUGGGUACAUUAUUAAGACCACAUUUUGCCUCAUACCGUGCUAGUAUCUGUAAUCCUGUAGAGGUAUUUGUAUUGUUUUAAAAUUUUAUUUUGUUAGAGAUAAAAAAAAUAUAUGCUGACACAACCUAGAAAGGCAAAAUGUUUUUAUUGUAAAAACACCGACAUCGGUUACGACCAACUCUAUCGUGAUGUUCCACCAAUGUAUCUCUCAUGUCGCUGUGUGUUAAUGCCUGCCCUUAAAUAAAGAAUUUUUAAAAAGCAAUAUGCGUUUGAAGGACAGAGAAAGGGCGAAACUCCGAUAUCAGUUUUCUGCUAUUCUUGUUUAUUGAAUAAAACACUAGAUUUCGCAACUUGAAAAAGUUGGAUUUUCUUUCAGUUAUUUUAAGACUUCUGCAUGCACGUUAGUUAGUCAUUUUUAAAGAUCCAUUUAUUUGAAUCUGGCACAGUUCACUGGGGGGUAACUACUGUCUCAUGGAGAAUUUUUUCACACGCAUGUGAAGUUUAUCAAAGAGAAUUCUUUGCCUCCGGGAGUUUACAGUAGAAGUAUCAUGCAUAUAUCUACCGGGAAGUGUUUUCUCAUAAGCCAUGGUUUGGUUAAAAUAAAAUGUUUUUUUUCCCCAGUCCUUAAUUUACUAUGAAUUAGAUACUUGAUCAUUUUCUACAGAAAGGGCAGAGUCUCCGUCGUGACCAUUUUCUGUUUUGUAGCAGAUUUAUACUGCUGUUUGUUUAUGGUUUGAAUGGUUUAUUAUAAUGAGGAUUACAAAAUCCCACAAGGUGUGUUUGUAAAGCCUCCUGUGGUCUGAAAUUAAUUUAAUGUGAUGAAAUUUUAAUCCACGCUAGAAAUUCUUAUAGCUAGCUGCAGCUAAAUCACUUGUAAGAAAUGAACUGCGUAGUGAGAUAUAAAAAAGUUGUUGACAAUAUCAUUUCAGGGUUAUAGUUAAACCACCACUCCAGACACUCACAAGUUUAGGGCAGUGUGUGGGGUAGAUUGUAGUUAGAGCUGGUGAGGGGGUCUGUAUUGAUUUUCUAAUUUUUAUUUUUUUUGUAUAUGUUUUGCUCCAUAAGCUAACUCAGUCUUUCAAAAACACUUUAUGUUGGGGAGGUGAAAGGUGACAGAGCCAGCACUCACUCAAGAUGGUCAAACUACUAACUAGUUCCGGGAGGAUAAUUUUCUAUGCGGCUUGGUCUGAGCUUUAGAGCCCACUUGCUGCUUCCAUUUGUAACAUACAAAUAGCGUAGGGCCACCAGAUUUACCAUGUUUUCUCGGACACAUAUCAUUUAUACAUGUUGAUGGGCAGUACAUCAAAAAGGGAAUUACUGGAGUAUGCAGAAUUUAGAAGAAGUCUUUAUAAUAUUAAGCAAUUAGGUCAUGAAGAAUCCUGCAAUUAAGUAAUUAGGCCAUGAAGAAUCCUGCAGAAUAUGCAUUAGACAUACUGCAGGGCAACCCUUUUCAUGCGUUAUCAUAAAUAUGACAAAAAUAUAUGUGUGCCUGUAAACACACAGAAAGUACAAAAUUACUCCACUAUCAGGUCAAAGCUUGUUGAAAACAUUAUUUAAAAACUGAACUGAAAUAAACGUAUUACCGGGCUUUUUGGACUUAACGUAAUUGUGGCGGCCGCCCCAAUAGGAAGAGGGGUUUCGCUGCCAGAGAUGUUCUUUUCUUCCUAGUGUGAGUAAUGCUGUUGUAUAGCAGUAAUCCAAAACGAAUAGAGCAGGUAUAGCUUUGAAAAGAGCUAGUGAUAUAGCUGGUAUAGCUUUCUCCCACAAACAUGAGACGAGGCUCUAUGCUGUGGAUGAACUGAUUAAUUGGGAGCCACACACGGCCUUUUUAUGUAACUCCACAUGCAAGGGGUUUCCCACAUCAUUUUACAGGGGCAUUCCCUGCUGGACCUGAGAGGAGACUACUGUAAAGUACACAUCUAAAUGACAUUAUCUCUCCGGUCCAGAGCAUAUAAAUUUAUUACACCCCAAAACAUACAUUUUACAAACCGGUAACCCCUCAAGUCCUAAAUCCCCGGAUAGCCUGGAUCUGAGCACCCAACAUAUCCCGAAAGCGCUCAGAUCCCGUGAACCCAGCCGAAAUGCCACCGUGGUAAUGUUUAAACCGACUGCACACAAGACGCCUACCCAAAAUAGUUCCACGGAAUUGGACUGUGCGGUCAGUCUGUUUCAGGAGUAUAAAAUACAACAAAAUACCGAACAUAACCAUUCCUGAGUAUUCUAAGUCUAUGUCUCUCGUUCGAGAGUGCGUUCCCACCGAACAACGUGCUUUCCAGUCGAAAAUAGCUGAACAGGCCCCACCCCUAAAUUAUGCCUUUUUUUUAUAUACAUUUUCUUAUUUUGAUGAAAUCAGGCUGUUUAAAAUAUAUAAUUUUCAUUUUCCACUAGACUACAUGGCAGGGAUACAUAAUUUACAUAGUUAUAGUUACAUAGCUGAAAAGAGACUUGCGUCCAUCAAGUUCAGCCUUCCUCACCUUUGUUUUUUGCAACAAGCUAGGAAAAAAAAUUCCUUCUUGACCCCAGAAUGGAAGUCAGAUUUAUCAUUGGAUCAAGCAGUUGUUACCCUACAUUGAAAGAUUAUAUCCUUGAAUAUUCUGUUUUUGCAAGUAUGCAUCUAGUAGCUGUUUGAACAUCUGUAUGGACUCUGAUAAAACCACUUCUUCAGGCAGAGAAUUCCACAUCCUUAUUGUUCUUAUAGUAAAAAAAAACCUUUCCUUUGCUUUAGACGAAAUCUUCUUUCUUCCAGUCUAAACGCAUGACCGCGUGUCCUAUGUAAAGUACAGUUUGUGAAUAGAUUUCCAUACAAUGGUUUGUAUUUGCCCCAAAUAUAUUUGUAUAAUGUUAUCAUAUCCCCUCUCAGGCGACAUUUUUCUAAACUAAAUAGGUUUAAAUUUGUUAACCUUUCUUCAUAGCUAAUAUGUUCCAUUCCUUUUAUUAAUUUUGUAGCCCGCCUCUGCACUUUUUCUAUUGCCAUAAUAUCCUUCUUUAGAACAAGUGCCCAAAAUUGCACACCAUAUUCAAUAUGUGGUCUUACCAGUGAUUUAUAAAGAGGCAAAAUUAUAUUCUCGUCCCAAGAAUGAAUGCCCUUUUUCAUGCAUGACAAUACCUUACUGGCCUUGGCCACUGCUGAUUGACAUUGCAUAUUGUUGCAUAGUUUGUUGUCUAUAACAAUUCCCAAGUCCUUUUCGUGUGUUGUUAUCCCUAAUUCGCUUCCAUUAAGGGUAUACGUUGCUUGUGUAUUCUUUAUGCCAAAGUGCAUAACUUUGUAUUUUUCAACAUUAAAUUUCAUCUGCCAUUUGAGUGCCCAGUCCCCCAGUCUAUCUAAAUCCCUCUGCAGCAAAGUAAUAUCUUGCUCACAUUGUAUUAUUUCACAGAGUUUUGUGUCAUCUGCAAACACUGAAACAUGACUUUCAAUGCUGUCUUCAAGAUCAUUUAUAAACAUGUUAAAUAGAAGGGGUCCCAGAACAGACCCCUGAGGGACACCACUUGCCACCUCUGUCCAGCUUGAAAAUUUACCAUUAAUGAUAACUCUUUGUACUCUGUUUUUAAGCCAAUGUUCUACCCAAGAACAAGCAUUUUCAUCUAGACCGAUUUCUUUGAGUUUGAACACUAAUCUAUUGUGUGGAAUUGUAUCAAAUGUCUUGGCAAAAUCCAAAUAGAUCACAUCCACUGCAACACCCUGAUCUAUACUUCUACUUACUUCUUUGCAGAACUCAAUCAAGUUAGUUUGACAUGACCUGUGCUUCAUAAAACCGUGCUGAUUUUUGCUGAUAACCAUGUUCUUCUCAAGGAAUUCAUGAAUAUUAUCCCUAAAUAACCUUUCAAAUAUUUUCCCAGCCACAGAAGUUAAGCUCACAGGUCUAUAAUUUCCAGGCAAAGAUUUUGAACCCUUUUUGAAUGUAGGAACCACAUCUGCCUUCCUCUAAUUGACACUUCCUGAAAGACAAGAAUCUUGAAAGAUUAAAAACAGAGGUUCACUUAUUUCUACACUUAGUUCCUUAAGUACUCGUGGAUGGAUACCGUCAGGUCCUGGAGCUUUGUUUAUAUUAACUUUCUUUAGUUGCUGCAGCACCUUGUCUUGAGUUAACCAAUUACAACUAUUCUGCAAGUUUUUAGUAGCAAUCAUUUGCACAUCUAUUGCCAUGGGUUCUUCCUUAAUAUAUACGGAGGAGAAAUAGUUAUUUGAAAGUCCUGCCUUUUCCUGGUCUUCAUUAACUAACACACCCGUUUCAGUUUCAGUUUUUAGUGUACCUACACUUUCAUUUUUGUUUUUUUUUAGAAUUUAUGCACUUAAAAAUGCUUUGGGGUUGGUUUUGCUCUCUUUAGCUAUCAUUUUUUCAUUUUGAAGUUUAGCAAAUCUAAUUGCCUUUUUGCACGCAUUAUUUGCCUCCUUAUAUCUUUUAUAAGAUGCAUCUAAUUUGUCCGAUUUAAAUGCUUUAAAUGCCCUUUUAUUAUUUUUAAUCUCUUGUUUUACUUCUCUACUAAGCCACAUUUUAAUUUAUUUCCCAAUGGUACAUACUGAGAAAUGUACCUUUCUAAUAUUUGUUGGAAGAUGAUCCAUUUAUCCUCAGUGUUCUUUUCACUAAAGAGUUUAUGCCAGUCAAUAUAUUCUAAAGCUGCCCUUAACUUAUUGAAAUUGGCCUUUUUAAAAUUAUAUGUUUUAGUAUACCCCAUGUGCUUUUGUUUUUUUUAGUUUAUUUCAAAGGACACUAUAUUGUGAUCACUGUUUCUCAAGUGCUCACCUACUUGAAUGUUGGUCAAAAGAUCAACGUUGUUUGUUAAAACCAGGUCCAGACAAGCAUCCAUUCUAGUUGGUGCUUGUACAAGUUGUGACAUGAAGGUGUCAUUUAACAAGUUUAAAAACCUAGUUCCCUUUGCUGAGCUACUAGUCCCUCUGUCCCAAUUUAUGUCCGGGUAAUUAAAAUCUCCAAUAAUUAAAGUGUUACCCAGAUUUUUAGCUUUCUCAAUUUGCUCAAACAGCUGUUGCUCCUCUUCAAUAUUAACAUUAGGUGGUUUAUAACAUAUCCCAACCAAUAGUUGGUUUCCCUUAUUUUCCCCCAAACAGAUAUUUACCCAUAAAGCUUCCACAUUUUCCUCAUCGCAUUCCACUUGCUUAAGAUUUGGCUUUAAAUCAUGGUUGACAUACAAACAUACCCCACCACCCUUCUUGUUUUUUCCUAUCCUUCCUAAAUAACAUGUACCCAUUUAAGUUAACUGCUCAGUCAUGUGUCUCAUCCCACCAUGUUUCAGUUAUGCCUAUUAUAUCAUUUUUUUUUAGUGUAUAAUACAGUGCUCAACAUUGUGAUUAUAUAGACUUUAUUUAUAUAUUAUUUUGUAAGCAAUUAAAAAUAUAAGAAAAUGAACCUAAAACACAGACAGUAAUAAAAUAUUGAUAGACACCCUCACAAAUAGUAUGUCACAGCAGAGCAGUCAAUAACCGUCUGUGUCAUUCAGCAAUCCAAGGUGGACACGGAUAUAAGGGGGGAGCCAAACACUGAAAAUGUAGGAUUUACAAAUGAAGGGCACAUUUGUUACCAUCCACAUUGAUUACAAUCAGGGCCAUCUUUAAUAUUAAUUGGACCCUUGGCAAGCAUUUGCUUGGCCCCCCUGGACUCAGUGGCGGAUCCAAGGUGAGGGCAUUGUCCAAGUGCCAGCCCUGCAAUGUGCCUUCGCGGACUGGGACUGGAGGGGAGAUCAGAGAUCUGCAGCCGGCAGGGGAGGGAGAGAGGACCAGGGAGCUCUUACCUGCAGCUCCUCCGGGUCCUCCUCUCGCGAGCACGGAGCAUUGCCGCGGUUACCACGGCAAUGAUCCAAAUCUCGCGAGAGUGAACUCUAGCCCUGGAGCACGGGCUAGAGUUCACUCCUACCACUGGGACCACCAGGGAAUCCCCACCGGACCACCAGGGAUCCAUAAAUGUCCCACCUCCUCCUCAAUAAAGGUAAGAAGGGAGGGGCGACAUAAAGAAUAUUUGUUUAAAUUAAAAAAAACAUAUAAGAAGGGUUAUAAUAUGUGUUGGCUUUUUUAAAAUUUAAUUAUGUAUGUAUGUAUGGGGACAGUGUAUGUGUGUGUGUGGGGGGGGAGCAAUGUGUGUGAUAAGAAGGGUAAGGGGCUUUUUUUAUAAUCACACACACACAUUGUCCCCACCUCCACCCCCCACCCACACACACUACCCCCAUACACACACAAACUGCCCCCCCAUACACACACACUGCCCCCAUACACACACACUCUACACACAUUCACUACCCCCAUGCACACACUGCCCCAUACACACACACACUGCCCCCAUACACACACACUGCCUCCCAUAUACGCACACUGCCCCCCAUUACACCACUGCCCACAUACCCUUUGUACAGCACUACGGAAUCUGAUGGCACUUUAUAAAUAAUAAAAUAAUAAUAAUAAUACACACACACUGCUCCCCAUACACAUAUUGCCCUACUCAUACACUGCCCCCCGCACUCACACGUACACUGCAAUCCUCACACACACACUGCAAAUAUCACACACAAAUACUGACCCACUCAUACACUGCCCCCUUAACACACACACACUGCACCCCUGACAUGUACUGCUGCCCUCACUCACACACUGCAACUUUCACACACACACACUGCUCACACACUGUCCCCCUCACACACACACUGUACCCCUUACACAUUGUACCACUCACACACACCACUGCUCCUAUGCCCUACUGCAGCCCCAUUUCCCAGCAGACCUCAGGUAAGUUGUCAAACUGUUCUUAAACGGUUUGAUUACUUACUCUGGGAGGGGGCCCUGGCACUAUUGACACCAUAACCACUACACUGAGCUGUAGUGGUUAUUGUGUCUGGAUUAUUUCUAAAUAAUCUACAAGUGCCCCUCCCGAGAUCAGGCUCUGGAUCCGCCACUGCCUGGACUCUGCCCCCCACUCCAUGGCAUGCAAUCACACUUCCGACUGUCACUUCCUUCUAGACUGCAGAAAGGUAAGGGGCCUGGUCGCACUGUUAAAGGGCCACAAUGGGCCACAGUGGGCCUCCUUAGUGUGUUGGUCCCCAGCGGAAAAAAGUUAAUUGUUGAGGGCAGCGUGGCCCAUGGGGUGGCUACUUUGGGCCCCCAAGGAGUAGGUGGGCCUACAUUAAAGACGACCCCUCUGCAUUUACUAAAUUUCACAAGGACUUUUUCAUCUUUCUCCUAUAUUGGUAUGAAGAAUUUAAUUGUGAUUCACUUACCAGAUUACUUUAUAAGUCAUUCCACAUGUCUUACUCAACGAAGAUGUCAGCAACCUUGCACGUCUCAAGGUUUCAUGUUUGACCCAUGAAUAAUCAGUGUCCUUAUGUAAUUAGCAUCCUUACAUUGCAAAAACACUUGUGGUGUACUUAAUUUUAAUGAGGUUAACCUAGCUGCCCAUAGUAGUAUAUACACAGACACCAAAUUCACCAACAAUUAUCAACUACCCAGUUCACCAUACUCCACAAUAUCAUGCAGAAAGUACAAAAUUACUCCACUAUCAGGUCACUGCAUGUUGAAAACAUUAUUUUCAUUAAGCUCUAUCUUCACUGCCAUUUUAUCACCCCCACCCCAAGCUAUCCUAGAUUAUCUUCUGUUUUGUCAGUCCCCCCCAGUUUUUCCAGGUUUGGUAGAUAGUCCUAAUAUUGGGCUGUCACCAUUCUGAUGUCUUCACAAAGAAUGGUUGUCCCAGUCCCCCCAGCUGUCCCAGAUUUGGGCUGUCCCAUUCUCUAUACUGAUGUCUUCAUUAAGAACAUUGAAAUCAAAUGUGCCUGUUCUGCAUGAAAUAUGUUUCUGCUAAUACAGCUUAAAAAGUUCCCUGUCCAUGGACAACUCUGAGCGGGGCUCUUAACCACACUUGAGGGUAACACUGGGGCACUCUCCCACCACUGCAUCACCUGUGAUGCUCAGUGUGUUCACUAGAAUGACCCACUGCCCCCGCUUCCUGACAAUCUUGCGGUCAUACCUCCCUGUUAGGUGUCUCUGAGUAUAUGAAGGAUUACAAAUACAAAAUACAAAUACAAUUACAAAUACAACAAUUUAGAAAAAGUGACAGGGUUGGAAAAAUUAUCCAGUUUAGAUAUUCAUUAAUCGGCUGUUCUGCCCUAAAUAUUUGCAAUUCCAUAUUAUCACAAAAAGUAACAGAUCACCUACUGUAGUUUUGCACAACUUCCAGCCUUGAUAUUGAACAGUAAACAACACAAAAGCACACAACACACGGAUUGUUCUAUCGUAUUAAAAUCCCAAUACUUUCUGCUUUCACUGCGAUUUGCUCUUUGGUAGACACUUUGUGUCAGAGCUAUGGAUUUAUUGAUGCCAUUGAGAGCAAUUCACGCUGUUCUUAUAAUAAACUGUCUGUCAAUGAGACUGGACUUUGAACCUUUUCCUUUGGGAUUCAAGUAUGAUUCACAUAUUAUGCAUUUGUUUGUUCUGCAAGGAAACUUGUUUCCCUGCAUGUUAGGGAACAAUGGGGACAUCUCGUGCUGUCACGGAACCUGAAAUGGAUAUCUCUGCAGGUAAAAAAACAACUUUAUUUUUCAUUUAACAAUUUCUGCAACCAGACUGGCCCUUCUCAUGAUCUGCAUAACACAGUCAAUUUCUGAUAUUUUGGCUUCUGAAAUUGCUAUCAUGCUAUCAUAUCCAUGGUGCAACUUGUCAAAUUCCGUUCCAGUAGUGCCAUCAUGCUCUGAUAGUCCUUACAGGGACAGGACAAAGUAACUGUUGGCAUGUGCAUAUUAUUGCUUAAGAACAUUCCAUAUGUAUAUUUCUUUGUCCAUUGGUCACAAAUUAACAGCUCUAGUAUGUUACUGAUGUUUUGAGACAGAUUUGACAAGAUGAACGUAAUCAUUAACUUAAAUGAGAAGGGAUCUAUAAAAGGACAGGAAAGGAAAAAAUAUAUAUAUUUAUUUCGUAUGAUUGUUUUUUUCAGAUUUAGAAAAUUCUAGAAUGUCCUCAUCUAAAUCACAUCACACCCCAAAAACCUCCAGCUUUGGACACUCACUAUUUGGUAUCCGAUCUCCACUUGCCUCAUUUUUCUCCUUCAGGAAAUCAUCAAAGCAGAAUGCAAAGCCACACACCCAGCAGGACAGGUAAUGGUUGUUAUUAAUAUUAUGUUAAGGGUGUUUUGUGUUGUGUUUGAAUAUCAGUGUUUAUUACUGUUACUCUAGUAUCACUAACAUGCUUGUAUGUCUACUGAAUGCAAAUGCAUCUAGUUGCCCAUUGUUUGUUUUUGUUAUGUAAGCAGUGGAGGGGGGUUCUGUUAGCGUUUUGUACAUUAUGACACAAAGUGUGGGAAUGUUAUUAUCAACCAAUAUUAUCAGGGGUAAAAAAUUACUUAACCUACAUUUUUACAGAUACAUCUGCUCUAUUUGACACAAUUUUUUGAGAAAGUAAAUAAUUGUUGAUUUUGCUAGCCUUCGCCAGUCUGGAUAUGGUUUAAUGGUUGCAGGGUUAGAAAGUCAAUCUUUUACUGAAUCUUACAUUUCUUAGGACAAAAUGGUUUCAUGCAAAUAUAAGCCAGAGUUCUCUAAAGAAUCCAUCUCGCUAAUAGACAAAUAAUCCAGAACCACUCAGACAUCACCAAGCAAUAAAAUGCACCAUGCUUACACGAGGGGGCAUAACUACCAUAUUGCUCAUACCAUACUGCAGCCACCAAAGAUGGCACAACUUCAGUAGUAAAGUAAACAAGUAUAUUUAAUACUUACCCAUAUAUACAUAUAUAUUACACAAACUGUCCUGGGUAUGUCUGUUUUCUCACAUCUUUCUAACGGCUGGCAAGGCUAGCAUAAUAAAUCCUGCAGCUCCUAACAAAACACCUGGAAACAACAUACACACGUCAAAACAUGCACACACCCACAUACAUACUCUGUAACACACACAUUCCCAGACACCAUAUACAGAUGCACAUUUUCAGAAACACACAGACACUCCGAUAUGCAUUCUCAGACACACACACACACACACACAGCUAUACACACGCACCCAGACACACACACAGAUUCACACACACACACACACACACACACACACUGCUAUACACACAUUCCCAGACAUACACACACACAGCUAUACACACAUUCCCAAACACACAGCUAUACACACAUUCCUAGACACACACACACCUAUACACACAUUCCCAGACACACACACACACAGCUAUACACACAUUCUUAGACACAUACACACACACAGCUAUACACACAUUCUCAGACACAUAUACACACACACAGCUAUACACACAUACCCAGACACACACACACACACAGCUAUAAACACAUUCCCAGACACACACACACAGAUUCACACACACACACACACACACACACACAAACACAGCUACACACACAUUCCCAGACACAUACACAGAUACAAAGCAAACAAGAGGGAUGGGGCAGCGCUAGAUAACUGAACAGUAAAUAAAUAGAAGAGGCAGCUCACAUGAGUAUAGGGGAUUCCCUUUAAAACCCUAAAAAGAACUUGGCAAGUAAAACAAAAUACAGAGAGAGAACAAGCAAAAUAAGAAGUAUAAAUUAUCUGUAAAAACACAAUAAAAAACCACAGUAAAAAAAUAGUCCUUAAUAUAGGUCCAACAAUAAAAUAAUAAAAAAAAAAGUCACAGUUUUAAAGUAGUAAAAUCACAUCUUCCAAUAUUCAUAAAGUGCUUGUGGGACAGCUAUGGUCAACAGCAGCAUAUGAGAAAGAACACAAACAAUAUUGCUCUCCCCCUGUCCUGUUAUAUUAUAUUAACAGGGGGAGACCAAUAUUAUUAUUUCUUUUUCAUAUGCUGCUAUUGACCAAAGCUGUCCCACAAGCGCUUUAUGAAUAUUGGAAGAUGUGAUUUUACUACUUUAAAACUGUGUCUUGGUACCUGGUAUUUUUUAUUCUUUCAUUGUUGGACCUAUAUGAAGGACUAUUUUUUACUGUUUUCUUUUAUUGUGUUUUUACAGAUCUUUUAGACCUCUUAUCUUGCUUGUUCUCUUUGGCGCUACCUGUAUAUUGUUUUACACACACACAUUCCCAGAGACACACACACAGAUACACACACAUUCCCAGACACACACACAGAUUUCUAUUUCAUUCCUAGACACAAAUACACAGAGGCAGACACACACACAUACACACUGAUACACACUUCUGCACACACGUGAAUCAUACACUAUACAUGUUAUUUCCAGUCAUCCUCCCAUUUACAUACUUUUUGGGUGGAGGAGGAUAUUUUCUGCUGUUUAGCGGGGAGUGGGCUGGAACAAACUGCCAGCCAGCUCUGUUGAAACUCUUUGACAGCUUCCUAAGUACAUUAGAAGGAAGUUAUAUGACAUUGUAUCUCCAAGUCAUCAGUGCAGUCAGACAAGAGAUUGUAUUGUAUAAAGAUUAACAGAAUAUUGCACACAGCAGUUAUCCUGGUGAAUACUUCCAGCAGGGUGCUCCAAACAGGGUGGGCCAAUGUCCAAUGCAGAAUAUUGUAGUCAAAAAGUGUUCUGGGCACACCUGGAGGUUUCUUUGAUAGGCAGUCUCAAUUUGGAGUGCAGAAUAAAAUAUGUUUCGGCUCCCUUGAGCCUAGACUUGACAAAGUGUGCCCAGACCACUUUUUCACUAAGGGACUGUAUUGUGGCUGAAUUUCAGUGCUGCCCAGUUACGAGACAGCACAGCAUAGCAUUUAUGUGUCCAUGCGGACUUCAGUGCUUGGCCAGGCUGUUUACCCAGUUAAUUCCCAAUGGCAGUCAAGAUUACCGGAUAGAAACCCAUAGAUCAGGGCAUAAACAUACAACCAACAUAGGAACUCACUAUUAUGCCAGCCAUGGAGGCAAAAUAUCGUGAUGUCUAGAAAAAUUCUUAUAUGACUCCGCAAAAUCAAAAUAAACUUUGUUUUUUAGCUUCUAGGAUAUAUUUUAAAAAUAAAGUUUGAGACAUACCUAGAUCUGCUGGAACAUGUUUUUUAAAAGAUUAUAAUAAAUCAGAUAAUUAUCAUUUACUUCUACUGCUCCAACAUAUUUGGCAGCACUGUGCAAUGAUAAAGUUCCCAAAUAAUAUAUUUUUAUAAUGUGUAUACACUUACAAAAUCCCUACAGUAUAUCCGGGACCCCAUAUGAUCACCAGUAUUUGUGUUAGGUAAUGUUUACUUUAGCUAGUAGCUGUUUCAUAUAAUUAUCGGUCUGGCAGUAAAGUGCUGCUUACCUUUUUCCGUACUAUAUAUUUAGUCCGGAUAAUGCAGAGCCUUGUACUUUAUUGCUAUUUUUCUUAUUUUCUUAUUUAAAUAAAUUCUUUGUCCAAUAAGUCCCUAUCCUGGUUUUAAUCUUUGGAACAAGUCAUUCUGACCUAUACAGAGCCUUAAAUGAAAUUACAAAGCACCAAAAAUUACCAACAAUGACUCUAAUGAGUCACUGUAGAAACAAAGUGAUAAGAUUAUAGUCAGCAUUUGAAAGCUAUUGCACAUUAUGUGUCAAAUUGUAUUUUUGGUCAUUGUGACAUUACUUUUGCAGUUUUUGCACAAUUCCUUGAUCCUGUAGAUAGUCACUCUAUGUCAGGGGUCCUCAAACUUUUUAAACAGGGAGCCAGUUCAUGGUCCCUCAGACACGGUUGGGGGCCGGACUAUAAAAAAUAUGAACGAAUUCCUAUGCACACUGCACACACACACAUACUGACAUACAUACAUAAACAGACAGACACAGACAUACAUACACACAUACUGACAUACUGACAUACAUACAUACAUACUGACAUACAUAGCUACACACAUACAGACUGACAUACAUACAUACAGACUGACAUACACACAUAUAUUGCUCUGCCUCCAGGAAAUUCAAUGCUGGAUUUAGGUCUUUAAAGACUGAAUGCACCUAAAAAAAAGAAUGCAAGUACUUUGCAGCAAUAAAUGUUAUCUGUAGUACCUUUUGGUGAUAUACACCUCUUAUUUUGCUUGUUGAGCGUCACAGAAAACAGAUCUUGCCAAAGGUUAGCUAUCACUGAUAUACUGCAGGGUGGUUCAAUAUUAGGAGAAUUGUUAUCAAAUUUACCAUUAACCGUGUAAGAGUUCAAAUAUUUUAAAUUCUUCAAUUUUGUUACCCGUCACUUUUACCCUCAGAGUAGCCAUUUAGCCAGGUACACCCUGAAUGAUUUUCUAAUGCUGAAAUUACUCAUUGAUCAAGUUUAUCUUGCUCCCAAAUAAACAAGGUUUUAACGUCGAUAAAAUAAAGCAUUCAAAGUUCUGCCUGUAGAAUGCCUUAAGGUAUUUGCACCUUGUUCUGCAUGAUGUAGAUGUUGUGUGUAUGUCUUGAGUUGCUAAGUGAUCGCAAACCCCUUGCCUGUGAUUUGGUUCCUUACCCCUUGCAGAGAAGAAGGCUAUAUGGUAGCAAGUACGAACCUGAUUACAGAGAUAAUUGACAGCGAACAGCGUCAUAGCCUUUCCCUCAAGAGCUUCCCAAAUAUGAAAGAAACAUCUGAGUGCUUGGAGGCAGGGAAGGAUACUUUGAUAGAGCGAACAUUGUAUACUUUGUAUUUAUGUCUGGGUUUGACUUGAUUUUGUGCACAUUAAUCAUUUGAGUUGCUAGCAGUUAAUAUGAUCCUCGUUCAAUUCUGUGGACAGAAUCCCCAUGGAUUUAGGGUAGGUCUGCAAUUUGCUAUGUAUGUCAUUACAGGAAGGCAGUAAAUUGCCGUUGUUUUAUAUAAGGUCGUAUAAACUUCUGUGCUAUGCAAAAAAUGUCUAACUCCUAGGAGGAGAGAGAAUACAGGUAGGAAGGAAUGGGUGGACAGCUAGUAAGGCAAUUAACGGAGCAGGCUUUUUGGGGGGAUAUUGUGAAUAUUAUGGUAAAGACACUUUUAAGAUUCCAUAUUUUAUUGGAGAGAUAUUGUAUUAGUGAUGCAUUGUUUCCACGUGUCUGUAUGUGUCCCCCAGAAUUCCACAACAGUAAGAGAGAUCGCAAUGUGCUAUUAAUCCUCAGUUAAUAUGUUUAGACUUUAUAUAAAAUGCUUCAAUAGCUCUAGCCCUUUGAUCACACACACACAGUAGCAUCCCUUAUAAUAAACGUGCCCCUCUCUGGCAAAUUAAAUGUUGGAAGGUAUAAAAGUUAGUGCGUUGUGAAACCUUAUUCUGAAAACUGAGUCUGAGCUGAUUAUGUUGCACAUCAUGCUGCAGUAAUGUAUUCAUAGAGCAGUGUUCAUUUUGUCGACUAACAAUUUUAGUAAAAUUGUAGUCAACUAAAACUAGACUAAAACUAAAAUUCAGAUGACUAAAAUACGACGAACACGAAAAUAGCUUUUUAGUCAAAAGACUAUGACUGAAAACUAAAUAGAAAUUUGCAGCCACAUAGAGUCAUAUUCUUUUUAUUUUUGUUUUUCCAUUUUGUAUUUAAGCUUGGAGAGUAAAUUUGACAAGACAAAUUGAACAGUUGACAAUAGUGCGAGGUACGAGAGAAUUGGAAACAUAUUAUUAUUGAUGACGAUUUUAGUGUUUUUCAUGCUCGUUAUCUCCGUAAUGUCACAGUUUUUUAAUCUCUGUAUCUGUUAUUCCUUGCACUCUUUUGCAUGCUCACAAGCUGUAAGCAGAGAAUCAUGGGAUAGUGUUUUGUAUCAAAUGCCAGACUAAGCUAGAAUUGGAAAAUAUAUGAUAUAUAGUAAUAAAAUGGUUGUUACUUGUCCAUAAAAAGUGAAAUUUAUUUGUAGUAAUUUAUUAGAAUGAGUGAAAAGUAAAUUUUGGUGCUCUACACCUCUUCAUAAGAGCAAUCUCUUUGAUUAACAUCCUUUAGAUGUGGUUUUUAGAGGAGUCCAUAUGGUUCCAAAAAAAAAGUUAUCUUCACUCUUAAAUGAUAUUCAUUGUUUCAUAAAGUAAUACUACAACAAUAUUUAUUAUGUCGGAAUUAUGAAUCACUGAAAAUGACGCUGCACAUUGUGCAGAGACACCUCUUUCACUGAUGGAGGAUGUAAUGGGAUUAACAUGUCAGCCAGCCUCCCCAAUUGAUAACCAGUCCAGUAACACCCUCUGUGCAGACCUUUCUUCUGUUUACAUACACCUUGUAAGCCAACACUGCUGUGAGAACAAUAGAAGCAAACUUAUGCUUCCUUUAAAGGAGAUAACUUCUCCUAGUGUUUCGAAAAGUGGCUUUGCAUACAUAUGCACACAUGGAAACACUCUCCCAGACACACAGAAACACAGAUACACAGUAACACAUUCUCAGCUACAUAUAUGCAUUCCCAAUCAAUUACAGAGAUGCAUAUUCAUACACACACACACAUACACACAGGGGCGUAUUAGCCGCGAGGCAAACAAGGCAUUUGCCUUGGGCGGCAUUUUUCAGGGGGCGGCAAAAAACGCCGCCCCCCAAAUGCCCAGGGCAAAUGUCUUGUUAGCCUCGCGGCUAACAGACAUUCUGGGCGCUGGGCGGCAGUGGCUGCAGCGCUGGGCGGGCGGGCGGCCGGCGAGGGAGCUCUUCCCCUGAGCGCUCUGCUCAGCUCCCUCGCGCGCCGCCAGCAGAGUGAGGCUGGGAGCCGGAAGAUGACGUCAUCUUCCGGCUCCCGGCCUCACUCUGCUGGCGGCGCGCGAGGGAGCUGAGCAGAGCGCUCAGGGGAAGAGCUCCCUCGCCGCCCGCCCGCCCGCCCAGCGCUGCAGCCACUGCCGCCCAGCGCCCAGGGAGAGGAAGAACCCCCCCCAGCAUUACCAAAGGUAAGGAGGCGGGGGGGUUAAAUAAAAAAACAAACAAAAAAAAAGCACUAGUGAGUGUGUGGAUGUCUGUUAGUGUGUGUCUGUUAGUGUGUAUGUAUGUUAGUGUUAAUGUGUGUAUGUUAGUGUGUGUGUUAGUGUGUGUAUGUUAGUGUGUGUGUGUGUUAGUGUGUAUGUUAGUGUGUGUGUUAGUGUGUGUAUGUUAGUGUGUCUGUUAGUGUGUGUCUGUUAGUGUGUGUAUGUUAGUGUGUGUAAGUUAGUGUGUGUGGAUGUCUGUUAGUUUGUGUCUGUUAGUUUGUGUCUGUUAGUGUGUGUAUGUUAGUGUGUGUAUGUUAGUGUGUGUCUGUUAGUGUGUGUGUCUGUUAGUGUUAGUGUGUAUGUAUGUUAGUGUUAGUGUAUGUAUGUUAGUGUUAGUGUAUGUAUGUUAGUGUUAGUGUGUGUGUGUCUGUUUGCCUGUGAGUGUGAGUGUGUGUCUGUUAGUGACUGUGUGUUUCUGUUAGCUAGUGAAUGCGUAUCUGUCAGUGAAUGUGUGUGUAUUUAGAAGGCGGAGCAGGGGGGAAGGUUGGGUGGUGGUUGCGCGGGUGGGGGUGGCGCGGGGGGGUGGGGGGGGUGCCUGAGUUUUGUCCUGCCUAGGGCAGCACAAAACCAGGAUACACCACUGCAUACACAUUGUCAGACACGCAUAGAUUUAAUAACAGAUUUACAUUACUAGACACAAAGAUUUGGAGACAUACACUGCCUCACUUUAGCACACAAACACCAAGAUACACACAGGCACAUACAGAGAUGCACAAUGACACAGACACGCAUGCAGAUAUACAAAACACACUGAGAAAGAUACACUCUCUGAUACAUACACAAUGACACAAACGCAGAUAAAUAAAUCACUUUAAACAUAGUUUAUCCACUCUCCUGUAUUCAUAACUUUUGUGGGCAUUAAGGUGGCUUCCCUGGGGUCUAGUGUGAGCUGGCUGCUGUAGGAUGCUGCUUCCCCUUUCCUUUGGCAUUAAAAUUGACAAUGUAUCUACCGGCAUCAGUAUUGGAAUUUGGUUUGGCAUAAAAACUGGCGCUGGACUGAAUGAGUGCAGUGGCGUCAUUUAUGGAGUUGGAGUUGGAUUUGGCAUAAAAAUUGAUACAGAGAUGUUGCACAGCCAUGGUACGUGGAUGCCGAGGGGGCAUAGAAAAGGCAAGUAUUGUGACAGUGCACUUCACCAUGGUUGGACGGUAAGAAAUGGAAAAUAGUGGAGUGCCAGAACAACUUAGUCACAGGGCUGGUAGAAGAGUUUUUGUUUCAAUAGUAUAUAUAGGGAUUUAGUUGUCAUUAUGCCGGAGGUUGAUGUUAUAUAUUUUGGGCUCGUGGCAGCUCGUAACGAGUAGUUGCACGGAUGGAAACCAGUCAGAAAGCAGUCUGUAAGUAUUGGUUUGCGGGUGCACAGAAAAUAGCGUGACUGGCUCUCAGUAGUGGCUGCCAGUUCCUCCCUGUUUGCUACUUCUAAAAAUUUGCGGUUGCUAACGGUAGCAAAAAGCAUUUUAGCGAUUAGCGGCUGGCCGAUAAAAAUGAACAACAGUGUUAAUUUUAGCAGCAAAUUUCAAUUUAGUUUUAGUCAUAGUUUAAUCAUAGUCUUUUGACUAAAAAAAUAUUUUGGUUUUAGUCAUAUUUUAGUCAUCUGAAUUGUUUUAGUCUAGUUUUAGUUGACUAAGUCUCGAAAACUUUUAGUUGACUAAAAUUUGACUAAAAUGGUUAGUCGACAGAAUUAACACUGGUUGUAAGGAAGCCUAAGAACUUUAGAUGAAAGAAUAUGAUAGGGAUUAGGAUUAGAAUCGGAGUAUGUUUAUGCAGAGAAUUUUACUAGCAUAUAUUUGGUUUAACAGGUUGUGUUUUUCAGUUUUGAGGCAGGACAUUAUAUUCUUUGAGAGAUCAUAUGUCAUGUAACUAUUAAAAGCACUUCAUAAUGCAAUAAUAACAGAGGCUGACGUGCUGCUGUCGUGAGCAGGAACAGAGGUCAAGCGUUAAGUGUGAGUUUGUAGAUAAUAGUCAGAAGGUUGCAGGUCACAUUUCUUUCAUGCUGUAGAGCUCUGAAUUCCAUUGGUCUUUACUUAUUGACUGGUAUUUAAGAUACGUGCCUAGGAAACUAAUUAACACCAACAAAUGUUACCUUGAAAUAUGUUUUCAUUGACAUGGUUCACUGUGGGGGAGAUGCCCUAGUAAGUGAAUGCUAUGCUAGGACUUACUGCAUUCCUUAUAUCCCAGAUCCAGUAUGUCAGUCCUUUUUUAGAAACCAUGUCCAUGGUUUGUUCUCUGUUGUCCUGUUUCUGGGAACACCAAAGAUAGUUCCCCCCAAAAAGUGCAGAUGAAACUCAAUUCAGGAACCUUUGCUCUGCAACCGCACAGUCCACUUGGCUGAGUUUCAAAGCAUUGUAUUAACUAGUUAGGCAGCAUAGGCAGACUGACAGGUCCCUUUUAUAGCUUAAUGCAGGAAUGAGAUUGUUCAUGAAUCUGCAACAAAGCAUAGCGAAGAAACUGGGUACGUGAUUAAUUAUGAUGUGCAGUCGACUUGUGCAAAAAUCCAUUUCAGUCAGUUUGUCCAAAUCAAAUGCCUUUUAAUCCAUGCCCUGAUUUACCUGUGAAAUCUUAUUCAAUAAAUAAGAUUCAACUCACUCGGACGUGAAUUAAAAGGCAUUUGAAUUGGAAGAACCAGUUAAGACAAAGUUUUGCACAAGUCUAAAAACUAUUACCAUAGCGCAAAUAAUUGGUAGGCUACAAUCUGGAAUGCAGAAACAGGGCCUGGUUGGUGUGCUGGUGUUGGUAUUUGCUUUGCUGUGCAACCAACCAGCCCAGCGAAUGCACAGAGCAUUAAGCAUUACACGGGGGAUAUAGUGGAAAAGCAAUUAAAAAAUAUAAAUUUACACACAUACAAAAAGUACGCCUUUGUUGUAUGUGUGUACAUUUAUAUUUUUUAAUUGCUUUUCCACUGUUUAUUUGUGUGACUAUUUCUUAUUUUUCUCUUGCAUCAAUUUUUUAAUUCAAUUUACUAAUAUUCAUGCCUCUUUUCCGCACCAGAAAAAUAUAACAUUUUCUGGCGUUCUUUUACACCACUUUUUUAUUGUGAUGUACAAAGUGAGGCAGAAUGCAUGCAGCAUAUUCUUAGUAUGAUAAAAUUAUGCAAGUCUGUAAUCUGUCAGAAUGUAGAUAGAGAAAGGUGAUACUUUUUGCACCUCCCAAAUGUAACACUUUUAAGAACACCUUACUAAUUGUGUUUUUGAACAAUUACAAGACAUGAUAUGAGUUGAACAGGUGUAUAUUUUUAUACAAUUCUCCAUUAAGCGGAACAUGGAAUAUUUUGUGACAAUAGAGGAAAUGGUCUAAAAUUGGGGGGGGGGAGACACUCCAGAUUUGGUACACCUAGAAGACAUGAUGGUAGCUGUUGAUUUAAUGGUUAUGUCCAUUGAUUGUUGCCAUUUUGUAUCUAUAAAUUGAUUUAAACCAGGCACACUGUAUAAUCAAUUUCUGUAGUUGUAUUGGAAGUGGACCAUUGUUUUGAUUUGCUAAUAGAAAUAGAGUAUUUUGUAUAGUGAAUAGUAUAUUGUAGAUAAUAUUAGUGCUAUUUAAUAUGAGUGUUAUAUAAUAGCACAGGGAGUGGUUUGCAGAUUGCUGUAUACCACACUAAUUUUGUCUUACUACCACAGGCAUUUAUAUGGAGCACCAACUUAAAGUGUGUGUCUAUCUGUAUGUCUGCAUAUGUGCUUAUAUCUUAAUCUGUGUGCUUACAUGUGUAAUUGUGUCUCUGUAUGUGAAGUUGUGUGCAUGUAUGUGUAUCUGUAUCUCUGCAUGUGUAUCUGUGUGCCUGCAUGUGUGAAUGUGUGUGGCUGUAUGUGUAUGUGGGUGUCUGUAUAUGAAUAUGUGUGUCUGUAUGUGUGUCAUAUGUGUAUCUGUGUGUCUGUAUGUAAAUGUGUGCCUGUAUGUGUGUGUGUGUCUGUAUGUGCAUCUGGGUGUCUGUAUAUGAAUAUGUGUGUCUGUAUGUGUAUCUGUGUGUCUGUAUGUGCAUCUGGGUGCCUGUAUAUGAAUAUGUGUAUCUGUAUGUGUAUCUGUGUGUUGGUAUGUAAAUGUGUGUCUGCAUGUGUAUCUGUGUGCCUGUAUGUGUAAAUGUGUGGCUGUAUGUGCAUCUGUGUGCCUGUAUGUGGGUGCUUGUAUAUGAAUGUGUGUCUGUAUGUGACUUUGUGUAUAUGUGUGUCUGUCUGUAUGCUGCAUGUGUGCCUGUAUGUGUGUCUGUUUAUCUGUAUGUUUUUGUGUAUCUGUCUGUCUGUGAAUCUGUAUGUGUGUAUCUCUGUGUCAAUGUAUCUAUCUGUGUGUAUGUGUACCAAUUUGUGUGUAUCUGCAUGUUUCUUUAUCUAUCUAUCUAUCUAUCUAUCAAUGUGUGUGUGUGUGUCUGUGUAUCUGCAUUUGUCAGUUUUUGUAUCUGUUUGUAUGUAUAUCAGUGUGUCUGUGUAUCUGUAUGUAAAUAUCUGUGUUUGUGUAUCUAUAUGUGUCCGCAUGUGUGUCAUUGUGUGUCCCUGUGUAUCUGUGUGUGUCAGUGUUUGUAUCUGGAUUUAUUUAUUAUUGCUAUUUAUAAAGUGCCAACAGAUUCCGCAGCACUGUACAAUUAGUGGAGAACGUACAAUAUACACAGACAAAUACAAAAGGUAGAGAGAGCCCUGCCCGUAAGCUGAAAUCUAGCCAUUGGAGCUCUUUUAUACAAAGUGCUUAGCUAGAUAGCCCGUGAGCUUACAAUCUAAAAGAUACCAUGGGGAUUUGAGACAAAAGAUAGCAGGGGAAAUUUGGAGGUGAUGGCUAAAAGAGUUAACAGAGAGAAGCAACUAUUAGUAAAUUGUAAAGGGAAUUAAGAGGUAAAUGACUGAGAAUCUCAAACAGCUGGAGGAGCAUGCUAUAUAUUUAGGGUCAUUAUGUGUAUCUGAAUGUGUCAGUGUUCCCUCACAAUAUAGCUCUUGUAUAAAGUGUUGGGUUUCCUGAUAAGCAUUUGAUUCAUCUGAGACCAGAGAGAUCUGAACGGUGCAAACCAAAUCCUACUCCUACCCAACCUCAAGGAUCAUACCCCAUUGCUUUUUAAAAAAAAGUAAACAUUAACGCAAAAAGGGCCCCACAAUGCAAACAAAGCAGUGUUGCACACUUAAUAUUCUACUCACACACUAAGCUGCAACCUCCCACGCAUUCAACAUACAACACCUAUCAUACACAUCCAGUCACGCACAGGCACACUUUACACAUGAAGCACCCUCACACACACCUCAUCCACCACACACAUGCAGCACUCACACACACCCCCAAUCAAAUAUGUAGCCACACAAACACACAAUCUCCAUUACACACUCACAAACAACUCAAAUGUCCAUAAUACACAACUCUCAUCACACACAUCCUGCCCUAACACAAACAAAAACUCCAUCACACAUAUGCAACCCUCACACACACACACACACACACACCAUCAUACAUGUAACCACACACAGUAGAGGCAGAUAAAGUAGACUGGUGAAUAGACAGUUACAUUUGCUGGGGGAUUAAGUAGAAUAUGCAUUGUUGAAGAGCGGAGAGGCAGACAAACAAAGAGGAUGAAAAAAGUUUUUAAAAAAAGAAAAGAUUGUGCGGACUUGGGAACAGGUGAAAGUGCAGAGUGAGUCAGAGUAACAAAAACACUGGAAAAAAGACUGAAAGUAAGAGGGAAGAACGAACUGGCAAAGGGAGAAAGUAGGGAGGAAAAAAAAAACAAGGAAAAAGAGACUGAAUGGUGGUGUUGAAUACACAAGGGGGUUUAAAACUCUUUUUCUUGACUAGGGAGGUAAAAAUCCUGUUUUGAAGUUUCCAAUUUCCAUCUAGGGAGUUUACACUAUAGUACACGUCACUCGCUCUCUCCCCCCAUCAAAUCUCCCUGGGAGGCGUGAGAAGCAUGCGUGCCAAGUAACAGUGUGUAAAUAUUAACUAGUCCUGCACUGUGCACAGCGACGAGGAAGCCUGAGACCAGAAAGAGGUAACAGAAGCCCUGGAAAUCGCAUGACAUUUUUUCCAUUAUAAAGUGACUUCUCCAGUUUUCCGCACAGCACAGUGGACAUAACAGCAGCUGACAUCCUGCAGGCACCUAGGAGAUUUCAGAGGGCCGUCUUAAUGAGAUGUUUGGCAUUUUGACUAGAACUUUCCCUCUCACUCUGCUCACAUUUUACUUACGUGUCUGAUUUGGCAUAGUGCUUAUCCCUUGCUGCUAGCACUGGCUGCAGUCAACCCUCUCUCAGUCUUCCUUCACCUGCUACAGCACAUUCACCAUCACAUUCCACCUCUGUACCACUCCUGCACUGGCUGCGCACCUUAGCCUUUGUUUUAUCCACCAAAACAUCUCUCUGACUUCCAUUUCUUGCCCUGUUACCCAUGAUGGCCUGCCGCUUGUGGUUGUGUUGUUUCUAGAAAUUCCGGUGACUUUUUACAGAACAUGUCGGUGUUAUCUUGUUCUUCUGUUCCUAAAUCUAGACAUGGCACGGGCUAUGGCACAAACCAGACACCUGUUAACACUGAAGGAAGGAGAAAGGUAUGUGUAAUCCUCUGAGCCUAGUCAAGCUGUUUUAAAAAUUGUUGGCGCAACAAACAAGGAUUAAUGCUACGGUGUUGGUAAACCUGCGUUGAGUCAUGACCACGUCAGUGGGGUGGGCCACUGGCGUGUUGCAGCCUCUGCACAUUGCUGUUGUCAGCAUGCAACUCUGUGCCAUGCCCAGCACAGUAACUCUCUGUAGUAAGGGUUUUCUGUAGUGGGCAUUAGUUAAAAUAUAGAAAUCAGGUAAAUAGAAAUAGAGAAAAAGGGGCUUCAGCUGGUUUGGGGGGUAGCUCAAAUGGUAAAAAAAAAGGACAUACGGGCAUGGCAUCUAUAAAAGACAAAGCCGUGUUAAUUGUGGAUAUGAAAUGCAGAUGGGCAACAUGUAGGCACUAAAAAAGACAACAUGAAUGGGGGGUGGAUAGAGGAGCCCGCAAACUGAAACUGCUAGAAACAAAGUGGGGCAGGUGGGGUGAGACGGAUAGAGAGGCCAAAGAAUUCUUUAAAUUCCUAGCUUCACAGGGCAGUGAUAUUGAAAUACUUUUUUGGCAAUUGAUAAUUCUCCCAAUGAGAAUUUGAAACAAUUUGUUCAGUCAUGGGGUUACCCAAAUGUGUCACAAAUUCUUUUUAAUGAAGUUAAGUAUGUUGAAGAAGGUGCUUUAAAGGACCACUAUAGUGCAAGGAAAAUAUACUCGUUUUCCUGGCACUAUAGUGCCCUGAGGGUGCCCCCACCCUCAGGGUCCCCCUCCCGCCCGGCUCUGGGGAGAGAAAAGGGUUAAAACUUACCUUUUUUCCAGCGCCGGGCGGGGAGCUUUCCUCCCUCCGCCUCCUCUCCUCCUCUCCGCGCGCGCCUUCAGCCCGUCUCAUAGGAAAGCAUUUACAAUGCUUUCCUAUGGACACUUGCAUCUUCUCACUGUCAUUUUCACAGUGAGAAGCACGCAAACGCCUCUAGCGGCUGUCAAUGAGACAGCCACUAGAGGAUUUGGAGGCUGGAUUAGCCCUAUUAUAAACAUAGCAGUUUCUCUGAAACUGCUAUGUUUAUAAAAAAAAAAUGGGUUAAUCCUAGAGGGACCUGGCACCCAGACCACUUCAUUAAGCUGAAGUGGUCUGGGUGCCUAGAGGGGUCCUUUAAUUGUGUUAUUUUAAACCGAAAAAAAAAAAAGACAAGGAUAAAACCAACAGCAACAACAAAUUAAAUAACAGUUGGUACCAAUAACCUUGGGAACCAAAUGUGUCCAGUCAUUGUACGAAAUGCCUAGGUUAUAUACAAAAAUGGUUACUCGAGUUUACAAAUGGUACAUUUACUGAAAUGUUUCAAAUUUACCCGAAAGGUUUCCAUGGAUGCAUUGUGUUGAAAAAUGUCCUUAUUUUCCAGUUUGAAAUGUACCAGUCAUCUAGAAGUGUAAAGCAGAUCGCAAAACUCUUUGAACCUCCGGAAGUUAGAACCAGAGAAAAUGACAGAGGCCUAAGCAGGGUGCAGCUCGAAAAGGAGGCUAUCCAAGGUAAGAACCAAAGGACCCCUUUAGAUUUACUGCAGUGUUUUUACUGUGGGCCUAUAAUGACCUGCAUUAUUACAGAUGGAGUACAGAGUAGCCCUUAACCAUACCUUUAACCAAGUGACAAUUAAACACAUGGCAUUCAAGCAUAUAAACACCAGAAAAUUUGAACUGCUGCGGGGCUAAAAGAAUUAAAGAAAUCUGCCAUUCUGGCCACUUCAAAUGGCAAUCAGGGCAAAUGCCCUAACUGCCAUACAUUAGGUACGCCACUGCCUGUCGGUUAUGGGGCACAGUGUGAAUGUAUGAAUUUGGAAUGUAGCAGAAAAAGAACCCUCCUAUGUCAGAUCCAGAUAUGUACAUUAUAAGCUACCUUUGGCACUUCAUGUGCAUCUUUAUGUAAAGACUGUUAAUAUGGCACUGAGCACAUCAGAGCUACUGCAGAUCAAAAACAUUUUAAAAGUCUGCCAGUAGUAAGAUGCCAAGCGUCACAGCAACAUUGCAAUGGCAUAUAGCGAAACAGUGCAGUGCAUGAUGACGUGUCUAAAAUAAACAGACAGGCUUAUUCACUAAAUUCAGAGUGAAUUUUACAUUUAAGGCCAAAGUAGCCAGACUGGAAGCAUAGCUGAAAUAUGUAGCGGAUAGCUGAUAUUCCACAGGUUAUCUCCACUCAAGAUCCCAGUGAGGCUCAGGAACAAAUAUUAAAAAUCCAUAAGGCAAUAAUUACAGCAGGGAAGACAAUCCAAUACUAUCCCAAUGUCAAUUCCAAUGACUAGACGACACACAGCAUCAGGAGCAAAACUGAACUUUUAAUCACUCAACCUUCUUUUAAAGCUUUCUCCCAUGCAAGGGAGGGAUUUACAAUAAUUAUACAAUACACCAAUCAUACAUGAGUUGCCACCCACACAUCCCCUCCCCUUCGUAUGACUCAUAAUCCCAUUAUGCAGGACACAGUUCCCCUUGUUUUCUGGAUGUACCCCUAAACAUUGGGGUAUCCCUUUAAAUAUUACAUCCCUUGAUAGCCCUGAUCUGGGUGAGAAACAUAUUCAAAAAUCACCCCGAUCGGACCAGGGGUUCGGGAAAUUCCUGGUGGUAGUAAAAAGACUGACCGCGCUGGGGUUAACAGCCGAAAUGGGUUCCAUACAUUUUGGCCCUGCGGUCGGUCACAGAAAAAGGGAACAAAAUGCCCGAACGGCUUGGGUUAUGGAGACUGGGGAGGAUUCGGAUAAACCCCCUUGUUCGUGGGGUUCUUUCUACCGAACAGAGAGCCGUUCGGUAGUUUCUACACGAAGUGCCGGCAGUGUGGAGGUCUCAGCGGUGUUUGGGUCCCAGACACUCGACGGCAAAACACUGCUGUUCAGGAGUUUAAGAUGGCCGCUGCCACGUGUUCGUCUCCCGAAUGGCGGCCACCCAGAGGACAAAGCACACACUGCACUGAUUGCCAAUUCCUUGUUUGCAACAUUGUUGCGAACGGUAAUUGGAGGCACACUUAUUCCUGGGGUGGUCUGAUUGUUCGGUAGUUUCACUCGCAUAAUAACUGGAGUGAUUUUACCGAACAAUCAGUCGAAUGCUGCAUACACUUUACAUACAUAUGGCAAAAAUUAAUCAAAAACAUACAAAUACACAUAAUUUUGAGGACAGCCCAAUGUCAUCCGCUACAAUAUAGGGAUUGUUUUUGCAGUUUGGCUAUUUUGGUCUUAAGCUUAAAUCUCAAUGAAGUGGUCUGGGUGCCAGGUCCAUCUAGGGUUAACCCUGCAGCUGUAAACAUAGCAGUUCUCAUUGACAGCCGCUAGAGGCGCUUCCGCGCUCCUCACUGUGAAAAUCACAGUGAGAAGACGCUGACGUCCAUAGGAAAGCAUUAAGAAAAUUGAAUGCGCGCACGGUAAGCGUUUAACACCUUCCUCCUCCUUCAGCACGGCGGGAGUGGGACCCUGAGGGUGGGGGGGACGACCUAAAGACCCUAUAAAGCCAGGAAAACGAGUUUGUUUUCCUGGCACUAUAGCGGUCCUUUUAAAAUAAAAUUUGAAUUUACUUUUAAUUCUCUUUUUAGAACCCUGUAAGCACACCCCAAUGCAGUAUAUCCUGGAGGUAUAGCAGUGUAUUACUUAACCCGCGUGAAUUUUUAUCUAACUUAAUACAGAGAUUGAGAAUGUUGUGAACUAUAACUCCCAUCAUUCGUAGGCACGCUUGCUUUGCUGAGAAUUGUGGGAAUUAUAGUCUAAAGCAUUACAAAGUUCCAAUAAACCUGAAUGCAUGGCAUUACUAGUAACGGUUCCCAUAGGGUUUAAUGGGAAGUGUUAAAAAGCUGAUUAGCAAAUGGUUUCAACAUUGUCACUAAAUGUUGCCGGCUGCCCCUAAACCUCACAAUUGAAAACCUACUUCUUCUUGGUAGAAAGAGAUACAAAUCAAGGUUGACCAUGGUUUAACAUUGAACCAUGAGAAGUUGCCUGGGCACGAUAACCACUUUGUAAGAUAAACCGGUCAGAGUGCCUAUAAUGUCUGUUUAAAUAUAUGCGCCCAGAUGUCAUUUCCCUUGACACCGCUGCACAUGAUGUAAAAGAUGGGGUUGGGACCAUUUAUUGGGGACGUACACAUUGUUAUUAGGGUCUUGAGGGAACCCCCCUUUUUUAUUUAUAUAUUUACAUUGUUAAUACUUAACAACAAUGCUAUUUAGUGUUGCAUCAGAGGGCAGUACAUUGAAUUGUUCCCCACUGCAGCACUGAAAGGGCUAAAAAGAACUUUGUCCCUUAGUCUGAAAUUCAGUUUUCACAACGGGAAAUGCCAUGCGGCACACGUUACUUGAAGUAGAUGUUAAAGGAAGGAGGUAAGUUGUUAAAGCAGGAAUUAAGUUUGGAGACUUGUCAUAAUUUGUGGUCACUAAAAAGUUACUGAUUUUUGUUAAUAACAAGAGUUUUUGGUAAAAAAAAUAUACUGGAAACAAGCUCAUUGUUUGUAGAUUUGUAAACUAGGCUGUAUCUCUGCUAUUUGUGACAGACAAAUCACUAUGCUGAGUUGGACAUGUUCUCCAAACUCAUGUUUAGUAAGUCAACCCCUAUAAGCAGGGUUCACUCAGCACAGGAAACACAGGGCAUUGAAAACUAUAAAAAGAGUGAGUCUGAUACAAAGUUCUAGAAGUCGGGAUAUCACCAUGGAGACCAACAUAAUGCAGAUUGUUCUACGCUGACAGCUUUCUCAAUUGUGCCUCUCUCUCUUUAUAUUUAUAUUUAUCUCUAUAUAUACCAAAUUUGUAUGAAUAAAUUGUUACUAAUAAUUUGAAUAAUAAGCUGUUAGUAGGGUUAUUUUCUUUAAUUAUGAAUCCAGGCCUCCAGUCUAGUACUAUCCCAGAUGCAAGAAAUGGUAUAUAUAGAAAAAUAACAAUAUUAUUUCUAUGAGUCAUGCAUUCCUUUUUAUCGAGCUAAUUCUAGGAGGGACGAUCCUUGGACAGUAAAAGUCAAGUGAGAGACUACAGAAGCCAAGUAGCUUCCAAUAAAUACAUGUUCAAACUGCAGUGUACAAUAAUACCGUAUUGUAAAAACAUUAAAAAAGAACUGUAUUCAGUGUUUGCAAGGCUUUCAUGGCAUGGCACUGAUUUACAGACACUGUCACAUUACAAGACAGUGAUUUAAUGUCCACUACACAUUUCUGGAGAACUGAUUGUUUGCGAAACCUUUCGUUUUGAUCAUUAAGUAAUAACAAUGACAGCUAGAAUUUAAUUAAGCACACAACUCAAAUAUUUUAUCAUGUAUAAACAUUGAUUUAGCAAUCUAAUUUUUCCCCAUGUUGCAGACUAUUGCGCUGUCUGUUCACUUGAGCUGUUAUAUAUUGCUUGGGUAGUAUUAAUACUUUCUCCUCAGAGAAAAAAAAUCAACCUGUGCACUCCUUGCUCUCUAAAUUGUGCUGAUUGAGGUGCAGCUUCUAUUGCAGCAAUUUCAUCCAUCUUAUCUGAUGAAUGGAACUACAUAUCCCAUACUCCUCUACAGGGCAGAUAUUUAAAGGAACAUUCUGGGCUCCUUAACUUCUUCAAAAUGAAGUUGUUAUUGUGCCAGGAAUGCCCUGAUGCUUCCUUUAGUGUAGGGGUUUAAUCCAUAUAUCUGUGAUGCAAAAUAUUGGCUUUGCCGUGCCAUUUCUCACUGCAAAAUAUUUGCUUUGCCGUGCCAUUUCUCACUGCAAAAUAUUGUCUUUGCUGUGCCAUUUCUCACUGCAAAAUAUUGUCUUUGCUUUGCCAUUUUUCACUGCAAAAUAUUGGCUUUGCAGUGCCAUUUCUCGCUGCAAAAUAUUGGCCUUGCAGUGCCAUUUCUCGCUGCAAAAUAUUGGCUUUGCAGUGCCAUUUCUUGCUGCAAAAUAUUGGCUUUGCAGUGCCAUUUUUCACUGCAAAAUAUUGGCUUUGCAGUGCCAUUUCUCGCUGCAAAAUAUUGGCUUUGCAGUGCCAUUUCUCGCUGCAAAAUAUUGGCUUUGCAGUGCCAUUUCUCGCUGCAAAAUAUUGUCUUUGCAGUGCCAUUUCUCACUGCCCUCACCAACAUCCGGUUUCGGAAAUUCAGAUAGAGGAAGCACAGACUGCCGACGGGCAGUGGUGCUGCUGAUAAGCAUAGAGUUGUCAGCUGACCCUUUAUGCCAAUUAACUCACCAUUCAUAAAACAAGAAGGUGCAUACCUUUAUAUUAAAUCCUUUAGUUAAGGAAGUACCAGGGACCUUCUAGCAUCAUAACCACUUAAUUUAAAUGAAGUUGUUAUGGUACCCUGGGAAUCCCUUAAACUUGAUUCCUGUUAAAAACAAAGAAACAAUCAAGACUGACUGAACAUCUGCAAACCCCGUGGAUAGGUUUGGGCUUUUUGCAUAUAUUUGGCACCACAGAUAUAAGACUUUACAAAAAAUAUGGUGUCAGCUCCAGCCUGAAGCAUUGGCUUUUAGCAAUGGCUGUUUUUUGGUUGAAACUAUUGUUGUUGUUGUAUAUUUCAAAGCACUGUGGUGAGAAUAUCUGACUGUAGGACUUUUUGCUGUGAUUGAAUGAAAAGCAAUGUUUUGCAAAAAAUAAACACUUCUGUCCUACUAAAGAACCACAUGGAAGCCUCAAGACGUGAACAGAAGGCAGCUUUUGGGGAAAUAAUAGAUUUCAAAUUGUAUCACCAAUCUGUACAGGUCACCAUCAGGGUAACCAUCUGUCAGAUAAGGAUAUGUGUCAUGCUGUCCAAUAACUAUCAUAAAAUCUAUGUAUCAUACUAUAAUGUAUUUGUUACAACUGCCGACCGGUAACUUAGCGUUACUCAUUUUCAUUUAUUUUAAAUUUCACCAAUUUCACUUUUAAACUACUAGAUCUAUUUAAAAAUAAAAAAUAUUAAAAACUUUGAAACACUUGUGUUUAAUCUAAUAGCUCUAUGUGUUUCAGUUUUAGGUGACCUGGACCAAAAACUUGCUCAAGAACAAAAGCAGCAGGAUCCAGCAGUACGACCUUCCACAGGAUACCGAACCAGAUGUGAUUCUAGCAGUGACAUUUUAUCCAGCAACUUACCAGAAGAUGGGAAGGAAUACAACCGCACAUACCAACGUGAUGGGACAAGAACGGUUUCUUUGGAAGAAGGGCAUACCUCUCGUGCCACAUUCCAGCCCAAAAAUUUUUAUGAUAUGUAUUCAAACAGACAACGUACAGUCACUAAUCAGCCCUCAGAAAAAAGCCCUUCUGUAUGUUCAGCUGUCAGCAAUAAAUCUCCUAGCUGUGCUUCCAAUUCUGGGUCAUUUUCAUCCAGCAGUUUGCAAUCUACAAAUGUGGGACAACCAAGUUUUCUGCUGGACAGGACUAGACAGCACAAGUCUAGGAGGAUCCCUGUCACCUCUAUUAAGUGGGGACAGCCAUCUGUUCCAGGGAAAAGUGAAGACAAUGACAAGCUUUCUAGAGCACAACCCUCCAUUGACCUCUCAAGUUUAAGUAAGACUCAUCCAGAAAACCGAAUAUAUGUGCUGUACAGGGACAAAACCUCUCAGCAGGAGCUCGAGUCAAAUGCCAAGCCACUUGCUCAGAUCAGUUCUGCAAACAACAUGAAAACUCAAGUUUUACACAGUGUUUCAGAUAAGAGCACUUCUACAAUUCCUAAAGCUGUCUCUCAGAAUUUGACACUUUUAAGCACGAUUCCAAUCCGUAAAGAAAUAGUUAGAGAGGAAGAAAACAAAGAAAAUUCUUUCAGCUCAAGUGAAUUAAAAUGUAAACCAGUAGUGGCUUUUUCUACUGUGGAAAGUGACAAAGAAGUUGAACCUAUGGAAACUGACUGUGACAAUGACCGUCAGGGAUAUUUUUUUAAUAGACUUGUUACACCCAAUGUGCAGGAGAGUGAAAAUGCAACAGAUAACAAGAACAGUGACAACAUGAAUGUUGCGCACAACAUUACUUCAAGUACAUAUUUAAAAAAGGCAGAGCUCAAUGCAGGAGAUGGAGCGAGAAUAAACAUAAAUAAUCAAACACUUCAAAGAUCAGCAAACACAGCCAAAGAUCAGCAUGAACAUGAGCCAUUAAAAAUAUUAAGUUCUAAUUUGCCCAAACACGAGACCACUAACAUAGAUGUUCCUUCAAGCUGUGACCCACCUAAUUAUGUUCCUGAUAAAAUGGAAGUUUGUCAUCUUACAGAAAAUGUGUGCAAGACUAUACCCCAUUUAAAAGGUAGCAAUAUCAGGUCAAUUAAAGAAGACAGUUUAAUUACUAGGAUUGGCACCUACAAUUCUCAGUCUAUCAACAUCAUUCCAAAUCCUAAAAUUUCCAGCACUCAAGCAUUUAUUAGAACACCUGCAUUGACUACUAACACUUUACAAGUUAGUGAAAGUAACUGCUUACAAAUGGUACACAACAAAGGGACAACCUACGAUAAUAAUUGUCAUAGUUCUGACUUCCCCCACAGUUGGAAAAGGUACACCCCUUCUCUUCCUGAUGUAAGUAAAUGGAGUUAUUUGCCCAGAGUCUCCCAACCAAAAAUUGAGAUAAAAAAAGGAAAUUUACUGUCUGCAGUUUCUCAGGAAAGUAAACCUGAUAGCACGUGUGUCACAUCCAAUAAGGAAUGUUCCACCACCCAGGACCAUCUUCUUAACAUUUCAAGUCAACCUGUAAUGAUAAAAAUGUCAGAUCAAAUACCAGACAAGAGUCCAGACCUACAUAAGGCAUUAAAUGAAAUAUCGAAAAGGAAAAAGGAAUAUAAUGAUUUGCUUGAACAGGAUAUAUUGGUAAGCCAAAGGAGAAGCAUAGCAGAUUCAAAUAAUAAUAAACAGUCAAUAGAAGUUAUACAGACAUCUGAUAACAUAAUUAAAAAUGAUGCGAGAACACCCAACAUUAUAACAGCCAUUAGUGAUACAGUUAAUAACUGUAAUCAGCAAACAGAAAACACUACAUCUACAAAACUUAAACUGUUGAAGCCUUAUCUAAAGAAUGGUACCAUGACCAGUCAACAAACAAAUGAGAAGGAAAAUCUAGAGAAACACAAAGCUCAAUCAAGUAUGAAUAUUAAUCAAGCUUUAAUUCACAAUGUGCAUACAAUCAAAAGUAAUAAAACAACAGAAUCCGUAGAUUCAGGCAAUUCUACGUUUCCUGUUCGAAAAAUCAUAGAAGAACGUUUGCAAGUAUUUUCCUCCAGCAGAGCCCCAAGUCCAUCCAAUUCCCAGACCAAAUCUGCAACCACAAACCUAUUGAAAGAACACUUAUUGUUAGCACCUACACCUUUUAAAGUUAAUGCAUCUGUGAAAGAAUACACAGCAGUUUUGGACUUCCCACCUGAAAUAAAUCCACAGAAUACAGACGGCCCUGCACUAACUGUCUCAGACCUCCAUAUUGGAGAAAAUGCAACCCGUGAGAAUUUAGCCAGUCCUGAAAUGUACGCUGUCACAAGAAUAACAGAGAAUACACAGAUUUAUGAGACAGUCAAUGAAAAUUCUGUAAUUCCUGAUUCCACUGAAAUAGGUUAUCAUAAGCAGGUGUCAAUCUACUAUAGCCUUCCUCGCAAGCAUUCAAAAAGCCUGUUGGGAUCGUCACGGAACCAAAUGAAAAACAUAGAUAAUACCCUUGAAAUUAAUAAUGCUCCCAGUGUUCUUUUGGAGAAGGUUGUAAAUAGGCAUGAUUUUUCUGAGUCUCAAGUUAAAUCUGAAUAUCAAAAUAUCGGCAAACCAAAGCCACAUUACACUACCGAACAUUUACCAGGCGAAGAACUGAUGUCAACAAGCACAAAGCAAUCAAAAUCAAGUUACACUGCUUUCCCUGUUAUUCCUCUGCAAACUAGUCUUUUGAAAAAUAAAGAAAGAUUAUCCUCUGAUCAGGAGAACCUAUCUCCAAAUUAUGAUAUUUUGGACAGGUUUGGUGGUUUACAAAUAUCAGAAAGGGAUACAGAUCAUUACAGGAACAACAGUCCUCCUGUUUAUUGGGAAACUCAAAAAAGCUGUAUAAAUAAAAAUGAUUAUAUGGAUUUUGAAUACUCUGGGAUGAACACCUCAAAUUUCUAUACAUUACCUAAUAAGAGAACACGUGUCAAAAGUUUGGAGAAAAAACGUGUGUCUACUGCUCAUGACAACAUUACUGCACAACAUACUUACAGAUCAUCUAAAAGUCUUACCUCUUCUCCAGAAUUUGCUAAUUCCAAUCUCAGCUAUUCUGUGAGUCCUAAUUUCUUUUAUCCGGAUUACAGUGACAGUGAGGAAAUUAGAAGAAACAAGACUAAUCUUAUGAUGACUGGUGACAGGCUUUUUAAAGAGAGAACAACUGAUGAAGAUUUGAUGACCAGAAAACAAUAUGCUUCAGUCUACCGCUCAAAAAGUUUAAAAGAUUUAAAAGGACCAGAGUUUUAUGUGCAGACCCCACACCAUUAUAUGGGCAGUGGUAACAUGCCAGGCUCUGAAUGGAACUCCAGACCACCAUUGUCCAGCCAAUCAAACAUCACCAAAGUCGAUAAGAGUUUAAAUCAAAGGAGACCAUCCUACUGCUCGCAGUUUGUGCAAAAUCAAAUGAAAAGUGCUAAAGUUGCAAAAAAGUUCACAUUCUCCUUUGACAAUUUAGAUCAACAAGGACACGGAAGUCCACCAUAUAUAGAAUCAUUUGAUAAUUCCACCAGGAUGUCUGAGGAUCUUGAUUCUCCUUUUGUAAUGUAUACGAGUAAUGACAACUAUAAGGCUCACUUAAAUAAGCAUGCUCCUUGGGGGAAGAGCCCAAGUGAGCGGGCUAUGGUCAAAGUUGGCAAGCAUUCAAAUUUGUACCGCUCUAAAAGCAUGAGAACAUUGAGUAUGGAAGAAAAAAACUUGAAAGAUUCCAGAAGGACAAAUAAUCAACAAUUUUCUUCUAAUAGCUAUGGUGAAAAUUUAAAUCGAUCUCCUAUUUAUGCUAACAGUUCACACAGGAGAUAUUCAGCUGAACUUAUUAUAGAUGAAAAUGAUAACUGGCCAAGUACGGAUACCAGUCAUAUUAAGAAACCAGUGUAUACUUCUAAAUCUCUCGACUAUGGUAUUUUUGGCAAGGAGCAGCAAGCUAUUCUUUUAAACAAUGUUAAGAGGUCACUCACAGAGGGUCGGCUAUGGAGGCCAUGCCAUCUUAAAAAUCCUGGAUUUUUAAGAGGUGAUGAGCAGUUUAGGAGUUGUAAGUCUCCUGAAAGUCCAUUGCAAACAUUUAGUCCAGAAAGUUACCUUAAUAUAUAUGAAGACAAUAUCCCAGUUUGUUCUGACUCGGACUAUGAUACAACUACUGAUGAUGAAUAUUACUUGGACGGUCACGAUAAGGAAUCAGAACUGUGAGAGCAAGCAGUCCUUUUUACUGGAUGUAUGAUUAGUUUGGCAUUUCUAUUAUACAAUUAUGUCAAGCAUGUGCAUUUUGUUCAGAAAUUGCCACUGAAAGAAAGCUCUUUGUUGGCUGCAGUCUGUUUACAUUUGUCCUGAAGUGGAAUAUGGACACUCCCAGGUUGAUUGCAGUCAACACACUGAGGUUUGAGCAGCAAAUCCUGAAUUCUGCCAAAAUGAAAACUAAAUUGCAAAAGAACAUGCAAGUGAAUAUUACAAAGUUGUAGAAUUUAUUUCAAUUUGGUUUUCAAUUCACUAUAAUUCAGUGUUCAGAUGAUAAACCACACAGGUGGGACUAGGUGGGUCUUUCUUCUAAGCUUCUGGGCACAAGCUACUUUUGGAACUUUGGUAAUUAGGAUGGGUAACACCUUUUGGAAUGUCUCCCAAAUUAAUGAAGUUUACAAGGAGAUUUGGGUGCCCCGUGAUGAGUAAGUAACCAUGAGUGCUGAAGGGUUAUUUAUAUUAACAAACACAAUAUCUGCACUAACAAUACAUAUUAUAGGUGAUGUAUUAAAAUAGAACACUGUCAACACAUUUUUUAAAAAAGAUAUUGGGAAAAGAUUCCUUUCAUUUAAAAAAAAAAAAGGGACAUGGAGACGAGUUGACAAUUUGAAAUAGUUGUGAGAAAGUUGUGAUGUGCUUUUUAUAAGUUCUUCUGUUGGAAGAAGCAGUAAGUUUUAAGAGAGACUGCAUGGGACAUUUUUUUUUUUUUUUUUUUGCUUCUGGAUUUAGUAUUUGUUUAUGUAUGAGACCAAUAAAUAAAAAAAUAUAUAAUAAAAUGGAAGGGACUUAUGGGGCAAUUCCCCACCAAGAUUGCUACCCUCUAGUAUAUUAGCACAACAGGGUAUCAAAGGUGUGUCAAAUGGCAAUUAAGAAGAUAGUGUUGCUAUGUGAUGCUUACUUUAAGUUUCCCUCGCAACAUGUGUGUCUGCAUCCAGUUCUGGUGCCACGUUUGAAGGGCAGUUUGAAAACCUAAAUUUAGACAAUUGGCUAUUUCAGUUUUGAUUUUUGAACCUAGGCAUAUUUUAGUUUAGACACUUUAGGAUUCCCUGGGUGGUAAUCUUUUACUGCAGAUUGUUGGAGGUAAAGAAUGUUAUAUUGCCCUCUCCUGGCAUGAGUAACAGGAAGGGGGGCAUAGUUAAUGAUGGCAAUGACAAAAGUCUUAGAGUGUGAUUCCUAUCAACCAUAAGGAGUUGAGGACAUGCUCUGAUAGAUCAUGCACUGCUUAGUGCCAUUUUUUAUUAUUGAGGCAGUUUUUAUUGCAAUGUGUGGAAGCCAUUAAAAAAAGGCAGAUUAUGUAAGAAGUAUAAAAAAUAUAUUAUAUAACAUAAAAAUAUCUAUCUUAGGCACUUGCCAAAAUGUUGUUAAUUUUCGAGAGAAAUAUAGAAUAUUAGUGGAUAUGGGCAUGGGUUAAUGACAGCUACUGCAAAUUUCACUUCACUUCAUUUCAUGUCCUGCAUGGUUCCACCAAUUCUUCAUUGUAACAGAUCACCUGGCACCCCGACUGGGAUGCUCCUAGCGCUUCCUGAGGGCUCCAAGCACUCCAGCCGACACCAUAACCACCGUAGACUCCUUCAGAGAGCAAGACAGGAACAAGCUCUUACAAGAGCUCAGUGAUUAUAGCAAGGGAAUAUGCAGAGCAUAGCAAUCCCUUGUAGCAGAUUCCCCCAAUAAGAGACAGGACUCUUAGGGUGAUUGAGGGUGAAGUAGAACUGAUUUACUGGGGCUACCUGCCCGGCUUUUAUGCAGGUCUCCCACCUGGUGGACACUCCCCUAGGGGACCAGAUGGAAGAAUGGGAAACGUAUUGGACAUUGACCAAUCACAAGCUUACAAUCCCACAAUGCAUCACAAUCCCUCCUCUCUGUCCUGGAGAUAAUUGGGAAGUAAUCCAAUUAUCUCCAAGGACAGAGGCAAAACUCCAUUAGCCACAUGGCAGACAAAGGACAAUAAAAGACAUAAAAAUACAUACUGUUACAUUUAUCACAUAGAACAUACACAUUCUACCUAUCCCCAGAUAGCUUAGAUCUGAACACACAUUAUUACUGGAUGGCGCUCAGAUCACAUACAUACAGUUCAAUCGCCAUGGAGCCAAAGUCUUUCAGUAUACGGCUGGGCUCCAUGGCAUAGCUAUCUGGGGUAGCAUGGUUUAAACAGUAAAGGACCGUUGUUCGGAUAAUUGACUGCAGGUAGGAGAAGGGAGGUCGGCGGCUCAGCGGUAUUCGUGACUUUAACAGUCCGCAGAAAGGCACGAACCAGCCUUUCUGCAGGGAAAAAGAACAGUGUUAAACAUGGGGCCAUAGUCCAGCGGCAGGAGGCGGGCGACCAGGCUCCUCCAGUGGCCAGUGGCGAGGUUGGUUCUGCCACAUUCAUGUAUACUUUUAUUAAUAUCAGACUGUUGUGCCUAAAAUGUAAAUUGUCCAUGUUAUGACAGUUAAAGGGGCACUGUCACCGUCUGGGAAUUUUGUAGAAUUCGCAAAGUCCCUUGACGGUGGCAUCACCAAAGGCGGAGGGGCAAAUGAAAUUUUCAGUAGCUGUUAUAAACCCAUGCCCAUAUCCACUUAACUUCUAUAUUUCUCAAAAAUGAAGGACAUUUUAGGAAAGUGCCUAACAUACAUUAUUAUACUAUACAUUUAUAUAUUUCUUACAAAAUCUGCUUUUUAUUUAAAUGACUGCAUAUGUGUGAAAUAAUAAAUUUUCCGAUGGGGAAGCUGACAAAUAGCAAACAGCAUGCAUGUUUAAGAUAUAUGAAUAGCAACUUGCUAAGUAGCACUGUGUUGGGACAAGCUCAAAAUGCAAGUAGAAGAUUGUAUUUGCAGGUUUAAUCUCUUCUGACCGCUUUAUAAAUCUUGCAUUCAUCCUCGACCUCUAAGUCAAUGAGCUGCCGUGGGACUGGUUACACACGACACACAGACAGAAUCUAAGAGAUUAUCCAAACAAACGUUCUUUAUAUGAGUCAGUGUAUUGAAUUGCAGAUAAUGCUUUCAGAUAUAAUGUUGCAGAGGUUUUUUCAGUAAACUGUGUGUUGUGAUGAGUUUUUAAUUGAGCUAAAUAUAUUUAGGUCAAACAGAACUACAAGAAAUUUGAAAUUUGAAAAUCUGGUGGACUUGAAACUAUUUCUAAUUUGGCCUAGGCUCUAGAGCAUAGGCAACCUUUGGCACUCCAGAUGUUGAGGACUACAUCCCCCAUGAUGCUCUUACACCCAUAAUGCUGGUAAAGCAUCAUGGGAGGUGUAGUCCAACACAUCUGGAGUGCCGAAGGUUGCCUAUGCCUGCUCUAGAGUAUGGAACUCGAUUGUCAGCUAAGCACAACUCACUAAAGCUUGUUUGUAAUUUUGUUUUGUUUUUUCACAUGUUGCUCUUUUAAAAGAGCGAAAAUGUUUAAUCUGAAUUUCUGGGAUGUUUGUAUAGUUGCUUGCAGCUGAAGUGUGCUUGAAUUAUAUUUCACAAAUAAUAGAAUGUAUUCAUUUUUUUUUAUGACAAAACAUACGCAAGGUUAACGGCUCACAGACUGUGAACCUUCAUGUAUUCUUAAGAAUUUUAUAAUUGCACUUUCUAAAGUUAUUUAUUUGAAAAGAAAAAUUCUCCAGACCAAGUUUAUUUUUGACUGAAUUCUAAAAAAAAUAAAAAUAAUUCAUGUAUAUAUAUUUCUCACAUAGGUGUAAAUUUGGAGCUGGUUUCCUGUGGCACAUCAGUUAUCAUCCUAAUUAAUUAAUAAUCCUAAUUAAUUAAGUCCUGAGAAUGAUGGGAGUUGUAGUCUAUCCACAGCUGACAUGUCAAAGGUCACUUUGGCUUGUGUACAUUGCUUUGUGUAAAUGUUGUAAAUUAUCGUGCUGUUCUUUGUAUAUGUCUGGUUUAAUAUUAAAUAUUUUAUAUUUUGUUA